GCCUUCUGUAGCGCUCUCAUCUUCGGCUUCAGGCAAGCCCAUCUUCCCAGUGUCUGCGAAAAGAGCAAAGGAGCGUGGCGCACUGGCGGGUGCGACCAGUUGGUUCCCAGACGAUCCCACGCGCGACCGGGAGAUUCCUUUGCAUCCUUGGGCCACGCCUCUCUCUCUCACACACAAUCUUCCCCCUCCCCUCCCCCAAUUAUUCAUUCAUUCCACUCCUUCCCCCGGCAAACGGCAGCCUUUCAGAUAAAGGAUCCAGAGGCAGGCGCACACCUGUCUCCACAGAAGACCCAGACUGCCUGCCUUUUACUCCAGCGAGGAGGAGGAGGAAGAAGAGGAGGAGGAGGAGAAAAGCGAGCGAGCGCGCCCCUGCCCUGAGUCCGACUAUGAGACCCCAAAGCCGCAAGCUGACGUCUGAGACCGUCUCCUUCUUACCCCGGCUGGUCUUCCAGAUCUUCUCCUUCAGCAUCGUCUAUCUGUUCCAGCGACAAUCGCCCUGCCCCCAAACGGUGGGCUCUUCUUCUCCCUCUUCCCCUCCAAAAGCAAUCUCCCUUCCGAAACAGUAACAGAAAGGGUCUGGCUGCAUUAAGAGACCUCCCCCCUGCGACCCCUCCCCAGCCAAAUCGCAACUGACCCUAAAGAAAGCUGGAUUUCGCGAACUUCGCCGCCUCCUCCUGCCCCGUCUCCCCGCAGCCACGCUGGUGGCUGCAAAGCAAAGGCUGUGCGCGCUUUGUAUGAUCCUCGUGGCGACUCCUGGAACGAUCUGCCUCAAGAUUGCUGCUGAUCAUACUUGAAGGCUUUGCUCGAAGGAAGCAGCAGCCUGCAGAAGUGUGUGUGUGUAUGUUCGUGUGUGCCUGUGCGCGUGCCUGGUGAAAAUUUGCAUCAUUUGGGGGUGGGGGAGAGCCGCCCUGGCGCUUGCAAGCUGGUCAGUUUCCUUCCCCACUUACCGGAAGUUCUUCCUCCGUUCCAAAGAGGCAGCGCCCCAAAAAGAAGUCUUCUUGGGACGUGGCUGAUGCUGUGCCGGCAUCCUACCGGCGCACACCUGGACCGGCCACAUCUGGAGACGGGACCCGCUGGCCUCUCCCGGGAGGGACAGCCCAGUCGCACAUGGAUUGGAAGGGGCGUGCCGCCGUCCCGCCGCCCCUCUGAUGGGACCCCUCUUCGCGUCCUUAGCCCGCUCCCCCCGGGGCUCGACAAGUGCGGAAUAAACCCCAACCCGAGCGGGGAAGGGCGAUUGCGGGGAGACAGGUGGCGGGGCGGGCAAGAUCCGCUCUCCCCGACGGACUCGACUUCCCUCUUGGCUUUCCCUUGCUAAGAGGGCGGGGAGGGAGUUUUUGGGAGUUUGGGAAAACUGUGGGCGGCGGCGUGGAGGGGGGGACCUGCCUCUGGUCCUCGGGCUGAGCCUCCUUUCGACUCCUCGGGUGGGCAAGAUCUGGUUUCCUGAAGAGGUGCCCUUGAUGGCCCUGCGCGCCGGGACAGCUUGGUUUGGACAGGUCUUGCGCAGAGUUUGCCGGCUGCAAGGUCCGUGGUCGAGACGCUCCAGCAGCCUUCUGUGCCUGUCCGCCUCACAGGAGCCCGAUCCGCGAGGCGGAGAGCAGCAGCAGCAGCCAGAGCAGCAGCAGCGGCGGCAGCAGCCCGAACAACCGCCGCCACCGCGCUUUCAGCACCAAGGACAGCAACUUCCCCGAGGAAGCCCACCGAGCCCCGCCAGGCGCCGCUUGCAGCUCGCCUCGCUCGGCGGCUGCCUCUGUUGCACCCUGUCGGAUCUCCGGGCGGCCAGGGGGGGACAUGGUCCCCUCCGUGGGCCCUUCCUGGCGGCCAUGAAGAGGCAGAACGUGCGGACCCUCUCCCUGAUCAUCUGCACGUUCACUUACCUGCUGGUGGGGGCGGCCGUCUUCGAUGCCCUGGAGUCCGACCACGAAAUGCGCGAGGACGAGCAGCUGAAAGCCGAGGAGACCCGGCUCAAGGGGAAGUACAACAUCACCAACGACGACUACCAGCAGCUGGAGGAGAUUAUCAUGCAGUUGGAGCCCCACCGGGCAGGGGUCCAGUGGAAAUUCGCAGGGUCUUUCUACUUUGCCAUCACAGUUAUCACCACCAUAGGUAAGUCCCCCGCGCGAUGCCGGAUGGGUGCAAGGGGAAGGUCUGAGGGCGCCAAGAGUUGAAAAGCUGUGAGAUGCCAAGGAGAGGGACGUCGGAAGGGAAGCUUCCUAAACUUUGGGUGCUGUUCGGUGCUGAACUGCUAACACGGAAAAUGAAAUAUAUCUGUGCGUAAAAGCAUGAGUAAAUGUGAUCAGACUGCUCCAAAGGUUGAGGAGUUAUGCAAAAUGAAAGCGGGUUACCCAGGGAAAGAUGUCUACUGGGAGGUGGGUGAACUGAGGAUUUGGGGAGCUGGGCAACUGUGGGAUUUGCAGGGUGAAACAAGAAUGGUUUUAGGAAGCUGUGCAGUGGGGAUUGGUUCCAAAAUUUGGAGAGCAAAUGACCCUCCCUUUCCUACUCUAUUAAUUUAUUUGAAUGUUUCAAUUCACACUUGUUGGACAUUAGGUCUCUCUGUCUCUCUGCCCCCAUCAGUGGCGUAGCGUGGGUUGUCAGCACCCGGGGCAAGGCAAGUAAUUUGCGCCCCCUAACCCGUGGAGCCAGGUAGGGGCAGAGAGCUGCGAGUGCGAGCGCACCCCCCCCAGAUGUUGCGCCCGGUGCGGCCGGCCCCCCCUGCACCCCCCACGCUACGUCACUGGCCCCCAUCCCCAGAUUCCAGACUAAACCGUAGUAGAAUUGGGUGGAGUGACUGGGAACUUCUGAAGGUAGAAUUUAGCACCACUAGAAGUUCUUCCCAACUCAUGACAGGGAAGCAACAAAAUGAAGCAAGUUUUCGCGCAAUGAUAUUUGGAAGGUGAUGCCAAUAAAUUAAGAUUUAAAAGUAAUUGAAGCUCCAAUCCCAGGCACACAUAACUGGGAACAAGUUCCAGUGAGCUCAGUUGGACAUACGUUUGAGAAAAUGUAUUGGCUUGGCUUGCAAGUCUUUUUUGAAGCAUGUUUUCACUCUAGGGAGAAAAAAUAGACAAGGUUUGUAAACUGGCAUUGCCAUGUACUCUGAAAUAGUUCGAUUGUGCUACUUGGGAAUCUUCACAUUAAUAGUUUGAGCACUGUAACCCAAGCCUUGGAUUGCCAUGAUUCAGGGAACUAAUGGACCAGAUCUUUCCAUCCGAUCCUUUGCUUUGGGAAGGGAGAGGCCAAUUUGCCCCAGAGGUUUUCUUCUACAACAGUAGUAGUAGUAACAGGUCCUUGUCUGCGUGCCUCUCUUCUUGUCUACUUGCAAUCUCCUCCCCCUCAUUUUAGAAGGCGGAGUAGACAGUCCAAUGUGCAAAAUAGUAGGAAUCAGAGAACUUGCCCAGUGCUGAACAUAACAUGACUUUUUAGACGACUGUUUUGUUGACAAGGCAGAGUUGUUUUUCUAGCAGCGUACCAUACUCUUGGGAAAAGUGCAGAAUCCCCCAAAGAAAGUUUUCCUCUCCUAAAAUAAAAUAAAAUAUUGCUUGACAGGAUGAAAAAAAAUCAGUGUAUUUCAUCCCUCAGGCCUUGAUGAGGUAUCAAGAGAUAGGUCCUGGACCCUGGACUUUAUUUUGUGCUUGCUCUAUUUGUUGCCUAUUUGUAUAUUCAGAUGCACGUCAUGAGAAAAUGAAGAUGUUCUCUCAACAUACACCACUAGCAGGUCACUUGAACACAAUAGUUGGUUAAUAAUGCAUGCACUAUGUUCUGUUGGACAGGACACGAAGAACAGAACAACGUUAUUAAUUGAGACAGACACUAUCAUUAGCGCCAGUGUAAACAUUAACACACGAAGGAGCUCUCAGUUUUCAGCAGAAUGUCCAUUCCACCUUCUUAUAAGCUGUCAGGUGGGGAAGGUGUGCACUUCACAGCAGUAAAUUGCUUGCUUGAGAGGUAAUCUGACACUGGGAGAGAUUUUAUAGAUUAUGUCUUCCUAACUUUGUUUAAAAAGAAUGUUUCUUUUGGGGGCCAAAACGGAGACUUAUUUUGCUGAGUCUCCCCUUCACUUCAAUCUCCCCACCACCCUGUCAUAAAGGGUGGAAAUCAAAACCUGAAUGCUUUGGAACAAUCUUUGUGAAGUUGGGUUUUUUUUGGGGGGGGGAUCAGGGAGGGAAACACAGCAGAGUAUUAACCCCCACCCCUGUGCUUUAAUUCUGAUAUGUUUCCACUUGCUGAAUUUGUUCUGCUUCUCCAAGUGCUUUUAUCUUUCUAUAUAGUAAAUUUUUAUCAGUUUUCAAUCACAGUGCAAUAAUAGCCUCAUUGUAACAAUACCAAUUUAUAAUACAAUUAUUAAUACCCAUCGUUCAAAUAUCAAAUUAUAUAAUUUAGAUAAAGUGGGGCCCCCAACAUGCAAUAUUUGAUGGUUUUCUUCAUUUCUGCGUUCCAAAAUUCUCCAAGUGCUUUUAGAGAAUUAAUUUGACCCAGUGUUAAAAAUUAGUUCCAUAUUUUAUAAUGUUAUAAUGUUUUAAUGAUUGUAUUGAACACUGUCGUGAUAGUUUGUUGAAUGGGUUGGUGGUUUAGUUUAGUUUAGCUGGACCCAAUGACAUAACUUCCUUUCGUGAGUUUCGUUACAUCUGCUGUCUCUUAACUUGUGUAUGUAUUUAAAAUUGUGAGUAUAUAAUUGAAAUACUUUGUAAUAUGUUGCAGAAGGAUGAAUAUAUAUAUAUAUAUUUAAUGCUCUCAGUAUACAUGUUUGCCUGCCUGCAUAUUAACUAAAAAUAUUGGAUAUUUAGAUCAAAAGCUUUCUUAUAAGAGCACAAGGAAUAAUUGGAAGAAGCCUGGUGGAAAGAGAACUCUGAAUUUAACCAUGGGCAUGACCUAUUCAAAGGCAAACACUUUCUUGUCCCAUUGAUUUCAAUGGGAGAGGUAAGUGUUAACUUUGACUGGCUUAUACCCCAAAUGUGAUUCGCAUCUCCAUUGCUUAAUUUGUGAAACAACAGGUGCCAAGUUUCAAACCAACUUGGAUGCCAUGGGCUAAGUCAAUGUGUCUGAAUGUGCUCUUUUUGUGAUUACUCAGGACUGAGAAAAAGCGCUCUGUACAUGCUCAAAGGCACUCUCCCCUCCAUCCAGCCUGUAGGCAUAGAUUAAAAAAAAUAAGCCAGAUAGUUUUGAGUGCUCUUCAAGCUGGGGUAUAUAGGACCAUUAUCACUGAAAAUCCACUAACAGUGCAAUUCUAUGCAUGCCUGCUCAGAAGUAAGGCCCUUUCAGUUGAAUGGGACUUAUUCCCGGGUAAGUAUGUAAAGGGUUGCAGUCUCAGUAAGCUGCUGUCCUGCUGAAAUCAAUGGGACAAGUUGGCCUUGACUUAAUUUCAGACCCAUUUAUUUCAAUAAAUAUCAAGUUCUAUCAACCCAUGAGGACAAAUUAACAAUUUCUCACGUGUGGUUAAUUUAUAUCUUUAAAAAGUGCUUCUGUUUUCUUUAUUCCACUUCAGCAGUUUUAGGCCUUUAGAGAAAACACUUUUUUUAAAAAAAGUUAUUUUAGAAUAAUCUGCAGUGACAUCAAGUGUGCCGCUCGGCUGGUUUUUUUUUUAAGUUUCUAUUUUUAAACUAACCUUGAAGACGUCGCUUUGCACACACUUUGUUCUCUCUCUGAAACCACCUAAGUACAACUCAGGAAGAAAAAGCACAUUUUAUGCAUUAAUGAGAAGGCACCAAGUGCCUCCGUAGGGUACAGCUAGUGGGCUUUUACUAGCAAAUGCAAUCUGAAAUUUCCAUAUUUUGCAUAAUGUCAAUAAAUACAACAGUUGGUUGUGUUUUCUGGAUUGGCUUCUUAUCAAAGGCAAGAAAAUAAGAGUGUCCCAGAGGUGAGCUUACCCAGGUGCAGAAUCUGACAUCUGGCACUGAGCAAGUUGGUCGAGGUUUAGCGAUUAUGGUGUGUCUGUUCAAAAUAUUUCAACACCGCCGCCCCAUUGAAAACGGCAAAUAUUUAAAUCAGGCACAGGCAAACUCGACACUCCAGAUGUUUUGGGACUACAACUCCCAUCAUCCCUGACCACUGGUCCUGUUAGCUAGGGAUGAUGGGAGUUGUAGUCCCAAAACAUCUGGAGGGCCGAGUUUGCCUUAUGCCUGUUUAAAUUGUUCCAAAGUGCUGCCUAUGUUCAGAAAUCCUUAGUGUGCCACCUUUUAGAGUUUCACUGUCAUCAUUUUUAUUUGCAGAAACCCCGUCAGUGUAUAUGAUGCUCUACAGCAUAAACCAGUGUCCGUGCCCCUAGGAACAUACAGUUCCAAGUCUGACAGGGAAUAGAGGCACAUAAGAGAGAGGAGAGGGCAAGGAUAACAAAGAGUCAAUGUGAGCAAACACUGUUAAUGCCUAUCAGCUGUGUACACAUCUGAAUCACAUUUUGAACCCCCCCAAAGAAUCAUGGGAAUUGUAGUUCAAGGGUGCUGGGAACUGUAGCUCUAUGAACUACAGUUCCCAGGAUUAUUGGGAGUGGCUGUGUGCUUUGAAUGCAUAGUGUGUACUCAGCCACUGUGACCUCGCUGUAGUUGAGGACCAGCACAGGCCUUUGCUGUUAUACCUGGGGACCAAGAAGUGAAGUGACGGUUUCGUGAAAGAGAAUCUUCACCAGCUUUCCCAAGACCAUCACACAUGAAGGAUCAUCGCUGGUUCUCCACAUGGACCAAUAAGCAGGUUGUAUUAUCUCUUCUAUCCUUGCUGCCAGCCCAGACCUGGGUUUCCUCAGUGAGGCCCCAUCUACAGUAUACAUUUAAAAUACUGUUUUAAACAGUGAUGGCUCCCCAGCGCCAAGAAACCUGGGAACUGUAGGUUUUUUUAAUGGCAUGGAGAGCUUUUAGGAGAACCCUAUUCCCUUCACAGAGCUCCCUGGGAAGACAGAUUGAGAAUUAAACCACUCUGGGACUAGUAGCCCUGCGAAGCGAAUUGUUGUUGUUGUUUAGUCGUUUAGUCGUGUCCGACUCUUCGUGACCCCAUGGACCAGAGCACACCAGGCACUCCUGUCUUCCACUGCCUCCCGCAGUUUGGUCAGAUUCAUGUUUGUAGCUUCAAGAACACUGUCCAACCAUCUUGUCCUCUGUCGUCCCCUUCUCCUUGUGCCCUCCAUCUUUCCCAACAUCAGGGUCUUUUCCAGGGAGUCUUCUCUUCUCAUGAGGUGGCCAAAGUAUUAGAGCCUCAGCUUCACAAUCUGUCCUUCCAGUGAGCACUCAGGGCUGAUUUCCUUCAGAAUGGAUACGUUUGAUCUUCUUGCAGUCCAUGGGAGCGAAUAGGGGUCACAUUAUGACUCUCAGCACCCAGCUAUAGUUCCCAGUUCUUUCAAGGAAGCCACAGUUCUUUAAAGAGAUAUGAUACUGUUUUAAAUAGACAGUGCAGAUGGGACCCGACAGACCACAAAUUGAGACACUGUUUCGAUGAAGACGUUAGGAGGACUAGGUCUCUGUAAUUUUUAAAGAGAUGCAGCAGGAACUACUUCUUCUAUUUGGUUUUUGACUGGGAAAAGGGCUUUCUGUGGCUACUUUAAAUCUGCAGUGGUGUGCUGAUGUUGUGAUUUCUCCCCUUUUUUUCUUUUGAAGGUGCUUUUAAUUAAUUAAUUAAUUUUAAAAUGUAAACCACUUGAAACUGCUGGGAAAGCAGUACGGAAAGGUUUUAAUAAAUAAACCUUAAUUAAAUAAUAAAUCAAUCAUUUCCAAGGAGGGAUUUGAAGGAAGAGAGAGUGAGAAAGAUGUAAGACCACAUAAGGGUGCUUCCAAAUCCUUAUUUUCAUGUCCCUCAAAGGUAUUUUCGCAUUUCACAUAUUGGCUUUUUCGCUGAGCGUGCCCUCACUCUUUCACUCUGACUAGUGUAUGUAUGUUUUUAAAUGUUUGCAUUUUGAGGGGUACGUUGAAAAGCAAGUGCAAUGUUUGAAGAGGCUCCACACUCGCUCUCAUACCAGUUCUUGAGGCAAGGCAUUAAUACUCCCAAUUUACAGAGAACGGAGGGACGUGGGUUGCGCUGUGGUCUAAACCACUGAGCCUUGGGCUUGCCGAUCGGAAGGCUGGCUGUUCGAAUCUCCGCAAUGCAGUGAGCUCCUGUUGCUUGGUCCCAUCUCCUGUCAACCUAGCAGUUUGAAAGCAUGUUGAAGUGCAAGUAGAUAAAUAGGUACCACUCCAGCGGGAAGGUAAACGGUGUGUCUGUGCGCUGCUCUGGUUCGCCAGAAGCGGCUUAGUCAUGCUGGCCACAUGACACGGAAGCUGUCUGCAGACAAAUGCUGGCUCCCUUGGCCAGUAAAGCGAGAUGAGCACCACAACCCCAGAGUCGUCCGCGACUGGACUUAACUGUCAGGUGUCCUUUACCUGUGCAGGCUCACUGAGUUAGAUGGACCAAUGGACUGACUCAGUAUAAGGCAACUGGCUAAAUUCAUAAUUUGCUCUUUCUCUGUCUGCACAUGAGUUGCAAAGAUAAAAAUAAGUGGGCAAUGAAAAGGCUAGAUGUCCUUUAGCCCCUCUGCCUCCUCUCCCAUCCAAAUAACCCCCUCCCAUUGCUGCUUUUCCACAGAGAAGCAGCACCUGGGAAAUUUGGAUUCAUGAGUUCACUGCUCACAUGCAGUUUUUGACUGAGAGUUAAUUGCAGGUUCGAGAUACAUCCUGGUGCAGCUGGGAUUUAAGCCACAAGUUCCUGUCUGGCAUGCUGUCCGCACUUCGCUCGCUGACCUUGCUUUGUGACCCUGACUGGUCUUGACUCCUUUUGGCUGGCUAGAAUGUGUCCUCAAACUCUGAUAUUGCUUGCCUGGAUUAUGGAUAGAGGAGAGAGAGAGAGAGGAAUACAGUGCACUCUACAAAUGCAAAUUUGCAACCACGAUGAACAAGGGUCUGGACAACAAGCCUUAUGAGGAACGGUUGAAGGAGCUGGGUAUGUUUAGCCUAGAAAAGAGGAGACUGAGAGGAGAUUUGAUAGCCAUCUUCAAAAAUCUUAAGGGAUGUCUUCCUUGGGGGUUUUUAAGCAGAGGUUGGAUGGCCAUCUGUCAUGGAUGCUUUAAGUGAGUUUCCUGCAUUGCAGGGGGUUGGACUAGAUGACCCUGGGGUCACUUCCAACUCUACAUUUUGACAAUUUUACAUUUGUGGCUCUGCCUCUUUUUCCUCUGGCUUGAUCCAUGUAUGUAUGAAUGUGAACUGUGGAAAGCUGUCCAGAAGGGAAGCAAGCCAUGGGGCUGUAAAUGUUUUCUCUGUCCUUAUUUUAACUGGAGAUGCCAUGGGACCUUCUGUAUGGAAGCUGCUGCUUCAUCACUAAGUUACGACUUCUCAUAUGAUGCUGCAGUCAUGUGCCUUGGGCCCCAUUCCAUCUUCUGUCAACGGAUGGUUUUUCCAUCGCAUUUAUAUGCCAUCUUUUUCCUACAAUGAACUCAUGGUGGCAUCCAAGGUUCUCCUCCUCCACCACCUCCCCAUUUAAACCUCACAGCAACUCUGUGAGGUAGGUUAGGCUGAGAGGCUGUGACCGGUCUGAGGUCACUGGGUGAGCUUCAUGGCCAAGUAGGGAUUCGAAUCCUGGCCUCCCAGGUCCUAGUCCCACAUUCUAACCACUACACCACACUGGCUCUCCAGUUAGGGAGCAUUUGGUUAAGAAACCAUGCCAGUGAAAUGGAAAGGUUGGAAAGAUUACUCUUCUUUCUGGAGACCCAUUUUGCACCACCAGCGUACAAGAAGUAAUGGUGCUAGACUGGUUGAACUGGUCAGUUCCUUGCUGCAGCUGCUCACUGUUAAGGAAACCAAAUGCUCUCCUAAAUGCUGAGUGGUUGUUGCUAAUUACUCACAAAUGAUGACAAGAGAGGCGGUAGAAUUGGGAAGCUUCCAAGCUCCAUUGCACUAAUAACACUUGGCCAAUUUUUGUUAAUUCCAUCCGAUGAAGCCCACCCUUCCCUUCAUUAACCAGUGAUAGGUUUCUUCCCCCUCUGGGAGGUGAGAGGUCUAGCUAAUUUGUCAGCUCCAGUAUUAGCAGAGGCUCAAAAUAUUUAUUCCGUUCCUUGGAGGAUAUUGUCUGACUCCCAAUUGCCAUACUCUUUGAAUUUUUAUUUUUUGGUAAAAAAAGUUUUCUACAGGCUGCCAUCAAAUCCUGCCCCCUCACACCCAAUCACUGUGCAGAAAAUAUAUCACUGUGUUCCACUGGGAGCGUUGAAGUGACUUCUCAUGAAAUUUUCAUGACUCGGUGGUUCAAAAAAGUUUCUGCAGGGGAUUAAAGGAAUUUACUUAUUACUGUACAGGUUUUUUGGAGAAUGAUUUCUGAGCAUUGAGAACAAUUCGAUUGUUUAUUUCUGUACCCGAGCAAAAUGUCUGCUCCUUCUCUAUGUCAACCCCAUUCACCUUCAUCUACUUUUCAGAUUCUAUUUUCUGAUUCAAAGUUCAACAGUGCAUAAGAAUGGUGUUGCUCGGCUAGAUAAAAAUCUUUUAGCCUAGCAUGCUGUUUCCAGCAGUGGCAAGUCCAGUGUUUCUGGGUGCUUACAAACAUAAGGACCCCCUAUGGGCUGUCUGGAGCUCAAAGGUAUAUCAACUCUGCAUAUGCCAGCUCCACUGAAAUAACUUUGCUGAUAGUCCUUGAUGUGUGUUGAUUGCUCUCUCUCUCUCCUUGAGCUAAACUGAGCUCCUUCAGCCUUUUCUCAUUCAUUGCAUCUUUUGAGCAUUUAAAUCCUCCUCAGGAUUUGGUGAUCAUGCCAGGACAGGAUCACAGUGAACUCAGAUUAGUUAUCAGCAUCACCCAGUUUCGUCUGUUCUGACUGGCUCUCUAGGUCCUAUGGCAGAGACCUUUCCUAUCACCUGGUGUCCUAAUAACCCAGGGGUGGGGAAUCACAGAUCUGGGGGCCAGAAGUGGUCCUCAGGACUCCCCUCAGGCCACACACCCUCCCCAGCCUCCUUUACUCAGGCCGCUUCCUUCACUGGUCCAGCAUUGCACACUCCUUGAGUGUGUUUGUCUUGUUGUCAUGUGUUCCUUGCUGCCUGGAUGGAAGAGCGAGGUGUGUGUGUGUGUGUUGGAACCUGCCUACUUAGAAACCUAAACGUUGCAUGGGUUUCCUUGCUCAUUUUUGCCCCUGGGCCUGCCCACCACUUGCAUGCGAUUGUCCAGAAGGGAAUGAAGUCUUUGGGCAGAAAAUUGUCCCAUGUCCCUGUUUUAACUGGAGAUGCCAGGGAUUGGAUAUGAAAGCAAAGUGGGUUAGGCUUCCCCAUAUGGUGUUGCAAUUAGGGUUGGCAGAAGCCUUCACGUCUGCCUCACCCCCUGUAGGUGGCAAGUGGAGGUAUUGAAUCUCAAGUCGGGCAGCCUUUAACACCACCACCACCACCACCACUUGCAAGCUUCAGCCUGGCAGAGCUGGCUGCAAUUUACACCAUGGACACUCGGGGAGAGUCUUCCACUCUCUGCUCCAAUUAACCUCUGUCUCCAGGGCUUACCCCACGACAUUAUUAGGGGCUGCUCUCUGAUGUCACCAGGGCCCACCCCAGGAUCUCAGGUUUGGGCCCUGAAAUCUCAGGGUUUGGGAUCCUCCUGCAGCCCUGAUUGCAACAACAUUAGACCAUGUGAUGCUGUGCAAUGCAGGCAAAGUCCUCUGAUGUUACUCAGGCAGGUUGCUUCAGCAGGGGCAAUUGUUUACAGUGGCUGCAUGCAUUGUCCACUGCCCCCCACCCCCAGUCACUCAACAAGAGCCCAUAUAGAUUAAUGGUGAAGAGUAUAAAUGGAAGGCUGCAGUUCCAAAGAUUCUCAGGCAUGAAAUUGCUAUGUGGCCUUAAGAAGAAGAAGAAGAAGAGGAGGAGGAGGAGGAAGAAGAAGAAUUUGGAUUUGAUAUCCCGCUUUAUCACUACCCUAAGGAGUCUCAAAGCAGCUAACAAUCUCCUUUUCCCUUCCUCCCCCACCACAAACACUCUGUGAGGUGAGUGAGGCUGAGAGACUUCAGAGAAGUGUGACUAGCCCAAGGUCACCCAGAAGCUGCAUGUGGAGGAGCGGAGACGUGAACCUGGUUCACCAGAUUACGAGUCUACAGCUCUUAACCACUACACCACACUGGCAAACCUCUCUCACCUUCUUUUAACAACCCCCACCCAAAAGGUGAUAACAAGAGUGGUAUACCUUCCAGAGCAAUUGUAAAAAUAACUAAGAAAACAUAUAUGGAGUUCUCUGAACAUUAAAGUCGUAAACAGAAACUCCUUUUCCUCCUCUUAUUCUUCUGAUGUGCAAUAGAAUGUCUAUCCUCAGCUGCUAAGGGAAGUGUUCCUUUUCAGGGCUCCAGAGACUGUAGAAUAAGACCUUUGUGGUGCUAUUUGAGUUCUUCUUCCUUGGUGAUCACUUGUAGCCAAGUAAGAUUAUCUUCCAUGAACAUGGUCUUAACAGUGAGUCCGUAAGUGACUGUGGAGGCCAAUUCUGGAUCCACAUGUCCUUCCACAGGGGGGACAUGGGUUUCUGGGUGGGAGUUGAUCAUGAUGAGGGUUUGCCAAGUGUGCCUUCCUCUUAGCUCAUUUCUCCUUUUUUAUCCUGUGUUUGUGCUUCUUCAAAGUCCAUGGGACCCUUGGUAAAGGCUAUUCUCCAGUUGGAGCACUCAUGUGCGAGCUAUUUGAGUAAAAUAUGAAGAAAACACACCCUUGGAUGGUUUAGUCCAGUCAAAGGCGACUAUGGGGUUGUGGUGCUCAUCUCGCUUUCAGGCUGAGGAAGCCAGCGUUUGUCCAUAGACAGCUUUCCAGGUCAAGUGGCUAGCUGGACUAAACUGCUUCUGGUGCAAUGGAACACCAUGAAGGAAACCAGAGCGCAUGGAAACGUUGUUUACCUUCCCGCCGCAGUGGUACCUAUUUAUCUACUUGCACGGGCGUGCUUUCGAACUGCUAGGUUGGCAGGAGCUGGGUCAUGUGGACAGCAUGACUAAACUCUUUCUGGUGCAACCGAACACCGUGACAGAAAUCAGAGUGCACGGAAACACCAUUUACCUUCAUACUGCAGCGGUACCUAACUAUUUACUUUCAAUAGGAGCUUGCCCCGUCGCACAGAUUUGAACUGCCUACCUUCUGAUCAGCAAGCCCAAGAGGCUCAGUAUCAUGGGAGUGGAGUGAGUUUCAGGGAAGGGAAAGGGAGGGGAAAGGGGCACAUUUCCCCCCUGUUCUUUACAAACUUUCCACCUUUUCAUGCCGUGCUACACAGCAGUAGUGACUUCUCUCCAAAACCUGAGCAUCUUUAAAACUAGCCAUGAUGGUUGUGUUCCAUGUCUUCUGGUGGAAUCAGUAUGCCUCUGAAUAAGUGCUGUUGGGAAUCAUAAGAGGGAAUAGUGUGGCUGAUCUCAGGUCCUGCUCAUGAGUUGCUUCAUUGCCCACCCAUUAAGAGUUUUUCAAAACACAUUUUCCCUUUAAUUUACAAACUCAUAUGUACAACUAGGAAGGUAGAAACCACCCUCUUAUUGUGUGUGUGUGUGUGUGUGUGUGUGUGUCCCUUCAUUUCCCAGCUGAUAGGCUGCUCAACUUCCUGAGUUUGCUUUUAGAGGGAUUGACUGUAUUCUCCCAUUCAUAACCCCGAAAUAACAUGAAUGGGCACACAAGCGUUGCUCUUAAUUCUCACACAGACCUUUCCAGUAAAAAAAAAGAAAGAAAGGAAGGAAGAGAAGAAAAAUUGAAGACCUGAUGCACACUGGGGUUCAAAUUGGCUCCAGGGUCUCCUGAGGGCUGCUGAUUUAGACAAUUUGCUUAAUGUUCUUAUUUCCAUAAUGUAUUCUGAUUGCAACAUCUGUGGGCUUAUAUAGAUGCCCACAAGAUUUGGCUUCCUCUGUCGGGGAAUCAGAAGUAUUUUGGGAAUAUAGUCUACAGCAAUCCAUUUAUAGCUGCAAGGAAACUGGGUAUUCUCCCUCUCCCUCUCCCUCCCCCUUUCAAAGUGAGCAAGUUCCCACUAUGGAUAACACUCGAUCAUUUCUCAGGCUUUUAGAGGUGAUAGCCAUACUUGAUUUAACGCCACAGAACUGUAGUAAACACUGGCUAUUUCUGGAGGCUCGUGUGGGGAAUGCAAAGAAAAGAAAGCCAUCUUUUCUCUCUCAUUCCAAAACCAGCAGAAGCAACCAAUGGAUAACAGAAACAUACGGCUAACCCUGAUCUUUCACCAAAGGUUCAUGGCCACAGUGUGCCCAGGGACAUAGCUCAGUGCAUGUGCUUUGUAUGCAGAAGGUCCUGAUUUUAAUUCCCCGGCAUCUCAAGGUAGGACUGGGAUAAGUCCCAGACUGAAGCCUUGCAGAACUGCUACCAGGCACUGUAGGCCAUACUGAGGCAUUCUCUCUCCCACCAGCUUCAUUAUUGUUAUUUUAUUUUAACAAAGUAAUAAAAUAUAAAAUAUAAAAUAUGCACCCCACCCCCAAGACCAUUCCAUUAUAACUAUCCAACCUCCCAAAAUUUCAACACCUCUUCCAAUGGUUUGACCCCUUUCCGUUUUAACAGUACAAAUUCUCCAAAUACCUUCCAUAUCUCCUAAAAAUAAUUUCUCCUGCACAUUCCCUGUCUUACCUUAACAACACCUGUUAAUUCAUCAUUAAUAGCUAUACCCGCAACCUCUUUGUUCCAUUCUUCCAUUUUAUAUUCACCUUGCACCUUCCACUUCCUAGCUAUAAUAACUCGUACAGCUGUCAAUAAAUUUGUGAGCAUGUCCUCCAUAGCCUGCAAACCUUCCACCCCAUCCCCCCACCACAUGUAAACGUAAGUCCCAGUUUCCUGGCAUCUCCUCCAACAUAACACCAAACAUUUCUUGUUCAUUUGAUUUAAUCUUACUGGUGUUAAAUACAGAGUGAGUGGGAUCAAAUUGGUAGCACAGGAAGAAUAUUCUACUGUCUUCCUGCACCAUCAGUUUGUUUGGCUUCCUUGCCGAAUGCUGAGAAAGUGGAUUGCAAGUCAGCUCACAUCAUUCCUUUGGAUGUUACAGACCCUCCAAGUUGUCCCUAUUUUCCAGGGACGUCCCUGAUUUAGAGAUGCCAUCCCAGUUACUGAUUUGAUCCCAGAAUGUCUCACUUUUCCUUAGGAUGUCCCUAUCUUCAUUGGAGAAAUAUUGGAUGGUAUGAUGUUAUCAGAUCCCAUAAUGAGGUGGCUCUUCUACAAAAUGCUUUCCAUCUUCCACUUUGUCACAGCCAUCUAGGAGCAGUGCCAAAGGGCAGAGUCAAAUGCCUUUCCCCCGCUUUAUGUUCAUCCAAUCAACUGAGAAAACCAUAUGUUCCUCUUAACAAAGGUUUGCCUUUUUUGCUGUAAUAUCACCAUCACCGUUAUCUCAGUAAAGCAAGCAGCCCACCCCCAGCCCUGAGAAAGGAUUCUGAGCCAAUAGCCCUUUGGCCAAUUUAAUGUUGCAUAACCUUCUUAUGGCAAACUUCCAGACAUGAAUAGAAGUUUAUGUAAUGGUGGGAAAAGAGAGGGGUAGGAAAAGAAAAAAUUCAAGAUUCUGGGAGGUGCUUUCUUUGCUUAGGAAAUGGAUUUGAAGGACUCUUUAAAGAUAUCUUACUGUAUCUCCCAGUAUCAUAGAACCAUAGAACUGUAGAGUGGAAGGGACCCCAAGAAUCCUCUAGUCCAACCCCCUGCAAUGCAGAAAUCUCAAUGAAAGCAUCCAUGACAGAUGACCAUUCAGCCUCUGCUUAAAAACCUCCAAGGAAGGAGAGUCCACAACCUCCUGAAUUGAAGUGGCCGUACUGAAGUGAGCGUCAUAAGACAAGACAAAGGAAGGGUGAAAUAAUAUAUGGAGGGUUUUUUUUAAUGUACCGUAUUUUUCGCUCUGUUGGACGCAGUUUUUCCCCUCCAAAAAUUGAGGGGAAAUGUGUGUGCGUCUUAUGGAGCGAAUGCAGGCUUGUGCCAUAGCCGCGCGCAACCCCUCCGGCAGGGAGAGGCUGCACGGGGCUAUGGCUUCUUUAGUCCUGCACAGCGUCUCCCGGCAAGGAGAGGCUGCACGGGGCUAAAGGGGAAGCCAAAACAGCGAGCGGGAUGGAUCCCGCUCGCUGCCUUGCCUUCUUCCAUAGCUGCGCGCAACCCCUCCGCAAGGAGAGGCUGCACGGGGCUAUGGCUUCUUUAGCCCCACGCAGCCUCUCCCAGGAGGUAGAGGCUGCACGGGGCUAAAGGGGAAGCCAAAACAGCGAGCGAGAUCCAUCCCGCUCGCUGCCUUGGCUUGUUCCAUAGCUGCGCGCAACCGCUCUGGCAACCGCUGCUCUUUGGGGCUGGGGGGGGAAAAUAUUUUUUUUCUUGAUUUCCCCCCCUAAAAACUGGGUGCGCCCUAUGGUCCGGUGCGCCCUAUGGUGCGAAAAAUACGGUAAUAAUAGAGUUGGGGUACUUUCCAACUCUAAGUUCUAUGAUUCUAAGUGACUGUGGUCCUCAGACUGAAAAACGUCCCCAUCGUUGUGCUACACACCCACUUUAUCACACUGCCAUCCCAUCCUCGUUUUUUGUUUUUAUAAAAAAAAUCAUUAUCACGCUUAACCUUUACAGAAACAGAUUUCUGUUCAAUGACAUAAACAUGCACUGCUUAUUCCAGUAUGUGAUAAAUGGCGACCACUUACCUAUCACCAAAAUUGGCACAAGGGGUCUAUUUCUUCUUGGGAUAAAGACAUUUCUGUAAUUUUUCUGUAGUUUGUUAAGGGUGCUGGGAAAUGUUUGCAGGCCCCUAUUCCCCUCACUAAGCUACCAUUCCCAGAGUUCCUUGGGGAGAGGGGUUGAUUGUUAAACCACUCUGGAAACUAUAGCUCUGAAAGAAGUAGGGAAUCUCCUAACACCUCUCAGCACCCUUAACAAACUACAGUGGUACCUCGGGUUACAGAUGCUUCAGGUUACAGACUCCACUAACCCAGAAAUAGUACCUUGGGUUAAGAACUUUGCUUCAAGAUGAGAACAGAAAUUGUGCGGCAGCAGCGCGGUGGCAGCGGGAGGCCCCAUUAGCUAAAGUGGUGCUUCAGGUUAAGAACAGUUUCAGGUUAAGAAUGGACCUCCAGAACAAAUUAAGUUCUUAACCAGAGGUACCACUGUACACUUCCCAGGAGUCUUUGGGGAAAGCUGUGAAUGUUUAAAGUGGUAUGAUGCAUCCUUAAAUGCAUAGUGCAGAUGGGGCCUCAGUUACAGAUGAUAGUGCUACCAGUCCAAGGUAUUUUGCUUCCUCACUGGGACCUACUUUGUGUGUGUCCCCCCAGCCAAGGGGGCCAGCACUGAAACAAAUAUUGUUGCAUCAGUCAGGCACUAAUUGCUGCCUUCCUCUGUCCUUCACCAUCAACCAUGCCUCCAGAAGUACAUCAUGUCACCCUCCAACAUGUCGCCAUGGAAAACAGGAUGUGCUUCUUCCGGGACAUGGUCCCACACAAGUCAUGUGAUCUGCAUGAGAUCCUAGCACCCAAAAAGCAUGUUUUGGGGCAUUGUGCUCUUGAGAGCACAACCCCCCAAAACGGGACCUCCCAAUUUAAUUGGGGCAGUUGAGUGGUAUGAUGAUUCAUGUCAGGGACUGGACCCAUAUGGCAGACGCUGUUUUCUGAACUUUACUUUGGUGUUUGAUUCAGGGUUAUGCUAGCUAGGGGAUGUUUUGCUGCUCUUGGGGGCUGUCUCCUUGCUUCCAGCUGAUGUUGGAGUGCACACAGUGCUGUGACCCUCUCUGCAAAUGACAGUGUCCCCACAUUAUCUCUUUCUCACCAUGUCUCGUCUUACGCUUCUGCACUACUGAGCAGUUGCUAUGGUUAAAAUGAGAUAAAUCUAGUUCCAGGCAACAAAUAGUUGAAACACAGAGCUCUCUCUCAUUCUGCUUUCCCUCCUCCUCCCUCUCCUAUUCCAUUUUUGCAAGGGACACAUUUCAGCUUCAACUUCAUGCCCAAGAGCUGCAUGCAAACAACUGAGAGUAACAAUUUGCCGCUAACACUUGGCUUGACCUUGUUCCACAUGGUUGGUUCUUGUAUUGGGGAAAUCAGAGGACUGUCUGCUGAGAGAGGCGGAGGAAUACUGUUCCAUUGUGCAGACUGGUGCCCCUGGGCUUGUGGGGUGGUGAUAGCCAGUUGUUAAGAACAUUUUAUGGUCACCUACUGGGGCCUCGGGACGCGGGUGGCGCUGUGGUCUAAACCACUGAGCCUCUUGGGCUUGCCGAACAGAAGGUCGGCAGUUCAAAUCCCCGUGACAGGGUGAGCUCCUGUUGCUCGGUCCCUGCUCCUGGCAACCUAGCAGUUCGAAAGCACAUCAAAGUCCAAGUAGAUAAAUAGGUACCACUCCGGAGGGAAGGUAAACAGUGUUUCUGUCACUGCUCUGGUUCUCCAGAAGCAGCUUAGUCAUGCUGGCCACAUGACCCAGAAGCUGUAUGCCGUCUCCCUUGGCCUAUAAAGCGAGAUGAACACCACAACCCCAGAGUCACCCGCAAUUGGACCUAUUGGUCACGGGUCCCUUUACCUUUACUGGGGCCUCAAGGCUGGGUGACCAACACAAACCCAGUAUUAAUGGAUCUGUGGCUCCAGUCCACAGUAUAUGGAGAUGGUGGGUUGAUAUGGAGCCUAUAUCCUCCAAGUGUCCAGAUUUUCCGGGCACAGUCUCAGAAUUACAAAAGCCUUCCCAGUUUCUGAUUUGAUCCUGGAUAUCUCUAUUUCCCCCACCAGUGCAGCUGCUGCCAAGCUUGGGGAAGAAGAUGAGCCAGGACUUGUCCUUGAGAGGUGGUGGCAGCUGUGAGGAACCACCCUGUUGCCUCUCCAUGGCCUCUCCAUGGCCACUGCCUCUGGCUUACUCCCUUGGGCAGCUUGCAGCAACUGCUGGAGACCAGGCAAGGAGGAGGAGAGGUUGCGGCCGCCGGGGCCCAACCCUGUGUGACACACUGGCUCUGAAUGGCAGGUAAAGGGCGGGGACACCCUGGGGCAGGAGAAAGUGGGAGUGGAGCGGAGCACAAAGGAGUCUUGAUUAAAAACAAACACUUUGUCAGUUAGUGACCCUUAUUCUGAUUGCCCCUGCUAUGAACCUAGCAACCUUUGCUCUUAUCUGCUCAUUUUGAUCUGAUAGAAGAAAGGACAUUGUGGCAGUGGUUGAGCGCCCUGGGAUGGUUAGUAUGAGUGGGGUGAUGAUCUCGUUCCUCAGAUCUUUGUGGAAAGUGCAAGACAGGAGGACGUGUGCCACUGUUUCGGUGCUACCGUCUCCACAGGGGCAAAAACGUUUCUCAGGUGGGAUCUUUUGGAAUCGACCCUCAAGUACCGCAGAUGGCAAAACAUCCAGUCUUGCAAGUGUAAAAGCACAUCUGUAUUUUGGGAUAAUACGUUUGUGCAGAUAUGGGGCCAGAGAAUCAAAAUGGAAAGGUGGGAAAUGAACAUACCAAGGGCAGAAUUUCCUUAUAGUGGCCAGGUUGUUCUGAUGCUCGAUAUCUCAAUGGCUUCUGUUAUCAGGCUUGUUGAGAGACUGCCAAACACAUGGGCUGGUGUUGUAGAUCGCCAUUUUCAUUUGCAUUCCUGGAGCUCCAAGGGGUUUUACAGACAGCAGUAGGCACUGCUUUGUAUACGCAGAUCAAAAGCUUUGGAACCCCAGAAAAGGGUUCUCAAACAUUUGUCAGUGCUAAAAGGUACUCCAGUAUUUUGGGGGACUGAUAAAGAAAGGGUCGGAGGUAGUUUCUUAUUCCCAAAGCAUUGCUCUACCUCUAAACCAGCUUUGUGACAUCAGCACAAAACCAGCCUUCUAAUUGGCCAUGUCACAUCACUAUGUGAUCGCUGAUUAGCUAGGAUCAUGCUAGGAGUGUGCUAGAUAGAAAGAAAAUAAAUGGUGCAAAGCAGCAGUGGGACUGCAGCAGGAGGCCAUGAAGGAACAGGCAAAGAGCAGUAUUCAUUGGCAUGACCUUACUUUAUACUUUAAUAAGCCUACUAGUGUAGGCUUAUUCAAAGCUGGUAUUUUUAGGUGGAGUGUAUGGCUGGAUGCCAGGAUCUUCCUACCUCCUGUUGGUUAAACAGUGGGGCUGAGUGGGAAUCUGUUGGCCUCCAAGAUAGCAGAAGCAGUUGUUGGCUGGUUGUGCAUGGCUAUUUAUUAGUGGAUAUCUGGCAAUGGAUACCUGGUCUCAUUUGGAGUGCCACUGUACAGGCCUACACCAUAGGCUGCCAGUGUGCAACCUAGAGAUCUGCAUGACAUCUUUAAAUUGCCCGAUGUUAAGUGGGAAAUGCUGGGUGAGGCUCAUCCUGCCUGGCUAUGGUCUUCCUCACCUGGUUCAAGGCACAAAAGAACCACCCUGCUGGAUCAAGCCAAUGGGAAUCGAGUCCAGCAUCCUGUUCUCACAGUGGCCAACUGGAUGCCUAUGUUGUUGUUGUUGUUUAGUCGUUUAGUCAUGUCCGAAUCUUCGUGACCCCAUGGACCAGAGAAUGCCAGGCACUCCUGUCUUCCACUGCCUCCCGCAGUUUGGUCAGACUCAUGUUUGUAGUUUCGAGAACACUGUCCAACCAUCUCGACCUCUGUCGUCUCCUUCUUCUUGUGCCCUCCAUCUUUCCCAACAUCAGGGUCUUUUCCAGGGAGUCUUCUCUUCUCAUGAGGUGGCCAAAGUCUUGGAGCCUCAACUUCAGGAUCUGUCCUUCCAGUGAGCACUUAGGGCUGAUUUCCUUCAGAAUGGAUAGGUUUGAUCUUCUUGCAGUCCAUGGGACUCUCAAGAGUCUCCUCCAGCACCAGAAUUCAAAAGCAUCCAUUCUUCGGCGAUCAGCCUUCUUUAUGGUCCAGCUCUCACUUCCAUACAUCACUACUGGGAAAACCAUGGCUUUAACUAUAUGGACCUUUGUUGGCAAGGUGAUGUCUCUGCCUAUAGGAUGCCUAUAGGAGGCCCCAAAGCAUGACCUCACCAUAAUAGCACUCUGUCCACUUGUGAUUCCUAGCUACUGGUGUAUGCUGCCUUCGACAGUCAAAGUGGAACAUUGCUAUUGUGUUUAGCAACCACUGACAGCAGCAUCCUCCAUGAAUUUUUCUCACCCUCCUUUAUGUAGGGAUUUGCAUAGAUGCUAGGAGAUAAUAUGUUUAUUAGAUGUUAUCCUUCCUUCCUCAAGUUUGUGAGUACAGCACAGUGCCAUCCCCUUGCAGCUUAAAAGGGAAGCUUAGAAAGGCUAGUUUAAGCCUUUUAAAAAAGCCUUUUAGUUUAAGUAAUCCAGGACGCUUCAAGGAGGAAAGGAUUCUACUGGUAUUUCCCCUCUUUUCUGCCCUUUAAACAAUAACCACAUAAACAGUCUUGUAAGAGGUAAAAAUAACAUUUACAGUGGACCCUCUGGAUACGAAUUUAAUUCGUUCCGGGGGUCCAUCUGCAACCUGAAAAGUCUGUGGGCAGAGGCACUGCUUCUGUGCACACGCAUGGCACGAUUGAGCGGUUCUGCGCAUGUGCGUGUGGUAAAACCCAGAAGUAUACACUUCCAGGUUUGUGGCAUUUGUAACCCAAAAGUUACAUAUCCAGAACGGUACGUAACUAGAUGGUCCACAGAACUCACUCAGAGCUUCUGUUGCAGAAUAUAAAAUACAGUCGCUUUAGUUCAGGUGAACUUAAAAUGGUAAUUCAGUUACACAGACCUACUUAAGUCUAGUUUAAAAUGGUGCCUGAGCAAUGGAGCUCAGACAUGCAGAUUGUUCUCACAUUUCUGGCUUGGGGAUGAGAUGAAAAAGUAAGAGUGAAGAGAGAGCAAAGAGGAAGUGCCCAACCAGGUGAGGAAAUUAUAUACAAUCUCCCCACCAGGAGUUCUCUCUAGAAAACUUACAGGAAAACUCUAUGAGCUUCAGCUCCUACCAUCUAGCAAACAUGCAUUGUUGGUUUGAUUGCAUUAUAAAUAUCUCACACUUUAAAGCUAUCCAUGUUGUUGGCCAUUACUGUUAGGAUUCCUGCUUUCUGCAGCAGAGGAGGGUGAGGCUAGAGGAGUCCUGGCUGCCAUUUCUCACUGUACUGGAGAAUUCAAAGGCUCUGUUGGGGUUGCUACCUGCUGCUUUCCCUUCAGCCAAACAGGAAAAUAUUCCACAGGUGAAGCUUUUCCAGAUAACUGGCGGGGAAAAGCUUCAGCUGGUGUGCCAGACUGUUGUUAAUAAGAAAGGUGGCUAUCAGGUUGCAACCUGAUAACCCUCUUAGCUAGUUUCCCAUUGGGAUGCCAGGAUGCCUGGGAGCUCUACAGUUUUUCAUGCAAGCCCUCUGAGUAAUUCAGGGUUGCAAUGAACCUGGCUUCUAGCCCUGUGUCUUUCCUAUCCUGACACCUGGGUGAUCUGUGCUGGAGAGAUCUUGCCAGCAGCACUCAGAAUGAGGAAUGGCUUGUUCUUAAGGCAGGCUACAAGUGAUAGUCGAAAGGCUCGCUGAAAGAGCAAUUCCAGCAACUGCAGCUCCUGCAACAGCAGGGUAUUCCUUUUAUUUGUAUGAAACCCAAACAUAUGUCUGUAUCUGUAGGGCAAAAAGCGGCAAAUGAGCUGCAUUGGCAGCAGCUGAACAAAAACCAAAUAGCUUUUAAAAACAACCACCACCGAACCAGCUUGAUUUCUAAUCAGAUAUGCUUUAGUUCAUCUUCUCUGCAAAUGGAUGCAAACCUCCCCAAGGCCUAGUUCGUGAUCUAGAAGCUCAUUCUUGAAGGCUGCAGCAUGCACUGAGGACUUGCAUGUAUCAAUGGCCCAUUGAUCACAUCAAUAUAAACAACAUGGGCCACCUCUUUUGCAAGGCCUUUUCAGACAAAAGUCUUUUUGAACCUGGCUACUAUGAUCCUUUUUACAGGAGAUGCUGGAGCUUGAACCUGAUACCUCCCCUGUGCAAAGCAGAUGCUUGACCACUGAAUUCUGGCUCCUCCCUCUGCUGUUCCAUGGUGCUUCAGAUUGUAGCCAUAUAUUUCUUGCCCCAGACAAAACUUCAGUAAACUGAGGGGCUGGUAUAUUGCCCAGUUUGUUAUGAUUCUUGUAGGGUUUGUUUUAUUGUUAGGUGAGCCAACAUAGGCUCAGAACUCGAGUGAGUCCACUUUAUAAUUCUGAUUCGCUGGAAUAAAUCCAAGACCACCAGCAAAUCUAUUUAUGUUAGCAGUACUUUGGCACUGAUUAAGUGGCUCUGUGCAUGCGGCCUUGCAAGUGUCAGCGUGUGCCCUGCACCAGGAAGCGGUAGUCUGCAAAAUAAAUUAUUGCAGACUUGAAAAGCAAUUGGGGAAACCCUGAAUGUAAUGUUAGCCAAUUUGGAGAAUGGGAGUCUAUGCAUUGACUAUGGAAGGAUUAAAAAAAAUGGAUAGGCUGGGCUUCCAGGAAGGAGGAGAGGCAUGCCAAUCAUGGAGACAUGUAAUGAAGAGAUGGGGAGCUGAGUUCAGGAGCAGAUUAUAUUGCAGCUGUUCCAGAAGUCCCAGUGCAGUUGUGAUAAGCAGGAUGACAAUGCUGGAGACUACCAGAAUCAAGGCUGAGCUGAGAUCAGGAGCCAGACAGCCUACCCAAGAACCUGGUAGUAGGAACUUGGAUGUAUAGAUGAUAGGCUGAGGAAUGCAGAGCAGGACCUUGAACUGCAGACCAAUUAGAAGCAAUCUCAGGCAAUGGCUGCAAGCGCUUGCCAGCUGAGUCCCUAUUUCACAGUCCCCAUCACUUUUUUAUGAACCAAAUGGAUUAUUUUUCCAGUGCAAACUGAGACACAAGGCAAAGGGUUCUCCAGUGCUUCUCCCUUCUGCUCAGCUGAUGUGAACAGCUUUGACAGAGUUCAUAUACAAUACAGCUGAGGGUUGGCUCCUGCAAGGGAGAGUGGGAAAGGGAAGGAUUUUCCAAACUGUCUAUUGAAGUUUACAUUGGAGGAGAGGGGAUUAAAGAGCCCUUUGCCCAUGACUCGGCUUGCAGAGGCCUCAUGAUUUGAUGACAUGCAUCCUAUUUGGUUGGAGAUGUUGUGCCUUCAGCCAUUACAGCUGCCAAGGAUAGAUAGGUGCAUAAAACCUUUCAUGGAGUGGACAGAAAGGUUUAUCUUCUUCUCUUGUAAUACUGAAACUCAGGGCCACCCAAAGAAGCUGAAAUUCAGGACAAACAAAAUCAAGUACUUUUUCAUGCAGUGCUUAGUUAAACUAUGGCAUUUGCAAGAAGGAGUGAUGACCAUCAACUUGAAUGGCUUUAAAAGAAGAUUAUAAAUUUUCAUUGGCUACUAGCCAUUAUGACUAUUUUAUUUCCCCUGUUGGAGUCGGUAUAGUUGCUGAGAAUCACAGGUGGGGAGAGUGCUGUUGUGCUAAUAUCCUGUUCGUGAAAAAAGCACACCAAGAACUCAGGCCAAUGUAAGUUGCAAUAGUGGGAGUGGUCCCUACUCGCAAAUCAAUAGUCAAUAGUAACAAAAACUAAUCCAUUCAAAAGUAUGUAUUCUGACAAGGAUUACAAACUCAAAUAGAGAUUACAAACUCUAACAGAGAUUAUAAACUCAAACUCAUAAAGAUAUGUAUAACACAAUAAUUCGUUACAGAAUUAGAAAUAAGAGUUUAUGAGUUAAGUUCAUGUUAGUCCAUAGUCAGAUUCAACGUGAAGAGUUUCAAUUAUUGAGCAGAAGUCAGAAGUCAAUUAUGGAUCAGAGACCAGGACAGGGCCCUGUUUCGAUGUAUUCAUCUUCAUCAGAUAGUUUUUAAAGGGUUGUGUAAGUUUGAAGACUUUCGGAUAAAUAUAUCCUGUUAUUUUCUACAUUUCUCAGGGAUAACAACUAUGUGUGGGUAGAUCAACGUGUAUCUUGAGCUUUUCUGUGUGUUUCCCACAUGCGUUUCCCAACCAACUGAUCCAGCAGGGCUUUCUGUAUGUUCUGUGUCCAAAUUUUAUUUGUGUUUGCUGAGUCAGCUUACCAAAAGUUCCAUAGAACUCAUUAUUAGUUCUAGCUCCUUUUGAUGGCAUAGUUGGGUUGUCUAGGAGAAACUAAUCCUGAUGAGGAAUGGUUGAGGGAGCUGGGUAUGUUGAGCCUAGAGAAGAGAAGACUGAGAGGUGGCAUGAUAGCUAUAUUCAAAGAUCUGAAGGACUUGUUUUCUCCUGUUCCAGAGGGAAGGACUCACAGCCAAUAUGGCUCCUGUGCUCUUUAGCAGCCUCAGCCUUUGUAAUUGGAGUCAGUCAGGGACCUGCCCUCCCAGGCCAGGUGCAAAAGUCCUGCAAGGCAAGGAGCAGGUCCCCCAAGACUCACAGCUAAGAUGGUCUUACAAGAAAGGAGAUUCUGAUUAAACAUUAGAAAUGGCUUUCUGAUGGUAAGAACUAUUUGACAGUGGAAUGGACUAGCUCAGAAGGUGGUGGACGCCCCUUCACUGGAGAUUUUUAAACAGAUGACCAUCUGACAGGGUUUCUUUAGUUGUGAUUCCCACAUUGCUGAGGGUUGAACUGCAUGACCACUGGGGUCCCUUCCAACUCUACAAUUCUAUGGACACAGUGCUGAUUUUGGGGUGUUUCUGUGCCAGUUCUUGGCGUGGGUUCAGUUCCCAGGGUUGGCAGAAAGGGAUGAAACACAGUAACUCACAUACAUCCACUCAAGUCAAGAUCCAAAGGGAAUAUGUAAUAGGCACAAAAAUCAGAAUGAGAGGGGUUGAGUCCCACUGCAGGAGCUCCUAGACUUGGGCUUUCAAUUCGUCCAGAUGUCUGAUACAUGCUGUACUUCAAAGGUAGCGCAGCUUCUCUGCAGGACACCUAAGCUCUACUCAACGAUGGUGGUGAUUUCUUCCCUAACUUACCCUGUGGUUAUUGGCAUAUGCCCUGAAGCAUGGGAUUUGAUUAUCCUUCUCAUUAUCUUAGCUACAAAUGUUAUUAGUAGCCAUAAAAUUGCUCAUUAAAGCAAGAGGGAUUACUUGCCUGUGCCACCAAGGGAGAUAAUAGAUAAUUUACUAAACAGGUUCAGCUGAAAUCCUGUCUGGUUUCCCCACCCUCCUGCUCCUCUUCCUUUUUUUGAAAGAGAGGGAGUCAGAGAAAGAGAACCACCCCCAUUGCAGCAUCUUGUACUCUCCAAAUGAGUUCCAGGGACAUCUAUAUCCUUGAUGAACUUCUGAUAAUUGUAGGGCUAUACACUUAAGGCCAGUUAAUCUCUCUCCCCCUCCCCCGUUUCCCCAAAGUGAUUUCUGUGCCUAGUGAUACAUGCAUCUUGCUUCACAGGAUCAUAAAUACACUUAACAUUAUUUUUAGAUAUGCUUUUCAGAGUGCACAGAGCACACUUCACAGACAUGUCUGGUUGUAAAGUCUCCUACAGCAAGCCUGGUAGGUAGAUCAGUAUUGUGUGCCCCUCGCCCCCAUUUUGCAAAUGGGAGCAGGAGCUGGUGUGUGUGUGUGUGUGUGUGUGUGUGCAUACCCUCCAACAUUUCUCCGAUGUAAAUAGGAAUGUCCCAUUCCAUAAUGGUAAUUUAUUGAAUACCCCACACAUCUUACUGGGUUGCCCCAGCCACUCUGGGAAGCUUCCAACAGAUAUGAAACCAUAAUAAACAUUUUUAAAAGCUUCCCUAUACAGGAUUACCUUCAGAUGGCUCGGGGGUUGGAUUGUUGGUUUCUGCUUUCCUUCACUGUGCAGCUCUGCUUGUCACGAGACAGGUGUUUACAUUCCACAGUCUGUACUGUUGGAGUUUCUCACGGGAAAGGGAGACUGGAUGUGACGUACACUGGUUUCCUGUUUUUCACUGUGUGAUUCUCUCCGAGCUGUUGAGGAGAGAGGAUGCAUUUUUCUGCUCCGGCAGAGGCAAGAUGUCUUUCUGUAAUAUACCAGCUUUGAACUGUAAAUAAAGCAAUAUAGAGUAUGUAGCACGUAUUCCUCAUCCUUCCGCUGGGCACGAGACUCUGCUUUAAAUCAACACGUGGUUAUGGGCCCAGAGGUCGAAUCGGAGUGCCGGCAAAGGAUCGGAAUGCAGAGGGAUGGAUCGGAACGGAAUCUGCUCUGCGCGUAGAGGUGAUUGAUGAGGUAUGUGCUACUGCUCCAGGCAGCCUGCCAGCUUCAAGUUAAUGGCUUUAUGGCUGGACUUUGAACUUUUAAAGCCGGUUUUGCCGGGAAUAGGCAAAGGCUCCCAGGCACAAGUCACUAUGCUGGGGAAAUCGAAAGUAACUUUUAAGUGCGCUUUUGUAAUAAAGCAGCUGCAGCAGUGACGCAGCAAGAUUUAAAGCAGCAUACAUGACGCUGAAGGCUAAUGCCAGAGUCAUGAUGGCCCUUCAGGAUGCUUGUGGGAUUCCUAAGCUCAACAAGAAAAAUUACAGCGACUGGGUUCAGUAUGCAGAGGCAAUUCUGCGGAAAGAGGGUUUGUUUGAGGUGAUUACAGGAACCCCCCCAGUGCCAGUCACAGAUGCAUGGAAAGCUAAGGAUUCCAAAGCAAGGGGAACUCUUACAUUGAUAGUAUCCCCAGAAGAGCUCUGUCUAUUGCGUGAUAAGACCUCAGCCAGAGAAAUUUGGGACGCUCUGAGAGAGGCUCACUUAAGGACAGAAGCUGGAUCCACUAUGUUUUACUUUAACAAGCUGCAUAAUAUGGCUCUUGCUGAAGGUGGAGAUGUGCGUUUACAUCUGAUAGAGAUGCAAAAUCUGAGACAUGAGCUGCAACAGAGAGGACUCAACUUUCCAGAGGCUGUGUAUUCUUUCAUGAUACUACAAUCUUUGGGUUCAGGUUGGGAGUCUGUUGCAACCCAGAUUGCUGUGCAACCAACUGCUCAGCUGACAGUGGACUUUGUUACUGCCGUGAUUUUAAAUGAAGCAGAUCGCCGGGGUGCUAGCUGCAUGGGCAAGGGGAGUCUUCACAGACGUCAUCCCAUAGUGCAGUGGAACCACCAGAUGGCGCCAAAGCUUUGAAGGCAGUGAAAUGCUACUCGUGUGGACGUCUAGGCCAUAUGAAGAGGGAAUGCAGACAUCCCAGGGCCAAGACAGAGCAGCGCAGCGAAAGCUCAUCGCGCGGAAAAGGCCGAGGCAAAGGCAAAGGUCCGGUGUCUAGGACAACGCAGCACAAGGCUAUGGUUUCACGCUUCACUCCAAAGGUUGCAGAGGUCCAGAAGACGUCUAGAUCUUUCUUCGUUGUUGAUUCAGCGGCCACCCACCACAUGUGCAACGAUAAGAGACUGUUUGAGUCUUUUACACCGCAGGAAGGUGCGAUUCACCAGGCGGAUGACCACACUAUUCCCAGUAAAGGCUACGGAACUGUUGUUCUUCACAGUUUGGACUUAUCGAUACAGAAUGUGCUUUACGUGCCAGACGCCAAACAUAAUCUGCUCAGCGUUGGACAGCUGAAUGAGCAGAACAUUGACGUUUCCUUCAAGAACAAGAAGUGCAUCAUCACAAAGAAAAAUGAUUAUGUAUUGCAUGCAGAAUAUGUUGAUCAUUUGUUUGUUUUGUAUUAUGAUGAUGUGGUGCAGGAUGACACUUGUUGCAUUGCAGGUUCUAACAAAAGUUUGCAUGCAGAAUGUAUUCACGAUUUUCAUCGAAAAUUUGGUCAUUUGCAUUUUGAGGCAGUAUCUAAAAUGCCUGCCUUGGUUGAAGGUAUGACUGAUUAAACCCUGCAAGUACCACAUGAAGUGCAAAGCAUGCGCAGCAAACAAGGUGAAAAUGGCUGCGAAAGGUAAGGUGUCUAGUAGGAAAGCUACAGAACCAUACCAGGUUGUUCAUGCUGAUUUGGUUGGACCACUAGCGCCCUCUUUGGGUGGAAAUAGAUACUUCAUGGUUCUCAUUGAUGCAUUUUCUAGAUAUAUUUUUGUGUACAAUCUCAAGCAGAAAUCGGAGGCUUUUCCUAGGUUCAAGGAAUUCUGUGCUUGGUUGGAAAAUGUGCAUGGUAAGAAGAUAAAGACUCUUUUCAGUGAUCGCGGGGAAUUCACUUCUCAGCAGUUUGAAGCUUUUCUGACUGAGAAAGGAAUUCAACACGAUUUGUCUAGUCCUCGCUCGCCAUGGCAGAAUGGACUUGCGGAACGGGCAAAUCAGACAUUGCUUCAAGGCUUAAAAACCUUGCUGCAUGAUGCCAAUCUUCCAGAGAGUUAUUGGGCCGAAUCUCUCUCGUGUUUUGUUUACAGUUACAAUCGCAGGUUAUCUUCAGCGAUUGGUUGUACCUCUAUGAGAAGAUGUUUGGCAAGAAGCCAUACAUCAAACACAUGAAGAUUUUUGGUUCUGACAUAUGGGUUCGCUCACCACAAAACUCCAAGUUAGACAAGCGUGGAUUGCAUGGUAUCUUUCUAGGUUAUCAGAAAGGGUCUUACAGAAUAAUGAUGACUGACUCUAAGACAAUUAAGCUCACGAGAAGUGUCGAGUACAAUGCAAAGUGGGGGAGAAUGUGGGAAUUUUCCAAUGUUAUCCUGAUGACGGUGAUGAGACUGAGGAUAGUCAAAAGCAACCACAACAGCCCACACCCACUGAUGAAGGUUCUGAGUCUGAAUCUGAAACUGAAUCGGGUGAUUCAGAGGAUUUCGAGAGUGCGAAAGCCUCUAUGCGACCCUCUGAAAGCUCUGAUCAAGAAUUGGAGGAACCAUUGUUCACAAUAGGUCGUUUUCUCCUAAGAAGGAAGAGGAGAGUGUUGAAGACUUAAGGCUAAUUCGUAGGUCACAGAGAGCCACAAAAGGCAAACCUCCAAAGAGAUUUGCUGAUGAGUUUGCUACGAUAGCAGUAACAGCUGUUAAAAGCUCCAAGAAGGUAUUUGAACCUUCAAGUUUCCAAGAAAUCCAGGGUUUGGAUUCGAAGGAAGCUGAGCCAUGGUUAAAUGCCAUGAAGGCUGAGCUUGAUUCCUUAGAAAGGAACAAAACAUGGGAGCUAGUUCCAGUAGUUCCAGGAAUGAAACUGCUUGGAAGCAAAUGGGUCUUCAAAGCGAAGACAGAUCAAAAUGGCAAGAUAGUCAGACACAAAGCCAGAUUGGUAGCCAGAGGUUUUGCACAGGUACCAGGUGAAGACUAUCACGAGACCUAUUCACCCACAGUGAGAUAUGAAAGCAUUAGGCUUAUGCUUAAGCUAGCUGCAGAGGAAAAUCUACACAUUAGUCACCAUGAUAUUAAUACAGCUUUUCUGUACGGAUCUCUAGAUGAAUCACUUUAUAUGCUUCCACCUGAUGGCGUACAGGUAAAACAGGGAUUUGUUUGUGCUCUGAAGAAAUCCCUUUAUGGUCUCAAACAAAGUGCACGGUGUUGGCACACAAAACUCACUGAAGUAUUGUUUUCUCUAGGUUUUCAGCAAGGGAAAGCUGAUCCAUGUGUAUUUGUCAAAGAGGAGGGGCAAAAGAAACUGUACUGUUUGUUUUAUGUUGAUGAUUUAUUAUUCUUUUGGAAAGAUGUUGCAAUGUACAAUAGCGCCCUAGCUCAACUGAAAGAGCACUUUGACAUGAAAGAUCUUGGUGAGGUAAACAACUACCUAUCUCUGGAAAUAGAGAAAGAUCAAGAUGGUAACAUUCUAGUACACCAGUCACGGAAAAUUGCUGAUGUGUUAAGCAAACUAAAUCUGAUGGAUGCUAACCCUGUAGACACACCGAUGACAACAGGUUAUCAGGUAGAUGACACUGAAGAAGCAUUUUCUGACACUACACUGUACAGGAGUGUGCUAGGCAAGCUAAACUUCAUUGCCAGAUGUUCAAGACCAGACAUUGCUGUUAGCUGUAAUUUGCUAAGCAGACAAGUCAACAAUCCUAGUGUCAAGCAUUGGAAAGCUCUGAAACGCAUAGCGCGGUAUUUGAAAGGCACUAUGCAUUACAGACUGAGAUUUAACAAUCAGAAGUCUGGUGGUCUUGAGAUAUUUGCAGAUGCAAGUUUUGGAAGUGACACUACAGACAGGAAAAGUACGUCUGGAGUUUGCUACAUGUACAAUCAGAGUCUGUUUGAUUGGUCAUGCAAGAAGCAAACAACAGUUAGCUUAAGUACUUGUGAAGCCGAACUGAAUGCACUGUCUUAUUCACUUAAGGAUUGUGAAUGGUUAGUACAAUUGUGCAAAGAUAUGAAAAUUCCUGUCAAAUGUCCAAUCCAGGUUUACCAGGACAACAAAGCAUGUUUGGCUUUGCUGAAGUCUGAAGGUUGUAAGCAAAGCACAAGCACUUACAAUUAAAGUUGCAGCAUGCUAGGGAAUGUAUUCAGAAGGGACUCGUAACGGUGUCCUAUAUGCCAGGUAAUGAAAUUCCUGCUGAUGUAUUGUCCAAGAUUGUAUCAAGGGAUCAACACUGUACCUAUGUGCAGAAGUUGGGUUUGUACUGAUAUUGUGCAAACACGCUGCCCAGUGAUGUUCACAGAAAGGGGGAGGAUGUUGGUUUCUGCUUUCCUUCACUGUGCAGCUCUGCUUGUCACGAGACAGGUGUUUACAUUCCACAGUCUGUACUGUUGGAGUUUCUCACGGGAAAGGGAGACUGGAUGUGACGUACACUGGUUUCCUGUUUUUCACUGUGUGAUUCUCUCCGAGCUGUUGAGGAGAGAGGAUGCAUUUUCUGCUCCGGCAGAGGCAAGAUGUCUUUCUGUAAUAUACCAGCUUUGAACUGUAAAUAAAGCAAUAUAGAGUAUGUAGCACGUAUUCCUCAUCCUUCCGCUGGGCACGAGACUCUGCUUUAAAUCAACACGUUACCCUCCAAUACUUCUCCAAUGAAAACAGGGACAUCCUAAGAAAAAGUGGGACACUCCAGGAUCAAAUCAGAAACUGAGAUGGCUUCUCUGAAUCAGGGACGUCCUUGGAAAAUAGGGACACAUGGUGCCCUUCAGAUGUUGCUGGACUACAACUCCCAUAAUCUCUGACCAUUGCCCAUAAGCUAGGGCUUAUGGGAGUUGUAGUUUAGCAAUUUCUGGGGGAUGCCACAUUGACUACCCCUGACCUAGGGCAAUACAGUGUCAUAAAAAGGCAACAUAACUACUCUGCUGUCUCCCAUCCAAGUAGGCUUUUCUCUAUACCAGUUCAGUGUCUCACACUAAUUAGUAUUAAGCAACUUUAGGAUCCGGUUGGCCGCUGUGAGAACAGGACUAGAUGGGCCAUUGAUCCAGGAGACUCUUCUGAUGGAUACUCAAAAAUGUUGCAGCCCAAACUCUCACUCUGGGCAACCUAUAAAGGAUGGGGUUUGGGGUUUGUAGGAAGCAGGCAGGAAUAGGCUGACAGCUGCCUCCUGUCAUUGUGCUUCUGUCUUGCUUAAUUAAAAAUAAUGCAAGUGUCAAUGACAAGGCUUUAAUAAACAAAGCUCAUCCCACACACCUUUAUAAGUGUCUGAGCGGAGAGCUGGUGGCUUUCGGAAAAAUCGUGUCUCAGACUCAGGUGCAAAUAUAACCACCAGUUAUUUGAAAACCCCGUCCAAGAAACCCAGGUGAUAAAAAUAACACAAUAGGGUGAUACUGCUUUCCAAAACAAGGAUUCACAAUUGCAUUUCAUGCUUUGUAGUUGCCAAGGAAUUCUAACUUGUGCAGGUUUGAAUGGUGGUGGUGAGGAGGUAGUGACUUUAUGUAUAAUCAGGGCAAUGGGAAGAGUGUACAGAUAACCCCAUCACUUUAUUUUUUUUAGUGUUGGGAAAAUUGGGUCAAUUAGCUUUUGGUGAACAAAAACAGCCAUUUAAGCGGAUCCAUAAAUGGGGCUCAAUUUGUUUACCCCUAGGUGGUCUGAACAUCAUGCUCAGAAUUUGCUACUGUUGACCUGCCCUUGCACGAACAUUUCCCGCUGGUGCUAUCAGCAAAGUCAUUUGGCAGCUUGUAGCACUGGUUUUAGCUUCCUCCAUCUAGCUUGUAAGAGUGCUGUUAUUCCCUUGCUAGUGGCAGCGCCUUCUCAGUAUUCAGCACCACGGAGAGCUCAGGGUUGAUAAUGGGUAGUAAGAAAUGUGUGAAGAAAUUAUCAGCAGAAGAGCAGACACUCUCAUAGGGGAUUAAUUGAGACCACAAAUUCAGAGUAGUUUGCCAUUUUGGGUUGCUCCUUCAGGGUCAUCAUGAGAAUGAGAGAGUCCCCUUUCGAUUUGUUGUUCUUGGGGCAUUAUUGUUUUUUAAGGGAGAUUUUUUUAAAAAAAUUGAUUGACUGGGAUGCUCCCUGGGAAGUGGUGAGUGAAACUAUGCUGGGGACUUCACCUGACUCACCACGGGACAAGAGUCUGUUGGUGGGAAAGUGUUUAAUCUCCUUAGGUGGGAGAUGGAAAGAGGGUUUUCUAUUGCCCCAGGUGAGAGAUGAGGAGGAAAUGACCUCUCCUUCCGAUGCUGUUCUUGGAUUUUUCUUAUUCAGAGGACUCCUUUUUCAGUACACAAUGAUUAAUUAAUUGAACGUUGAGUGUUUUGUUGAAGCAGGAAUUGAAUAGAUGGAGUGAUGCGGCUGAGUGAUGUGAUAGUUGAAUGAUAGUGUUAAAUAGAGGUGGUGUAAUCUGAUUGGCUUUGUGUAGUGUGAAUGUGUGUUUCAGGGCUGGGAAACCUUUGUUGUCGAACUACAGCUCCCAUCAGCUCCAGCCAGCAAGCCAAUAGUCAUAGAGAAUGGGAGUUGUAAUCCAACAAACAUAUGGAAAGCCAAAAAUUCCUCACCCCUGAUGUACGUGAAUGAUUUUACUGAUUGUAUUAUUAUGCUAUGUGCUUUUGUGUGAUAUUUAUGACAUUUUCUAGAUGAUACUAUCAUUAUGUUGUGUUUUGAUGUUGUAUUUUGUAUUUUGAUGUUUCGUAUAUGAUCUGCUUUUGCAGUUCUUAUUUAUUUUACUCGUGCACAUUGUUUUGUGACAUUUAUUGGUUGCUUUAUCAUGUUGCUUUACUAAACUGUGGAAUUAUUAGUAUGGUUUGGUUUUGAAUGUUGAUUUUGUAUUUUAUAGUUUUGUAUUGAUUAUUUUAUGCUGGCAUGUGUAAACUGCUGAGAAAUUUAUGAUGGAAUAUUUAGCAGCGUGCAACUUACUUAACUAGGCAACUGAAUAGUAAAUAUAUAUUGAAGGAGGAGGUGAAUCACCAUUAUCAGCAGAAGUUCCUAACCCUUCUGUACUUUGUGGCAAGGCAAUGAAAAUUCUGCAGAAAUGUGAUAAAUUACAGAAUAUCCUGUUCCUCAGUACUUGGGAACUAACACUGUGAUUAAAACAAAACUGCAGAGGGGUGGGUAAUACAUGAGAGAAAAAAUAUUUUAAGUGUACUGAACUUUGUUUUGCAGAAUUUUCAGACAACACCAAUGGAUUUGGAUGCCAUUCCUGAUAUUUGAAACACUUGCAGGUUGCAUUUGAUGUCAAAAAAUCAUGCCAACUGAAUAUUGAGAGAUCCUGAAUGUGGAAGGUUUUCUUCCGCUCCUCAGCCAUUCUUCCUAGUGUUGACCAGCGAGUCAGUAGUUUGCUGUGAGUGCUGGCCAGAUCUAAAGUGGUCUUUAAAGCCUCUUUGGCUAACCAUUAAACUGAACCGACCUUAUGCGAAUUGAAACAGAAGCACUGUAAUGUUUAUUUUUUUUAAAAAAAAGAGAGAAAAGUAGAAAAUGGUGGGGAAGAAGAGUGAAAGAUACAAAAUUUAUAUAAUUAAUAUAAAUUUAUAUUGGUUCAGCACUAGUUUAACUGGCAUGGCUCCUUGCUCCCUUGCCCCAAACCUAGGAACGGUAAUUUGACUCAGAUAAUAAGGAUUUUCUGCUAGAAAUUGCUACCCCACCCAAAGAACUACCAUCUGCAAUAAGCUAGUAAGUUUGCAGUGCAGAUAUGCCCAGAGGAAGAAAAAGUGUGUGAGAGAAAACAAUGAGACAAGAGAAGUGGGAACCUCUCUCUCUCUCUCUCUCUCUCUCUCUCUCUCUCUCUGUGUGUGUGUGUGUAUGUGAGAGAGAGAGACCUGUGGGUUGUAUUCAGUGUAGCACUAAGAUUAAUGAUCUAUCAGCACAAUAAUUUCUCUUUGUGCAAUGACAUGUUCUCCACCUCUCCUAACUUCCAAGAGUGCAUUUGAGAUCGUAUUGGGGGGAGGAGAAAAGGAAAACCCCAUUGUGCUUGUGCUAAUCCUUGCACUAGGACGAAUAUUUUGUUGAACACCCCCCUAUGAUGCAGGUUGGAUUUAAAAGCAUGUCUUGGAUCUGAAAACUUUGAAGACCUCUGAACUGGCUGAAUAGUUCUGAAAUAGCGAGAGAGGUGCGCAUACCUGCCUUUGAGCCGCAUUGUAUGGUACACGUGUGUCUAUACUGGUUAUUAGAAGGCUGGUUCAGAUGUUGAUAGGCCUGGGGCAAGCUGAGGAGCAGGCAGGAGGUCAGAUAGAGGAGGCAGUCAGGCAGAAAUGAACAGAAGCUGUGUAUCUUCCCCUGGAGACCAGCUGCUCAGAUUGCAAAGCGGCAGAGCUUAGAGAUGGAAGUGAAAGGUGGCUGGGAAAGUAGCUCAGUGGCAGAACAUCUGCUUUGCAUGCAGAAGGCCACAGGUUCAACCCCCAGCAUCUCCAAGUAGGGCUGGUAGAAACUCCUGCCUUAAGCCCUGGAGACCCACUGCCAAUUAGUGUAAGGAAUACUGAAUUAGAUGGACCAGUGGUCUGAUUCAAAGGUGGGUGGCUUCUUAGGUUCCUAAGGCUAAGAAAGCCAAUUUUCCAUUACAGAGAAAGCUCUCUGCAUUUACAAGUGCAUGCUCUGUAUACUUCUUGCAUUAAACAAGAGAUAAAGCACAGGGAAGGGUGAUGUAUAGCUACUUCUGGCUGCAUUGUGAGCAAGAUCCUCUGCAGUCUUCAUGCAUACAGAAACGUUCUGCGAAUGGGCCUUGGACUGCUGUUUUCUUUGUUUCCUCUUUCAUUACCAUGAGACUGUAGCUUGAAAUUAGAUACUUCCCACCCGAAUGAACAGCCUCACUUCCAUCCCAGGUACAGCUGGGAACAUCUCCCAACUGAAACCCCAGUCAAUGUAGACGAGACUGAGACAGAUGGACCAGUGGUCUCCCUCAGCAGAAAGCAGCUUCUUGUGUUCUUAUAGAAUCAUUGGAUUGUAGAGUGGGAAGGGACCCAAGGGUCAUCUAGUCCAACCCCCUGCAAUGCAGGGAUUUUUACUGUGGUUAGUUCACUCCUACCUAGGAGGCUUCUGUCAUCAUCAACAAACCUUUUAUUGGCAUCACAUCCAAACAUCCAAAACAAAUCAAUACAGAAUUACCACUUCCCCAGUGGCACAAAACAUUUGCUAAAAGAAAGGAGGCAGAGCAGUCUAUUGUCACAUCUCUAGGUCUCCAGGGAGAUCAGGCGUCUGCAGUGUAUUUCUACGACAAAAAACCAAAUAGAGAUAUUAGUGAGCCCCAGUAAUAGAAAAUGUAUGACCUCCAACUCUGGUUUCCAUUUGGGGAUGCAGAGUUGAUCUAGAAAUUGCUGAUGGAGAUCAGCAAAUAGUUUACAGUUAAGAACCAUAUGUGUGAGGGUUUCCACCAGGUGGUCUUCACAUGGGCAAGUUCUUUCUCCUUCCACCCUGCCUGAGACCCUUCCCCAAAGGAGGUUUGAUGGAUUUGAAUUAAACCUGGCCAGCGAUACUGCCCUUCUUUCUUGAGGGUUAAGCAGAAAUUCAAGGUAAUUGUGGUUAGUUACAUGUGCCCAAGAAAGUUGAAAAUAAAGAGGGAACACAUUUUCUCUGCUGCUACUGUUAGUUCCUGGCGCUCAAUAUGGAGGGUUCUAGAGUGUGCAGUGUCUGCAGUUAUCAUCUCCACGCAGCUAGCUGUCUCCUGGCAGUUCAGACUAAAAGUAACCCACACUGGGCUCCAAAGUUUGUCUGGCAGUGCCACAGUGCGUUACAAUUGACAUAAGAUGGAGCAUCACACACACAGUCAGUGGUUUCCUGAUACUGUUGUCCUAAGACAAGUGAGCUAUUGGCUCGGGAAAGCUUUGCAAGUCUGUUCUGUGGUGUUCCUUCUUGGUAAUGUUCCCUCCAAAAAAAUUUAUCCAUCCUUCUGGCCUCCACAAUUCUGGCCUCCUUCCUUCCUUCAUUUCAGUGAUUCAUUACCUCUGAAUCCUCCUGCUUUUGGAUGUCUGGAAGUACAAUCACAGAUAUACAUUUCCUUUGGAUUCGCCUUGCAUGCACAAGAGAAUUUGGAGGAGUUUCCCCACCCACGCUCUGCUAGGUAUAGAUCUGGUUGCCAAAAAGGACAGCAAGUAAAAGAACAGUCAGUUCUUCCUCAAGUGUAUAAUCUAAUAAACCUAGAGGAUGGAGCAAAUUAUAGAUUAAAAUAUCUAGCUCUGUUAAGAUAUCCCCCCUCACUUUACUCAUUAAAAUGAACAGUUAAUGUCAGCCAGGAAUAAAGCCGAUAUCUGGUGUAUUUAUAGUCACGUACACUAAAAACAGCCCCGGGGUGCCUGAUUUUUCAUGGAACCUGCAUACAGUGAUUUGGCCUUUCUCAUUCAGGCACAUAACGACCCUGCUCUUUAAAACCAUGUGACAAGUUUGGCCAUUUCUCCAUUCCACCCAGUUUUUUUUAGUAGGAGACUUUAAAAGAGGAUCACACAAUUUCAAGCGCUUUGUGUUUGUGGGAGGGGCAACAGUCAGGCAGGCAACAGUUGAACAACAAGUAUUAUUUACAUAUGCAUAAAUGAAUGCAAUGUGUUUCUCUCCCUUGAGCCCAAGAGAGGGUUUAGUAGCCCUUUUUCUUUCAAAACUCCUUUGCAGCAGAGGAACACUUUUGACUUUUGCGCAAUUGGCUUCUUUGUUUGGUGAAAGUGAGCAUGAAAAUUUCAACAUGAAAACUGAACAUGAAAAUUAACCAAUUGACUUUAGUGUCUACUACUUCACACAAAAGCACAUGUGCAGUUGCAGGCAGUUCUGAUUAGUCCUCAACACUGUGUAUGUGUGUGUCUGUCCAUGCUUGCAAGGAGAAAUGUAACUUGUUCACGGUCUGAUCAUGGAUAGAGGAACAAAGCAAGCUGCUUUAUACAGAUUCAGACCACUGGUCCACCUAGCUCAGCAUUACCCAUACUGACUAGUAGCAGAUCUCCAGAGUUUCAUACCUGCCUUUCUUGAAGAUGCCAAGGACUGAAACCAAGAUCUUUUGCAUGCUAAGCAGUUGCUCUGCUAUUGAACCAUAGCCCUUCCCAAUACAACCACAUGGGGGUGCGAUGUAGUGGUUAGGGUGUCUGACUAGGAGACCAGGGUUGAAAAUACCCACUCAUCUGUGGAGCUCGCUGGGUGGUGUUGGGCCAAUCACUCACUCUUGGCUUAAGCCACCUCACAGAGCUGUUGUGGGCAUUAAACGAGGAGGGGAAGAACUAAGUAGGCAAGCCACCUUGAGCUCCUUGGAGAAAACGGUGGGAUAUAAAUGCAAUGAAUGAAUAAAUAAAUGUAGGUGAAUUACUGCUACGUAUAUCUGCAAUUCCAGAAGGCAGAGGGGACCUGGCUUGUUUAUGUGUAACUUUUGAGCGCAGCUCCUUUGUUGUUGUUGUUGUUUAGUCGUUUAGUCGUGUCCGACUCUUCGUCACCCCAUGAACCAGAGCACGCCAGGCACUUCUGUCUUCCACCGCCUCCCGCAGUUUGGUCAAACUCAUGCUGGUAGCUUCGAGAACACUAUCCAACCAUCUCGUCCUCUGUCGUCCCCUUCUCCUUGUGCCCUCCAUCUUUCCCAACAUCAGGGUCUUUUCCAGGGAGUCUUCUCUUCUCAUGAGGUGGCCAAAGUCUUGGAGCCUCAGCUUCAGGAUCUGUCCUUCCAGUGAGCACUCAGGGCUGAUUUCCUUCAGAAUGGAGAGGUUUGAUCUUCUUGCAGUCCAUGGGACUCUCAAGAGUCUCCUCCAGCACCAGAAUUCAAAAGCAUCCAUUCUUUGGCGAUCAGCCUUCUUUAUGGUCCAGCUCUCACUUCCAUACAUCACUACUGGGAAAACCAUAGCUUUUACUAUACGGACCUUUGUUGGGAGUUCCUUUAGGUGCUGUUUUUGGAAUACUAGAGGGGGUCUAUGAAAUGGGAGAAUCUGGAGAUUGCACCAAGCACUAUCUCCCUUCUCCAGCGAAUUUAGCAUUAACUGUUGACUCACAUUUAUAUUUCCCCAAGUGAGGGCCUUCCUAGUGCUGGCUGUGCCAAAUAUUAGGUGUAAACUGCCUCAUCAAACAGAUCAAAGUGCUUUCUCUUUGCAGGUUAAUUAUGGGAAAAAACAACAACAAUCCAUGAAUUUUCCUGUUAAGGCUGAGCUACUUUAUCUUGAAUUUCCAAGGGAAUAAAUCUUUCCUUUUGCAAACUGUUCUAAAAUAAAAGAAGGGGAGUUAUUUAUAGUUCACGACCUCUCUUCUGGUGAAGCAUCAAAGACUGUGUGCUUGUGUAUGAACUACAAUUAUCCCAGGGGGAUGAACAAUGAUUAUAGGGCUCCCCCUAGAGGCUUCAAGGAGCGCAGUCAUAGCUAAAGUAACCUGCAGGAACACCUGAUUACAAAGAGGAGUAUCUAACCAGGUGUGUGGCACGGUCCUGUUCAAUUCAGUUGGUGAAUCUGGGCUCGCACCCUCAUCUGUAUACUUUGGCUUUUUUUGCAAUGAACAAUGAAUGAAUGUGGUUCCAGGUACUCGAGCAAGCAGCCAGGAUGCUAUUUUUAAGAAUUUGCAAGAGACUAAGUCACUCUGGGGGGAUGCGGGUGGCACUGUGGGUUAAACCACAGAGCCUAGAACUUGCCGAUCAGAAGGUAGGUGGUUCGAAUCCCCGCGACGGGGUGAGCUCCCAUUGCUCGGUCCCAGUUCGAAAGCACAUCAAAGUGCUCUGCUUCGCCAGAAGUGGCUUAGUCAUACUGGCCACAUGACCUGGAAGCUGUACGCCAGCUCCCUCGGCCAAUAAAGCGAGAUGAGCGCCGCAACCCCAGAGUUGGUCACGACUGGACCUAAUGGUCAGGGGUCCCUUUACCUUUACCUUUAAGUCACUCUGGCUAACUUGCAUGUGGGAAAAGGACCAGGUAGAACUCUCAUUAUCUCCUUAAAGCUUUUAAGGAGGAUCUGUUUUCACAUCCAGCUGACAGUCAUCUAUAGCAAUUAAAUGUGAACAAAUCAUGUGAUGCAAAUCAUUGCAUGAACUGAUUGUUAAGGAAUGUGUAAACUUACUACUUUGUUUUUUUUUAAAGCAAUUUAUUGGGUUUUACAAUAAAAAUAAACAUAGUAAACAAUAUAACAUUUGUCUUAACAUAGUUUCACAUUUUCUUUGGACUUCCUCACAUCCCCCGCUCCCACUUUCAUCGUUAUAACAUUUUGUCAGCAAUUUAUCAUCUUAUUUAAAUUCUUAUAUCUCUUCAAUGUUUCAUAAUCUUAUAGUUCUCAUAAAGAGUUAAACUUUCACAGUCUUACUUAUUUUCUUAAAAACUUCUAAGUUAAGUGGUGCUCAGUUAUUUAGUCUAGCAUCUUAUUUAGCAUUCACUCAAAUCACAAUAUUUUUGUAGAUAGUUCUUAAAUUUCUUCCAAUCCUCCUCGAUUCUCUCUUCUCCCAGGUCACGGAUUCUGCCGGUCAUUUCAGCCAGUUCCAUGUAGUCUAUCAGUUGCAUCUGCCAUUCUUCCAGUGUGGGUAAAUCUUGAGUUUUCCAAUGUUUUGCAAGAAGUAUCCUUGCUGCUGUUGUUGCAUACAUAAAAAUGUCUGGUCCUUCUUUGCCACCCCUUGGCUGACAAUACCCAGAAGGAAAGCCUCUGGUUUCUUGGUAAAGGUAUAUUUAAAUACCUUUUUCAAUUCAUUAUAAAUCAUUUCCCAGAACGCCUUCACUUUAGGGCAGGUCCACCAGAGGUGGAAGAACGUUCCCUCACACUCUUUACAUUUCCAACACUUAUUAUCAGACAGGUGGUAAAUUUUUGCAAGUUUAACUGGGGUCAUAUACCAUCUAUAAAUCAUUUUCAUUACAUUUUCUUUCAGAGCGUUACAUGCAGUAAAUUUCAAUCCAUUACUCCACAACUUUUCCCAGUCCUCAAACAUAAUAUUAUACCCAAUGUCCUGUGCCCACCUUAUCAUAGCCGAUUUAACCAUUUCAUCUUGUGUAUUCCAUUCCAACAGCAAGUUAUACAUCCUUGAAAGUACCUUAGUCUUUGGUUCUAACAAUUCUGUUUCUAAUUUCGAUUUCUCCACCUGGAACCCUAGUUUCUUAUCAUUUUUAAAAACUUCUUUAAUCUGAGCGUAAUGUAACCAAUCUCGCACUUUGUCUUUCAUUUUCUCCAAACUCUGCAAUUUCCAAUUGUCUCCAUCUUUUCUAGUAUUUCCCAAUAUUUUGGCCAUUUAGCCUCCAUAUUGGGUCUUUUCGGGCCUUAGCUUCCAAAGGUGAAAGCCACCUUGGUGUUUUAUUUUCCAGCAAGUCUUUAUAUUUUGUCCAGACAUUAUACAAUGAUUUUCUGACAAUAUGGUUCUUGAAGGCCUUAUUUGCUUUAACUUUGUCAUACCAUAAAUAUGCAUGCCAUCCAAAAACAUUAUUAAACCCUUCCAAGUCCAACACAUCAGUGUCUUCAAGAAGUAGCCAGUCUUUUAGCCAGCAGAACGCUGCGGCUUCAUAAUACAACUUUAAGUCCGGCAGGGCAAAGCCCCCUCUUUGUUUUACAUCAGUUAAUAUCUUAAACUUGAUUCUGGGCUUUUGCCCUGCCAGACAAACUUCGAAAUAUCUCUCUGCCACUUCUGAAAGCACUCCGUUUUGUCCAAAACCUGAAGUGUUUGAAAUAAAAACAACAUCCUUGGCAAUACAUUCAUCUUAAUAGCAGCAAUUCGGCCUAACAAAGAAAGUUUCAAUUUUGACCAACUGUCUAAGUCUCUCUUAAUUUCUGUCCAACAUUUUUCAUAGUUAUCCUUAAAUAGACUUAGAUUUUUUGCUGUUAUGUUUACCCCUAGGUAUUUUACUUUUUAACCACAUUAAGUUCCGUCUCAUUCUGAAACCGUUCUGACUCUGUAUCAGUCAAAUUUUUCCCCAAAACCUUAGUUUUCUGUUUAUUUAAUUUAAAUCCCGCCACCCGACCAAAAUCAUUAAUCAAUUGUAAUACUCUUUUCGUACUGGGCUCUGGCUUCUGCAAGGUCAAAACCAGGUCAUCUGCAAAAGCUUUUAGUUUAUAUUGUUUCUGACCAACCUGAAUUCCUUCCACCAACCGAUCCCCUCUAAUCAUGUUCAGUAGCACUUCCAGAACCGAAAUAAAUAACAAAGGGAAAUAGGGCAACCUUGUCGUGUCCCUUUUUCAAUUUUAAACUCUUCUGUAACCACAUUAUUAACUAUCAGUUUAGCUUUCUGUUCUGAAUAUAUCGCCUCAAUCCCAUUCUCAAAACCCCGUCCCACUCCCAUCUCUUUUAAAUUUCCCAUCAUAAAUUUCCAGGAAAUAUUGUCAAAGGCCUUCUCCGCAUCUAUAAAAAUUAAAACUGCUUUUGUAUUUAUAUCUGUUUGCAGAAGUUCCAAGAUGUCAAUAAUGUUCCUUGUGUUAGCAAACAGAUGUCUACCUGGGAGAAAACCGGCCUGGUCCUUAUGAAUUACUUCAUUUAAUACUUUUUAAAUCUACUUGCCAAAAUGUCUGCAAAUAUUUUGUAAUCCACAUUUAAAAGAGAGAUGGGACGGUAGUUCUUCAGUUGUGUCUUUUCAGCUUCUGACUUUGGUAUUAAUGUGAUGAACGCUUCCUUCCACGAAUCCGGUGCCCUCUUCCCCUCGAUAAUUUCAUUGCUGACCUCCAUCAAGGGUUGUAUCAAAUAGUCUUUUAAUAUCUUAUAAUACUUGGAGGUCAGCCCAUCUGGCCCUGGAGAUUUGCCAAGUUGCAUGUUCUGAAUAGCUUGUUCAAUCUCCUGUCGUGUUAUUUUAGAGUUCAGGAUUGUCCUAUUUUCUUGUGACAAUUUAGAUAGUCCAUUUUUGCCAAAAAUUGUUUAAUCUCAACUUCGUCUUGCGGCCCUUGGGUGUAUAAUUUUUAAAAUAUCUCUGGAAACACUUUCUAAUAUCCACUGGAUUCUGAAUGUUUUUUCCAUCAACCUCUAAAUUUGUAACCGUGUUUAAUCUUUGUCUUCUCUUCAACUGCCAAGCUAGCAGUUUUCCACAUUUAUUCGCCGACUCAAACGUUUUUGUUUCAUUAAUUUAACCUUCCAUUCAAUUUCCUGAUUUAUCAAUUUAGAAUAUUGUGUUUGAUAGAGUUUAAUUUCUCUCAGAGUUGGCUGUGACUUUGGAUUCGCUCUUAAUUUCUUCUCUAAUUCUUUUAAUUUGUCCAAGAUUUUAUCUUUUUUCUCAUUUUGUGUUCUUUUCUUUACUACAUUCUGUUGUAUCAAGAAUCCCCUCAUUACAGCUUUGCUUGCGUCCCAGACAAUUCUUUUUUCCACCGAAUUGUUCAUAUUUAUCUCAAAAUAGUCCUUCAAAACUUUUUGGGCCUUCUUGGUAAUUUCCUGAUCUCUAAACAAAUUGUCAUUCAUCUUCCAUCUAAAGGAUCCAGUUGGUAGUAGUGUCAUAUCCAUCUUUACUGCAUUAUGGUCAGAGCAGGUCUUUGGGCAGAUUUCCACUUUUCUGACCUUAGGUGCCAGGCCUCUGGAAAUCCAUAUUUGGUCGAUUCUUGUCCAGGUCAGUUGGGCUUCAGAGAAGAAUGUUCCUUCUCUACCUAGUGGGUUCUUUGUCCUCCAAAUGUCAAUCAAAUCCAUAUUGUCAGUCAUUUCAAAAAAAAGUUUUAGGUAGUCUGCCGUCUUUUGUAACAUUUUGACUUUGUGACUUGUCCAUGUUAGUUGACACGACGCCGUGCAUGUCUCCCAUCAUUAUGAUGUUGUUGUAAUCCAGAUAUUCCAGCAUUGUCCCCUGCAGCUUCUUGUAAAAUUCCGAUUUCCCUUCGUUAGGUGCAUAGAUUCCUAAUAUCAACAGUUUCUCUCCUUGAUAUUGUAUCUCAAUGGCCAAAAUUCUUCCAUGUUCAUCUUUAAAUAAGAAUUUAGGUGACAGGCUCUCUUUUGCAUAUAUCACCACGCCUCUCUUCUUAACUUUAUCCGACGAAACAAAUUCCUGGCCCAAUCUUUUAUUUAUUAACACUUUUCUGUGGAGCCUCGUCACAUGUGUUUCUUGUAAACAGAUGAUGUCCAAUUGUUCUUUUUUUAAUAUAUGAAAUAUUUUCUUCCUUUUUCCGGAAUGUUACAACCAUUAAUGUUCCAACUCAGCAAUUGCAGAGACAUCCUGGAUCUAUCUGGUUAUUUCUCCAGGGGUGGUGUCUUCUCUGGGUCUUCAGGUUCCCCAGGUGCUGGUGUUGAUACUGGCUUUGCCCCAGGCCCAGAAGGUAAUUCAAUUCCUUUUUGAAGGUCCUCUCCGUAUGUAGCCAAAAAUUUGUCUCUCUCUUCCAAUGUUCUAACUUUGACCUUUCUCCCUUUAAAGGUAAAAGAUAUUCCUUGUGGAAAUUCCCACCUAAAUGGAAUUGCGUUGCUCCUUAGUAGUUUAGCAAGUUCAGAAUAGGCGGCUCUAAGAUCCAGGUAAACUUACUACUUUGAAAAGGAUAAAGUAACAGGAGAGGAUUUGAUAGUUCAAUCAGUGCUCUGAUAGGCCAUUCAUUCAUGCAAGGAAUCUAAGAUAUUCUGCUAUAACUCCCAUCAUUGCUGACCAUCAGCCAUGCUGAUUGGGACUAAUGGGAGCAGGAGUCAAAAUUAUAUGGAGAACCAUAGGCUGCCAUUGCUGCCUUAGAGUAUUGUUGUUGUUUCUAAAAGUUGUCACCAGAUGGUUUAAGUACAUUGCAAUUUACAUUUCAGCGAACCUCUUAUUCUGCAACUUUAUUGGUACUGUUCUCAACUUCCAUCCAUGCUGUGGCAGCUUAAUAUAAUAAUAAUUUAAAAAAACCAAUGUGGACCAUCCCAUAAGAAUUACCUUGCUGGCUUAGAUCAAAGUCCCAUUUAGUCCAUCACUGUCUCCCAAAUAUGCCUCCAAGAUGCUCACAAACAAGGCAAAGGCAAUAAUGCUGGUAUCUAUCUAUCUAUCUAUCUAUCUAUCUAUCUAUCUAUCUAUCCCUUCUUGGUUUGUCUCCAGAAUCUGGUAAUGAAAUACGUAGCACUUUUAAAGAUGGAGUUUUAGCUGUUGGAGGAAAUUGGAUCUGAUAACCUUCAAAACCCUCUUUGAAAUUUGUCUAUACAGAGUCAUGAAGGCUAUGGCUAUUGAUGGCUACUAGUCAUGAUGCUCCUGUGGUCAGAAGCAUAGCUGUCAACUUUUCCCUUUUCUUGCAAGGAAUCCUAUUCGGAAUAAGGGAAUUUCCCUUAAAAAAUGGGAAACAUUGACAGCUAUGGUCAGAAGCAGUACCACUUGCUGAAAAACACAAGUGGUGAGGGCUUCCUAUAGGCUUCUGGCUGGCUACUGUGAGAACAGAACUUUGGACCAGAUGGGACUUGGACCUCAUCCAGCAGGACCUGUCUUAUGUUCGUAAAAACCACCACCACCUGUAAUAGUGGUGAAUCUCCCAAGUUCAUGUAAUAUUGGGUUGGAUUCAGUCAUGCUUAGAGCAGACCCCUGGAGACCAAAGCGACUUAGUAUUGACUAAGUCCCAUUGAUUUCAAAGGAUCUUCUCUAACCCUGACAUAGGGAUCAAUCCUAAGUUCCAGCUGAGGAGCAGCAGAGUUGCAACUGCUCAUCCAAGCUCAUUCAACUGCUCAUCCAAGCCACAGUGGGUGGGGCUAGGGAGUCAUAUAUUUUGCUGAGCCAGCUCCAGGGUGGGGCAGCAGAGAGGCUCAGAUCAGGCCCCUCCCCAGCUGGUGGAUCAGCUUAGGAUCUAGUUAUUGUCUGCCAAAGUAGAUUGUAUGAAUUAAGAAAGAAAGAAAGAAGAAUGAUGCCUUGCCUUUAGGCUAAAGAAAAACAAACCACACUGUGGAAGGGAAAGGCAGACAAAGGAGAUGUUAUAUUUUGGGAGCGUGCAAGGGCUUUGUGUGUGGUCUGAAUAACGAGGCAAAUCAGGAUGAUUCAGGCCAUGAUCUCACAUUCCUGAGUCAGAUCAGACCAUUAACAAGGUGCCUUAAGGCUGGCCAGGAAACCCCUAAGCUUCUGAGUCAUUCUGCGGCUGUGAUUUCCCCCCAGAAGUUAAAUGUACAACCUACCCAUCCCAUUUCCUGAGAAAUAAAACCAAACUGACUGGGAAAAUGUCUAGAGUUCAGUAAGGAAGGUGGGUGAGAGGGGAGGGGAUCUUUGGUAUUGAUGGGCAGGUCAAGAUUUUCAUAGAAUCAAAGAUUUGAAGAAUUGGAAGGUACCCCAUGGGGUCCUUCUAGUCCAUCCACCUCCAGUGCAGGAAUCAUAGCUAAAGAAUCCCUGACAGAUGACCGGCCAUCCAGGCUCUGUUUAGAAACCUCCUUCUGAGGGAGUCCAUCCCACUGUUGAGCAGUUCUUACCACCAGAAAGUUAUUCCUAAUGUUUAGUUACAAUCUUGAAACCAUUGGUUUCCUGAACUACAAGUUUCAUCAAUCCUGACUCCACUAUAAGAGCUCUUGACUAUAAGAGCAGGCUGUGUGUGGUUGAGUUAGAUUAUUGAUUGGCCUGCUUCUUUCCCAAUCUUCAAUUUUUUUAACUACAAAUCACAGCUCUCUUCUCCAUUGAGGGAUUUCUGGAGGGGUGGUGGUGAAUAAGAACUGCAACUUUUCCAGGCCUUUUUUUUUCCUCCAAAGAAGAAGGUAAAAUCACCCAGCAGAAUACCCUUCGGAUCUGUUUGUCUGAACAUUGGUUCAAGUUACCUCCCUCAAGUUACAAGUUCUCAAAUUGAUUUCCUUCAACAACAAAAAAGAAGAGAGGGAACAUGAUUUCUCUUACCCCACUCCAAAAUGUUAAAGUCUGUGCUUGUGGAAGACCUAUCUCCAUGAAUUUUGGCUGGUUUCAUCCCUUCAGGACAAGUGAGCAAUACCUGCAACUUACAUGUAAUUGUAGCAGCAAAUAAAAGGUUAGAGACUAACCCCCCACAAAACCUACAUGGAAACCCAUGGAUGGAUUUGCCUGGAUUUUGGCAGGUUUAGUCCACUCUGAGGGCCCAUAAAUUUUAUCUGCUUCGGUGAAAAUGGGGGGGGGGGGGAGGGAUAUUUGUAGAUUCACCAUUAUAGUUAAUGGGGGUGAAACAGAGCUUCAGAUUUUAAAGAUCAGAUUUGGACCUGAAUAACGAAGCAAACUGAAUGAUACUGAAUGCACUGGAAACAGAUCAGGAGGCUUCCAAAUAUUACAGAUUUGGUAAAGACUCAGGAAAGGGCCACCAAAUGAGGAUGGAAUGGCUUUCGUAUAAUGAAAGCUUGCAGCUUUUGGGACGUUUUAGCUUAGAGAAAAGGUGAGGAAAAGGGAACAUUUAAAAAAAUAUAUAUAUGCAUGGCUUGGAGAAAGUAGAUAGAACUUAUGAAUCUCCAAUGAAGCUGAAUGUUGGAAGACUUAGGACAGCUAAAAGAAAGCCCUUUUUCUUUUUCUUUCUUUUCUUUUACUUUUGCAUUUGUACUUUUAGUGUUAUAUGGCAUCACUGUUUCUCUCUCUCUCUUUUUGAUUUUUUUUGAUACAGCAAGAAAAGAAAAACAAGAGAAAACACAAAUACCAAAUUACACACAGGAAAAACAAUAGAUACUGAAUUUUCUUAAGACAUAAAUUGACAUAAAUUGACAUAAUAAGACAUAAAUUGGCCUUAACACUAAAGACCCAACCUUCCGUCUAUUCCAUAUUUUGAUUUCAUGUAACUUCUUGCCAGUACACACUUUUAUCAUUAUUAAACUUUUUCUUAGUAUAUCUUAAUUCUUAUAUCUGCCUUGCAACUAUUACUGAAGUUCCUUGAAUGCCCUUUUUCACAUAGCACAGGGCCAAACUAUGGAACUUGCUUCUCCGGGAGGCAGUGAUUGCCACUGACUUGGAUGGCUUUAAAAAGCAACUGGACAAAUUCAUGGAGGAGAGGGCUGUCAAUGGCUACUAGCCAUGAUGACUAUGUUCUACCUCUGCAGUUGGAGGUGGCAGAGCUUCUGAAUGCUGGUUGAUGGAAACCACAGAAGGGGAGAGGUCUCUUGUGCUUGAGGGCUGCUCAUGAACUUCCCCUUGGGGGUUGGCUAUUGUGACAACAGGAUGCUGGGCUAGAUGGGGCUUUGGCAUGAUCCUGCAGGCUAUUCUUAUCUUCUUACUAUGUGCAGUUACAAGGGGAAUCUUAUGCAGAGUUGCCAUAUUUCAAGCACCGAAUUUUUUGCAAAACCACAUUAAAAUGUGACGUUUUCGAGCUGUUUUUAUGGAAAAUUGGCAUAAACGACACUGCCAUGCAUUGCCAUACAUCUAGAUUUCCCUAGACUUCUUGCCGAUUUUCGCCCGGACACUGCAACCAACUAAAACAGAGGUUUUUCACCUUUUUAAGUCGGCAACUCUCUUGACCAACUACAUUCUUUCUGUGGUAACCCUGAGGGGCUCAGGAGCCCAGUUAUGUCCUGGACUCCUUGGCUGGCUUUGAAUAAACAUUCACAAACUUUUAAUUGAUAAUAAUCAGCUAAAUAGUUUGAGGAUCUGUACAACUGUGUAACAUGCAUAAAACAGCAUUCUUAGAGAAAUCAAAGACUGGAACUGAGGGAAGCCGGGGGGUGGGGGUGGGUGGGCUUUGUGUGGGAGGGUGGGGGGAGGGAGGAAAAAUGGGGGUGGGGGAAAUAAGGAUGAUAUGUUUCUGGAUAAUAUGUUUUGUUUUAAUUUCGAAUUUAAAAAGUUUUUAAAAAAGAAAAGAAAAGAAAAGAAAGAAAGAAAGAAAGAAAGAAAGAAAGAAAGAAAGAAAGAAAGAGAGCCCAGUUAUGUCACCCCUUGCUGGCAACCUCUCCCCCCUUUUCGAAGACCCUCCCUGGUGGAGUGUUCCCUCAGCCUCCUCUCCUCUCCCUUCUCCUCAGGAGUUCUCUGGGCAGCAGCCACUGCUUCUACCGUUGGUCUCUGAACUGCCCCCCUGCCCCAAAGACAAGUGCCUCCCUCGCACUGCCCCACAGAGGCCUUGGACUUGUCUGUCCAUUUCCAACAGCAAGAGCUGGUGGACUGGCUGGGCUCCCUUGCCCGCUUGCUUGCUUAUUCCAAGGCUGCCUCAGCUCCUGGCAACCAGCACCUCCUGGCCAGCCCCAGAGGCACAAUUUGCCUUCCAGAGCUUGUAGCCAGGGCCACUGCAACAAACAGUUGUGCAAGCCUUUAGGAGGCAGAGAUGUGAGAAGGCAUCAGAGGAAGGAAGGAAGGAAGGAAGGAAGGAGGGAGGGACAGAGGACAGUGUUGUCCAUGGCACCCCUGACUAUCAUUCAAGUCACCCCAGGGUGCCACAGCACACUGGUUGAAAACCGCUGAACUACAGUAUUCCGGAUAUGCCCGGGAAAUUUCGGACGUAUGGAAACCCCAUUAUGGUUGAAUGUAGGCAUUUAUAUCCAGUUUGGGCUAGGUUGAUCUUUCCUUGCUAUCUGUUUGCUUGGACAGUGUUUUGUGGCUCUCUGCCCGACUUAUGCUGAUGAAUGGGGUCAGGGUGUCAUUUCCCCCUUCUUUCUGCAGUCUCAGAACAACCAGAAAAUAAAGCAGAUCACUAGGUUCAAACCGGCCAGAGGAAAUAUGUCUGUUGAUUUUCUACAUUCUUCAAUACACAUUAAUAUUUAAGGCCAAACAAAGAAACGGAAACCCCCGGCUGAGUUGCGAUUACUUUGAUUUUUAUAGUUAAAAUCCAGUUAAGUUAAUCUUGUUUGUUGCAUACAGCCCACACAAAUUCUUAAAGCUCUUUUCUAUGCAACUUUGCAGCUUUCAUGAUGUCAGCAUUUUAAUGAGAAUUAAGCUUUGUUGCAGUAUAUGGAGAUUAUAGCCAUUCAUUCAUUAGAAGACCUUGCAAAAUUAACCUCUGUAAUAUGCAUUUUCAGCUUUUAGGAGGAACAUUUUAAUACUGAAAUGAAACAGACAAGACCGUUUAUUAUUGUUUAUUUUUUAAUUUUGCACAAAUUAGGUCAGAUUCAGCAACAAAAAUGCCGAUCAGAAUUUCCUUCUAUUCCUGUUAUGCAAAUACAUGAAAUCAUGAUGAUUCCCGUAUUGUAGGUUUUUUUUAAUUUUUUUUUAGUAAGCAUAUCAAUUCCCCACUCCUCACAUCAGAGAUGAAUGAAAUUAUCUCAUGCCAUGGAUCCCCUCAUUUGAAGUAUUCAUGUGUUCAUCAACAGACUCCUUCCCUUCCCUUUAUGCCUUGAUUUGACUAUUCAGAGAAUGUCACUGCAGAGUCUUAAUCAUAAUGGAGAUCAUUCUACCACAUGCCUGACAAGUUGAGAGUUUGGCGAGAAAAGAUUACACAAAUAUCAAUGACUGGUGUGGCAUAAACAUCAGGAUUCCUCCUCUCAUCUCAAGAGGGCCAAGAUCUAGCAAAGUGUGAUUAAAAGAUAAAGGGGAAUAUAUAUAUGGAUUUAAUAAUGCAUAUUUAUAUGAUAGCUCUUUCCUUACAGCCUGUAUUCCAUUUAUUUAACAGAUGGUCAAACACACACAGUUGCUUUAGACUUGAUUUGUGGCCUGAUCUAAUGAGCUGCUGUGCUGGCAAAAAGUAGGCAUGGUUGGGGAAUUUGAUAUUUGCAAAUCCUUAUUCAUGUUGACCAGAUCUGCAUCUCCUAGACCUAGACUAAUGUGCAGGCUGGAAUUUAGCUGUUCACAGGGUUUCACGUUUCCCCAACAGUCUGACAGUUCUCAGUUCAGACUGAAGGAUCCUGUGGUCUCUGAAAGAACACUGGGGGAGCCAUAAAAGCACUGAACAUAAAGGUAAAGGGACCCCUGACCAUUAGGUCCAGUCGUGGCCGACUCUAGGGUUGCGGCACUCAUCUUGCUUUAUUGGCCAAGGGAGCCGGCGUACAGCUUCCGGGUCAUGUGGCCAGCAUGACUAAGCCGCUUCUGGCGAACCAGAGCAGCGCACGGAAACGCCGUUUACCUUCCCGCCAGAGCGGUACCUAUUUAUCUAUUUGCACUUUGACAUGCUUUCGAACUGCUAGGUUGGCAGGAACAGGGACCGAGCAACGGGAGCUCACCCUGUCGCGGUGAUUCGAACUGCCGACCUUCUGAUUGGCAAGCCCUAGGCUCUGCGGUUUAGACCACAGAACCACCCGCGUCCCAGCACUGAACAUAAGAACACCUGCUGGAUCAGGUCAGUUGCCUAUGUAGUCAAGCAUCCUGUUCUCACAGUGACCAACCAGGUUCCUGUGGGAAACCAGGGAGCAGAACGCUCCCCACCUGUGGUUUACAGUAACUGGUAUUUGGAAGCAUCACUGGCUCAAACUGUGAAGGUAGAUCAUAGUCAUCUUGGCUAGCAGUUGUCAAUAAUCCUCUCCUCUAUGAAUUUGUGUAACCUGCUCUUAAAACCAUCCAACUUGGUGGCCACCACUGGCUCCUGGGGGAGUGAGGUCCAUAGUUUCAUUAUGUGCUGCAUGAAGAAGUAUUUUAUUUCAUAGAAUUGUAGAGUUGUAAGGGACCCUGGAAAAGACCCUGAUGCUGGGAAAGAUUGAGGGCACAAGGAGAAGGGGACGACAGAGGACGAGAUGGUUGGACAGUGUUCUCGAAGCUACCAGCAUGAGUUUGACCAAGCUGUGGGAGGCAGUGGAAGACAGGAGUGCCUGGCAUGCUCUGGUCCAUGGGGUCACAAAGAGUCGGACAUGACUAAACGACUAAACAACAACAAGGGACCCCCAGGGUCAUCUAAUUCAACCCCUUGCAAUGCAGGAAUCUCAACUAAACCACCCAUGACUGAUGGCCAUCUAACCUCUGCUUGAAACCCUCCAAGGAAGGAGAGUCCAUUACCUUCUGAGGGAGUCCAUUCUUACCAUCAGAAAGUUCUUCCUGAUGUUUAGUCAGAAUCUCCCUUCUUGUAACCUGAAUCCAUUGGUUCAGGUCCUAUUCUCUGGAGCAGCAGAAAACAGGCUUGCUCCAUGUUCCUUGUGACAGCCCUUGAGAUAUUUGAAGAUGGUGAUCAUAUCUCAUCUCAGUCUCCUCUUUUCCAGGCUAAACAUUCUCAACUCCCUCAACCGUUCCUUAUAAGGCUUGGCUUCCAGACCAUUGAUCAUCUUGGUUUCCCUCCUCUGCACAUGUUCCAACUUGUCAAUAUCCUUCUUAAAUUGUGGUGCCCAGAAUUGGACACAGUAUUCCAGGUGUGGUCUGACCAAGGCAGAAUAGAAUGGUAUUACUCCCCUCACGGCACUAAACUUCUGUUGAUGCAGCCUAGAAUAGCAUUAGCUUUUUUUGCUGAUGCAUCUCACGGUUGACUCACAGAAUCACAGAGUUGGAAGCGACCCCAUGGGCCAUCUAGUUCAACCCCCUGCAAGACAGGAAUAUGCACCUAAACAGGGAUCAAACCCAUAACUGUGGCAUUAUCAGCACCAACUGAGCUGUUAAGCUUGUGGUCUACUUAGACCCCUAGAUCCUUUUCACAUAUACCACUGGCAAGUCAGGUGUCCCCCAUCUCUCAUUUGAACAGUUGUCUCUUCCUGCCUACCUUUGUCUGUAUUGAAAUGCAUUUUUGUUAGUUUGGGCUGAAUUUGCCCAUCUGUUCAGGUCAAUUUGAAUACCCUUCUGACUGGCUAUUGUUAGAAGCAGAUUGAUAGUCCAAGAUGAGUGUUGGUUUGAUUCAGGAGCCUAGUUAUGAUGCACCAAGACUCUCCAAAUUCUUUCUCUUUGCCAUAUGACCGUCCUCAUCUCAGCUUCCCCAGAUACGCCUGUAAUCUUGCAAGGUUCAUUCAGUUCAUAUUUCUGCUACAUUUUUGGGAGUGCAAAGUUGGAUGCCAGUUGUUAACACAAGUCAUGAAUGAAAAACUCUAGCGGCAAAAUCCAUGUUUUUCUGGUAGAAGAAUUGGCUAGUGGCAAAUGAUCUGAUGUUCAAAAGCAGACCCAUCCAAAGGUUUUGCUUAGCUUGGUCUUCUCAGAGGCCACAUUGUUGUAAUGUAUUGCUCAACAAAAGCACUGAACGUACAUCACCAAAGCCUCUGUUAACAUGAUGAACUUAGGUAGCACACAGAGUAUGUUUUAAUACUUUUUAGUUACAACACAAUACUUACAACACAAACCAAUAACUGUGCGAAGGCUCUGCUCUCAGCUCCAGCUCAUCCUCCCAUUUCAUUUAAUUUCUGCCAACAAUUUCACUUAAAGCACAGUUCUUGGCUGUGCAAUGGGAAAAAAGAGAUAUAGUCAAGCCUGAAAAAUUGCAGAGAAAGAGUACAAAAUUGAUCGGGGGGGGGACUGAGUUUCACACAAAACUCAGCUAAAAAGAUUAGGAGUCCUGGUUGGAAAAGAGAAGGCAAAAAGAGGAAUAUGAUUGUCAUAUAUGAAAUUAUAAUUGGUUCAGAAAGUGGGAGCCUGGAAUUUAUACAUUUGUUAUUUCCCACAGUCCUCAACUCCGACACUUAAUCUCUCAGAAUGAAAUGGAAGCCAAAGUUGCAUCCUUCCUCCAUUUUAUAAUUUUAAGUGUGGGGGAGAAGGCAGCAGUUAUUCAGGGGUCUGGGAAUACACUCUGCACACGAUCAUUACGAUUUCUCCUUCUCCUUGUUUGAGUUCUAGACCUGAUAGCUCUGACACUGUAGCUUGAUUUCCUGGAGGAUAAGCCUGGCAAUGGCAACUAACCAAGAUGGCUAUGCCCUAGCUCCAUGGGUAGAGUCAGAUGCUGGGAUUCAUAAGUAGGGAGACUGCUGUGGAAGUCAGGUCUUGGUUUGUGAGCAUCCCAGAGGCAUUUGGUUGGGCACUGCUAGGAUGCUUGACUAGAGACUUGGCCUGAUCCUGUUGUGAACCGCUCUGAUACCUACAGUUGUAGGGCAAUAUUCUUGUGAUUCUGGAACCAAGUCCUUACAGUUGCCAUUGAGCCAUGUGAGAUUGGUGUCCUUAAGGAAAUUGCUAGAGGAGAUAUGUAGAAGUAGUGGCAAAGACGGAAAUGAAAAAAAGAAGGCAUGAGAGGAGAAGAAUGAUAUUAGAGUAAUGGCCUUAACUUAGCAUGUCUUUGUAUCUACAGGGAGAUGUGGGAGAGAAUACAAUAGCCUGACUGAAGGGAUAUGGAACAUCCUUAUAUUUUAUAUAUGCAUGUAUAUGAUUGAAAUUUCAAUUUACUCUACGAGAUGUACUAUAUAUAUGUAAUGUAUUGUAAGACUAUUAAUAAAGCUUGUUACAUUGCAAAAAAGAAGAAGAUAUUUUAUGUAUGCCCCUGCAUGUUUACGAUAUUUAUUUUUGUGUUUUUAUACCGUAAACUCCCCUGUGAUCCUUGGAUGCAAAGCAAUAUAUAGAUUUUAUUUUAUUAUUACAUUUCUAUACCACCUUUGUCUUCCAAGGAUCUCAUCAUCAUCACCACUAGAAUUAGAAUUUAUUAAUUUGCUUUCAAAACCACCAUCUCAAGGUGAGAUAAUUACCGGUACAGUGGUGCCUCUGGUUACGUACUUAAUUUGUUCCAGAGGUCCGUUCUUAACCUGAAACUGUUCUUAACCUGAAGCACCACUUUAGCUAAUGGGGUCUCCCGCUGCUGCUGCGCUGCCACCACGUGAUUUCUGUUCUCAUCUUGAAGCAAAUUUCUUAACCCGAGGUACUAUUUCUGGGUUAGCGGAGUCUGUAACCUGAAGCGUAUGUAACCUGAAGCGUAUGUAACCCAAGGUACCACUGUACAAACAGUUAAAAACCUAUGGACAACAGAUACAUUUAAAAUAAUACUAAACCCCUGACAAUACAGUGUUAAGACUUUGCCGGGAUGGUGCUAUUUUAGACUGCAAGUGGAAAUCUGUUUGUUUGAAUGUACUGACAUGGAAAUACAUACGUAGGCCUGUGCAUGUACACACCUUGCCUAGAAAAGAAACAAACCAGGGAAAAGACCCAGGCGAACUUAUAUGUACUGUUUUUCCAUGUGUGGGACAUGGAAUUUUAACAUUGAUUCCCCCUCUGCAAUCUGAAGUAGUACAGUCCAAGAGAAACUGUUCCAUCUGAUUCUGGUGGCUGUAGAAACUGGCCAUCUGUCAGGUCGUUUCCUGGAGCUGCCGUGUAGUCAUUUAUGCUCAGGUUCCUGAAAUUUGCUUCUUGGUCAAAUUCAAUGUCAAAAGCUCCUGCCAUAUGUGCAGAUAUUUCACUUCCACUGCCCCUCUUAAUGUCUCUUGCAGUUCUUGCUUUGACAAGGUCUAGGAACAACUUUUCCGGGUAAUGGAUCUGUUCAUUAAUACUCUGUGGUGUUGCACGGGCAUUAGAAAGCCAUUGGGCAUUUUUCUUCAUUUGUGUUUUGCAAAGAGCUGGCUUUUUUUUUUUGCAAGAGCUGAGAAAAAUGUUUCCAUUAAAUCAUAAUGGAACAGAGAUGCUCCUAGGCAAAGUGUUAAGAAUGGGAAAGCAUCGUUCAGACUUGAUUUGCCUGGAAUUAUUGAGCAGGACAGAACUAACUAACAGCCUUCUUAUCAGAGGCAGAAUGCUGUUUGCUGGGGUUCACAAGUGAAAGAGUGCAUCCACUUGGGCUUCAUGUAGACAUCUGCUUGGCCACUGUGAGGAUAGGAUGCUGGAGUAGGUGGUCUUUGGGUCUUAUUGGGGAGUCUUCUCUUCUUGUGAGCUCAGCUGAUGUAGUUAGGGCUGUGCCAGUUCUCACUGUGGCCCAUUCUCUUCUAUGGGAGAAAGUAAGCCGUAUCAACACUGGGGUGUAGUUUGGAGGGGACCUGACUGUCACUGCAGACCCCAUGUGCUCACCAUUGAUGAGAACCACACAGAGAUGUGAUGUAUUUCUGCAUUGCAAGGGGUUGGACUAGUUAGAGUCUUGGGGUCCCUUCCAACUCAACGAUUCCAUGAUUCUAUGUUUUGAACCAGGCACUUUGUGUUUUGUUUUUGAGGGUAGGAACUCGCCUUUGCAGAACUAUGCGCUCCAGUUUCGGUGCCCUCUUCAAGCAUUAAAAGGAGCAGGAGUAAGCAACACAAACCCCCACAAUUGCCUGACUGUGGAUUAGUCAGGAAUGGGAAAUUAGGAGUCUGGACAUUGUCCUCCACCCGUUCAAAACAGCAGUACAUUUUACCUUCUUUGCAGCUCCAGCUGCAACCAGUAGAGCAUGGGUAGGCAAACUAAGGCCCGGGGGCAGGAUCUGGCCAAAUCACCUUCUAAAUCUGGCCUGCAGACAGUCUGGGAAUCAGCGUGUUUUUACAUGAGUAGAAUGUGUCCUUUUAUUUAAAAUGCAUCUCUGGGUUAUUUGUGGGGCAUAGGAAUUGGUUCAUUUUUUUCUUCUUCAAAAUAUAGUCCGGCUCCCCACAAGGUCUGAGGGACAGUGGACCGGUCCUCUGCUGAAAAAGUUUGCUGACCUCUGCAGUAGAGGGUAGUCCAUUUAGGCAAAUGGGGCAUGGCCCUACCAAUUUCAGUCUGCUCUUAGCACCCACCUACCUUUUGUCUAACUUUCAUCCAGUCCAGCGGGUGGCAGUGCUUGUAUCCAACUCAGCUUUCUCUUCCUACUAAAUCUCAGUGUCGACCUUAUUUAACGCAGCAAGUAGGAGGAUGUGUUCAAAGCUAGGUUCUGGCGCCACCUACUGUUGACCUCCCUGCAUUCCACCCUACCAGACCCAAAGGCUACCAGCCACAACUAGCCACAACAAUUGAUUUCCUCAAUCUUGGAGUGAAGAGCACAGACUUCAGGGUUAUCCAUGGUCCCAGCCUACCUCUGACGAUGGUGGGGAUAGUAUUCUUCAAUAGAUACAUCAGCCAUGGGCCAACGUUGGUCUGUGAUGCCUUGACUAAUGUGAAUUUGCCGCGAGUAAAUUCCACAGACAGCUUAGUUUACAUUUAGCUAACUUCUCUGUACUUCUACAAUUCCCACUCCAGUUUUAGUCUCUUCUUCUUCUUCUUUUUAAUAAAUGUAGGUUAGCCUGGGCUCUCUGUUAGAGUGCCUUUCUGCCAAUACCUCUGGAAGACCUUUGACCAUGUUAUUGUCAGAACUGCUUAGGAAACAGAGGUCCAAACUUGUUUGAGUAUUUGAGCAUAAACAGAUAAUCUCGUGUUCUAUUAUUUAGCUGUACUUUCUCUUGCUCACUGUGAAUAACAAAGGUGGGGAAAUGUUUGUGAUUCAUUUAGUGGCUUAUAAUGAACAUUCAAGGCUGCUACUCGGAGGUCAGAGAGAAAUUUUCAGAAGCAUGCAAGGUAACAAGUUUUCUCCUGAAAACUCAGCAGGUUUAUCUGGAUGGUUUAAAUGAAAAUCCCUCUCUUCUCCUCUGAUUCAUUUUACAGAUGUUUCUUCCUCCUUUGACUUUUUUUUGGGGGGGGGCAAGUCAUGCUGGCCACAUGACCCAGAAGCUGUACGCCGGCUCCCUUGGCCAAUAAAGCGAGAUGAGUGCUGCAACCCCAGAGUCGGCCACGACUGGACCUAAUGGUCAGGGGUCCCCUUUACCUUUACUUUAUCACAAAAACACAGACACAGUGAAACAAUCUUUAUUAUAUAGGUAGAAUUUCACGAGUUUUAGACUGGAGCUAAGCUCUCACAAACACAGAAUCUAGGACAUUGUAUAUGAGACCCAUUAGGACUACUUGACAUGGUAUGAGAAAGAUACAUUCUCAUUUCUUUGCAGUGAACAUUGUAACCUAGAGAGGGGCAAUGCAUGCUUGGAAAGGGAUGGUGAAGACACAAGGAGAAACCUGGGUUGUUUGCAAUUCCUAAGCACUGGUUUACUAUGUGAGUUUUGAGAAGCAUUUCCCCCUCUGCACAUACGGAUUUCACUAUGGAGACAUGCAGAGAAAACUGUCUUUCAAAAGGUAACGUUCUAGUUAAAGGAUUGAAAGACCAUGGAUGUUCACAUGUUACAUUGAACGCGUGUACAAUCUGUCCACAUGUGUACACAUGCUCUGGUUUCUCUUCAGAUCAUAUAAAUCUUUUGCCUUUUACACAUGUAUACACAAAUAGUUGAGCUGCACGCUUGUACAGUUAUUCACAGGUAAUGUUCAACAAGUGUAGAAUUUGGGUGCAUGUGCGCACAAUGACCGAGUUGUAUGAACAAAUAAGUGCACAUUCUUGCACGCAAUCACUUGUACAUGUGUAGAAACAACUUGUACCUGGGUUCAGUGUAUUAUGUGAACAAGUCUACUAUCUCUUGGGGUGGAGGACCCGCCCUGUAUCUGUAAGCAAUGUGGAUUGGGUAGAACACAUGGUAAGUCCUCAUGCUAGCACGUCAACUGCCCAAAUGUAGUUUGGAGAGACACGUAAGUUAUAGCUAUGGUGUAGAGACACCAUCAAAUGGAACCAGGUUUUGUUUUUGUUUUUUAAUGAAGCCAAUCAUACGGUGUUUAUUAUAUGCCAGAUUUGGUCUCUCAAGUGAGAAUGCUGAUGCUCGCUCACUAUUUUAUUUGACUACUCAAAUAUCUUCUGAAUAUUCGCUAUCUUGUUCUUGACAUCCUGUGGCAGCUGCUUGCCUGAAUGGAAGACCAAGAGGAGUAUGUGAGUAUAAAAUCCAGCCUUCCGUGUACCGUAUUUUUUGCUCCAUAAGACGUACUUUUUUCCCUCCUAAAAAGUAAGGAGAAAUGUCUGUGCGUCUUAUGGCGCGAAUGUGUGGUCGAUCUCUGGCUCCCUUUCUGGCCCCGGCCCCUUUCCCAGGCCUCCAUUGUUGCAUGUUCUGCAGAGGAGGCUAUUUGUUUCCCCAGCGACAUGUGACUGGCUGGUUAGAUUAUCUGUCUGGAAACUGUAGAAAUGGCUCCCUUUCCUUUCCUAAAGAAGCUGCAGAACUGUGAGUUGAACCCCAUAAAAAUAGGAUUUUUUCCCUUUGCAAAGUAAGCUCGACAACUUUGAGCUGAUCCUCAAAAAAGGGACUUUUCCCAUUUGCAAAAGAAGCUGCACAACUUUGAGCUGAUCCCCCCAAAAAGGGGCUUUCCCUCUUUCCUCUUCUAAAAACUAGGUGCGUCUUAUGGUCAGGUGCAUCUUAUGGAGCGAAAAAUACAGCGACUUACACUUGUCACUAAGUCCAGGUUUGCCUCUGGUCCCUUCUACCCCUGGAACAUGGCCCCUAGGAGGUUUCGAAGAUGGGAACAUGGACCUUGGGCUGCAAAUGUUCCCCACUCCUGACUUAAAAGUUUGGUACCAGUGAAUUAGGUUGUUUUGGUUUUAAAUGCAAAUUAAAUAUAGAAUCACAGAAUCAGAGAGUUGGAAAGGACCUUGAGGGUCAUCUACAGCAGUGAAACCCCCUGGAAUGAAGGAAUAGCCAGCUGUCCCAUAUGGGAAUUGAACCUGCGACCUUGGUGUUAUCAGCACCCCACUCUAACCAACUGAGAUAUGUUUAUCACCCAGUCAUAUGAACUUGCUUUCUGUUCCUACCUAUGUCAGAUACAAAUGUUUUAUGUUCAAAAGUUCAGUGUAUGGAGCAAGGUGAUCUACUGCUUUCAGGCUGGUUUGAAAGGUUUGAUAACGUUCUUUCAGGGGACCUGCUGGAGAGGUUCACAAACCUCGCAGGGUGAGAGGUGAAACACAGUUAUAGAUUAUUUUUUAAAUUGUGCUUAAGAGGCAAGGAACAAAUAAUAGAAGGAACAGUUCAGUUCCCAGAAUGUGAGGAGGUUAAUAGAAAAACACCCACAGGGAUCAGGGUAGUAAAGGCGAGGGAGGAACAAGUGGAACUCUGGAAGGGUUGAAGAAAUCUCAGGAAAUGCCAGCACAAUGGCACAGUGAUGGAUUUCAGGGCAGGUAGUGUGAAGUCUAGAUGAAACAACUUAAGCAAAUCAAACAUACAAAAGGGUUCUGAAUGAGCUCUUAGUCCUCUGGCCUCUAAACUCCUGGCUGGCACCUCCUUGAAAAUAUCUUUUCAGCGCACACUUGAGAGGCGAAGAGGUGGAGACGUUGCUCUUUGAAGGUGAUAGAGAAGGCAAGAUAGAGUAUGAUCGUUGCCAAGGUACUCAGAUUGCAUUGAGGUUUGAACAUCCUUGAGGGUGGAUUUCUGGGCAUGACAUUGGGAAAUAAAAAUGAAAGGAUACCAGUGACUAUUGUUCAUGUCCUGAAGAGGGAAAAAUGAAGUUGACUUGGUGAGAUGUUAUAGAACGGACGAGUUUGUGACCAAGUUCAUAAGCUUACUUCAGUGGGGUGGGGGGCAGGGAUACAUGUGAUUCUGCCCACCAACUGAUAUCUUCUUUGGGUGCCCUUCUCUGGGUGCUCCCUACCUUCAAAUAUUGGGCAGGUGACUACAAGCAAAGUGGUUUAUUAGCUAACCACUACAUGACUUUAUUAGGGACGCAGGUGGCGCUGUGGGUUAAACCACAGAGCCUAGGACUUGCUGAUCAGAAGGUCGGCGGUUCGAAUCCCUGUGACGGGGUGAGCUCCUGUUGCUCGGUCCCUGCUCCUGCCAACCUAGCAGUUCGAAAGCACGUCAAAGUGCAAGUAGAUAAAUAGGUACCACUCCGGCGGGAAGGUAAACGGUGUUUCCGUGCGCUGCUCUGGUUCGCCAGAAGCAGCUUAGUCGUGCUGGCCACAUGACCCGAAAGCUGGACCUAACAACUGGACCUAACUGGACCUAAUAGUCAGGGGUCCCUUUACCUUUACCUUACAUGAGUUUAUUAGCUAACCAGUGCCAGGAUAUCUGUGCUCUUGCAAAUGAUUUCCUGCCUCACUACACGUGUUAAUACAAUCAUUGCAUCAAUCAUCACUGCAGAAACUUCAAGGUGUGCUCCAAUCCCUGACUUUAGUUUCUCCAUCUCAUAGCCGUUCAACGCCCAUCUUGCAAUUUCCUCCUUUGUAUACCUGCUAAACAGGAUUUCACUUCAUGCCUCUGACGAAGCUGGUCUGAAUCCCAAAAGCCACAAUAAAUUUGUUAGUCUUUAAGGUGCCACAAGACUCUUUGAUUCUUAAAAUAUCUGAGAGACUUUUGAAUUGUUUUAAUUCAAGCUUUAAUUGCCUUUAGAUGCCUUGACUGUAAUGAGCUGGUUUUGGUUCUUCCCAUCUGCUGCUUUUAUGAGGUUUUUAUUAUUAUUAUAAAAACACUCUUCUUAAUUUUGUAUUUUAGUUGGUUUUUAACUUUAUUGCAAGACAUUUUCAGGCUGUUAGGUGAUGAGGCAGAGUAGAAAUAUUAUAUAUACAGAUACAGAGAUUUUGCAGAGUGGAAAGAAACCAUGGGGAAGCAUAUCAUUCCCCUGCUGCUGUCGUUAAUGUAUGUUUCAGGCCUAGAUGGAAAUGGGAUAAAUGUAUUUCUGGCAAUGAAUGGAGAAUAAAUAAAGCCACCAUGUUAUUUUGCUUCAGUGCCAGUUGUUUGUGAAAGCCAAAGAGUGGGGGGCAUUUUUUCCCACUCUGAGGGCCACAUUCCUUUUUAGAGAAACUUCUGAGGGCCACAGGCCAAUGGUGGGUGUGGCCAGAGGCAAAUGGGUGGAGCAAGAAAUGCAAAUUUCCCAUUUGGGCAGUAGGCUAGUUUCUACUCUCACAAACCCCUCUGUGUCCUCUAUCCAGGCAAACAAGAUAUCUUUUCAGAGUUGAAUGAGGCAUUCCAGCCAGGAAAAAAAUGCUAAGCAGAUGACACAAGACUAGUGAAGUAUAUGGCCUGAGGAACAAGGUGUAGGCUGAGGAGAUUUCUGAGGGCCAAACAGAAAGUCCUGAAAGUCUGCAUUCAGCCUCUGGGCUUGAGGUUCCCCACCCCUGGUAUAAGGAUACAAAAGUCAAUCAAAGGAACGGCAGGAAAGAUCUCUUUGUGUCUAGAAAAGCUUUCCUGAUAUAAUCUCGCUGCCUGUACAAGCUGUCACUGAGAUGGGCAUGGGAUAAGCAAUGGUUCAGUGCAUCCGCCUUCCAUCUUCUGCUCUUCCGCUGCAAUGUCUGAAGAGGAACCUGCGCAUGGGACUUGCCAAAGAUUCAGAAGAGCGCACGGCUUGCACAAGCUGUCUUCCCAUCAGUGCCUUGAAAGACCCCAAAGCAGGAGCCAGGAGAAAGCCGUCCCUCACCUUGUCACGUCACAUAAAUGUCUCUCACGCAGAUGAGUAGCCUCAACUCCUCAGCAUUGCCUGGCCGGCCUUACAAGAGUGCAGGCAUUUCAUUCCUUGGGAGGUUUCUGAAGCACAAUUCUGCUGAAGGAUGGAGUGUGUUAACCCUUCAUUGGCUGUUUUUGAGCAAAAAUCUCCUGCCAAGUGACUUAUAGGGAUAGAAAGGAAGACAUGCAGGAAGUGCGCUGUGACUUGAUGACAGGCCCAAUCCUUGAUCGAAAAGCAUUUUUUUUUAGAAUGCCCUGCUCACCAGCUUGGAUCAAGGAAUGCAUGUCACAAACAGAGCAUAUACGACCAAUAGCUCAGUAAGAAGUGAGACCGAUCACACUUUCUACUUUUUUGGAAAGUGAUUGCAGAGAUGCAAGGAUGAUUGAGGAGCAAUUAUCUUUUGGCGCUGGCUUUCUCAGUCAACGUCUCCAUUUCCAGACAGAACUUGUAUCCUUAUUUCCAAAAGAAUUCAGCAAUAGCCCUUUUCAGCCUCACCUCAGCCCUUUCAGCUAGAGCACUGCGGAGAACAAAGAGCAGGGUAUUUUAACUCAAUUUUUGACCUUCUGACCGACUGAGGAGCCUUCAGUUUAAUUGUUGCUAGGGUCUCCUUUCCCAUGCCUCAAGAUGUUAUUAGGAAUGGAGUCAAAGGUUACCUGAGGUAAUAGGGGUGGGGGAGAAAUGUCCCUGAAAAUGAACAGCUGGUGCUGGCUAAGCAAUGCGCGGGGAGAGGGCAGUGAUGGUGUAUUUAAUCUCAGCAAUGAGAUUCCACUCUAUUCUGUAAGUCACGCUGAAGUAAUGCAAUGAAGCAACUGGAGCUUGUAGGCAGUCCAUGGUCUGCUCUACAUACAUCACAGCUCUCCGUCACCAUCCUCUUUUCAAGAAUUUCCUGCAGAUCUGGCAGAUACAUAUCCGAACUCUAAUCCAUGGGUAGGUAAACUAAGGCUCAGGGGCUGGAUGCGGCCCAAUCGCCUUCUCAAUCCGGCCCGCGGACGGUCCAGGAAUUAGCACGUUUUUACAUGAGUAGAAUGUGUCCUUUUAUUUAAAAUGCAUCUCUGGGUUAUUUGUGGUGCCUGCCUGAUCUUUUUACUUGAGUAGAAUGUGUGCUUUUAUUUAAAAAGCAUCUCUGAGUUAUUUGUGGGGCAUAGGAAUUCGUUCAAUUUUUUCUUCAAAAUAUAGUCUGGCCCACCACAUGGUCCGAGGGACAGUGGACCGGCUCCCUGAUGAAAAAGUUUGCUGACCCCUGCUCUAAUCGAACUGAGAUGAUGGUGGAUGCAGCUGAGCAUUUGGAGUGCUGGGGUGCUUUGAUGUGCCAGAGAUCACCCUUGUAUUUCUCAUGCUGUUUAAUAUCUCUUUGAAGCCAUUUGGAGUGUCCAUUAGGAGAUUUGGGACAAGGUGCCAUCAGCAUGCUGACGACACCUCUAUUUCUCCAUGGCAUCUGAAGUAAGAGAGAUUGUAAAGCCCCAAGUGGGAUGGAUAAGGGAAGAUGGAGGCACUGUGGGUAAGUGGUUCCCCUGUCCAAUAAAAACUGACCAAUUGCUUGCCCUGGGUGGGAUUUAACUGCUGCUGAAAUAUCAGUUACACAGUCUAGGAUUUCUUCUGGGUCCAGCUUUGUCCCUGGAGGUCCUGAUAACCUUGGUAGGGCUAGAAGCACUAUUGACCAGCUUCAGUUGGUACAACAGCUGUGGCCAUUCCUGGACUGGGAGACCACAGUAGUUCAGGCAUUGCUAACUCCAAGACUGGAUUACUGCAAUGCACUCCACGUGAGCUUCCCUUGUACUUGGUCCAGAAAGUACGGUUAGUGCAGAAUGCUGCAGAACGAUUGCUGAAAGGAGACAGAGGCCACCAGCAUAUUGCAGCUCUGCUCAGAGAUUUGCACCAGCUGCCAAUUUGUCACCAGGCGAAAUUCUAGGUGUUAUUAUUAAUAUUUAACAGCUUGGAGCCAGUCUACUUGAAGUAACUCCUUGCACCAGUUGGCUGCUUUGUUCUACAGAAAUGGCACUUUGCAGGUGCCACAUAAUUCUCAUUCUGUACUUGCAAGGAAUUGAUCCUUCAUUGUGGCAGCCCCUGCACUUUGGAACUCCCUGCCCAUUUAUAUUAACCAGGCACCUUUGUUGUAUUUGCUUUCAAAGGUAAAGGGACCCCUGACCAUUAGGUCCAGUCGUGACCGACUCUGGGGUUGCGGCGCUCAUCUCGUCAACCGCUCAUCUCGCCACCUGCGUCCCUUGUAUUUGCUUUGGCUCCUGCUAAAAACCUUUUUUAGUUUAGGCAGGCCUACCCAGACAUGAGAGACGUGGGUGGCACUGUGGGUUAAACCACAGAGCCUAGGACUUGCCGAUCAGAAGGUUGGCGGUUCGAAUCCCCACGAUGGGGUAAACUCCCGUUGCUCGGUCCCUGCUCCUGCCAACCUAGCAGUUUGAAAACACGUCAAAGUGCAAGCAGAUAAAUAGGUACUGCUCUGACGGGAAGGUAAAUGGCGUUUCCGUGCACUGCUCUGGUUCGCCAGAAGCGGCUUAGUCAUGCUGGCCACAUGACCCGGAAGCUGUAUGCCGGCUCCCUCGGCCAAUAAAGCAAGAUGAGCACCACAACCCCAUAGUCAGGCACGACUGCACCUAAUGAUCAGAGGUCCCUUUACCUUUACCUUUACCCAGACAUGAAAUUUUAUUUUAUUGUGUAUACUUUUAACAAGUGCUUGUUUUAUUUAGGUUAACUUGCUUUAAAUAUUCAAUUUUCUCAUUAUUAUUAUUUUUUAAAUCAACACUUUAUAUUCUAUGUAAACUGCUUAGAGGUUGUGGGUGAAUAAGUGUUAAAAAUAUCCUGUUAAAUAAAGAGGUUAAGUUAGGAACAUAGGAAAGCUGCCGUACACUGGCUAGCUUAGUAUUGCCGACACUGGCUGAGAGUGGCUCUCCAGGGUUUCAGGUGAGGUCUCACUUAGCCCUGCCUGGAAUUGAACUUAGGACUUUCUGCAUGCACAAGAGAGGCUCUACACUAAACUAGGACUCUUCCACAAACUUAUCCACCUGGUAAGCCAAUUGUCAGCCUGUCUUAUUACAUGCUUCCUAAGCAUUAGUUGCCAUUCUCAGCUGGAGCCUCAAUUGGCUCUCCAUUCUCAACUGCUGGUUGGCAUCUGUCUUGGGAAGAGUGUGCCUUUGUGGGUGAAGCCAAACCAUUGGAGAGUUACAGCGCCUGCUGUGGAUGUAGAGACCGAUAUGGGAGAGAGAUGUUUUGCUGCAGCUGGGGCAGAUGAAGGCGUCCAGUUGUGCUGCUGCAGAUGCACCAGGACGUUUCUUCUCUCUGCGCUCCUCCCUGUGUAAAAGCUGGGGACAGCCCAAGGACAAUUUCCUUCCUGAGGGACAUGUUUGUUUCUGGGCCACCUUCUGGGUACCACAUGCCACAAGACAAGCAAAAGCAAGCAGCGCAGUGCAUGGAAUUUCUACUUUUGUACAGUCGGCUAGUUGCUACACGCUCUCACACACCCCGUCUCUAUACGCCCGCCAGAUAAGCAAGAGGCAUGAUUAGAGUGCAGGGACAUAUUUUAGGCAGGCAAAAACCCUUGUGCCCAGGGGCGAAGGAAGGUUAACCAGCACCCGGUGCAGGGUGUCGGGGUGGGGCAAACAGCCUGGCAGCGCAUGCAUAUGAACCGUAUGUACAGCGCAUGUGCGGUACCGCUACGUGCUGCGCAUGUGCCAAAGGGCGGUUUGCCGAAUGUGCCAUACGGAUGGCAGUGGAAUCCUCUGCUCGCAGCUGCAGCUCUGAGAAAGCAAAUGGCUAGUGGGUAGGCUUGCCUUGCGCACUGUUUUGCAGCUCCCCCCUUUCCCUGGCUCGCUGUAGGCUUGGGAGUCACGGGCGCGGGUGGGCAGAAUGCCACCCCCAUUAGGAUGGCACCCGGAGUGCGCCGCACCCGCCGCACCCACCUUGCUCCACCUCUGCUUGUGGCAUGCAUGAUGUGGGGCCAGUGUGGAAUGUGGCCUAGGGAGAAUUCUGAGGGCAAGAGCUUCUCCAUCCCUACCAGAUACCAUGCAAGGGUCUGUCGUCCAACAGAAUGGAAGUGCUAGUGGGCUUAUAGAGAACAGCAAGAGGAUAUUGCCCUCCCCUCAAUAAACUGAGUGCCCACUUUUCCCAAUGGUAGGGCCAACCCUAGUAAAAGUUUCCAUUCUACUGGCAAGUUCUGCGCUUGUCUGAGUGCGGCCGGAAGGGAGCGAGACAUUGAAGAAAGGCAUGGGCGAUCUACAGUACAAUCCUGGUUAUAGUUCUCCAACGUUUUGGUUCACUUCUGAGGACAGGAGGAGCAGAGCCAUCAUCAAGCUGGCAAGAGAUUAACUGUUCUCAGGGCCUGGGAACAGAUGCAACAAGUAUCUCCCUGAGAGGAUGGUUCACUCAACCGGUAAGCCCCAAAGCACAACUUGCUAUGUUAAUGAAGCCCAGUGCUGAUCAAGCAGAUUGGGAGCGAUUUGAAGCGAUUUGUAGGUAUGUGGGACAGUAAAUGGGAAAUGCUGUUUUAAUGGGAACUGGCGUCGAAUGAUACAGCGGGGACAGCCAAGUGCGGUAAAAUGCAGACAUUUUCCUAAGCAGCUGUGCAGCCAGCCAGUUUAGGGGAUUUAUUGGCUAUUUAUGGCAGAUUAUACGAUGAGAGGAGCAUUCUGGCUUGGUGAGGAUAUCAGACAUUAGUAUUCUAUCGCAAAACGGGUUGUAAUUCUCCAUGCUCCGUCACGUCCUUCCCUGCUCGCACAACGCUACCCUUUCCCUUGUUCAGCCUAAAGCUUUGACAUGUCAUGUCCUUAUCUCAUCAUCUAUUUAAUAGAAUGCGGGGAAAAUUCACAGAACUUCAGUUCCCCCCUCUCUUUUAUUUAGAUUCACACCACAAAACAAUAUUGGCCUUCAUAGGUCAGGGAGAAAUUCAUCCUGUGGUGCUUCAUAAUGAUGGCUAGUUGUCAGAUAAGAUGGAUUAUGAUUGUGUACAGAGUAGCUUCCACACAGCAUUUCUGACAGAGGUUAGGAUUGGCGCUGCACUGAAUAUUCACUAGUUUCAAAUUUUUUUUGGGGGGGGGAAGGCAAUUAUGGUAGGCAAUGCUAUUUUUCUAGAGAAAGAGGUGCCAGAAAAUCACCAUGUUCUCUCUUUUUAAUUUUUCUUUAUUCAAAAUUAUAACAAGACACAUUAUCCAAAAACGUAUCAUCCUUAUUCACCCCCAUUUUUCCUCCCUCCCCCCCUCCCACACAAAACCCACCCACCCCCACCCCCCGACUUCCCUCAGUUCCAGUCUUUGGUUUCUCUAAGAAUGCUGUUUUCUGCAUGUUACAAAGUUGUAUAGAUCCUCAAACUAUUUAGCUGAUUAUUAUCAAUAAAAGGUUUGUGAAUGUUUAUUCAAAACCUGCCAAUGAGUCCAGUUCUCUUUGUUGCGUCUUCAGAUACUUUGUAAAGGGUUCCCAUUCAUCCUUAAAGUCACAGUUAUCCUUGUCCCGUAGCUUAUAUGUCAGUUUUGCCAGUUCUGCAUAGUCCAUCAAUUUUUCUUGCCAUGAUUCUUUAGCUGGGGUUUCUUCAGUCUUCGGAACUCACCAUGUUCUCUUAGCAUUCUCUUAGCAAUGGCGCCCACCUGAGAGGUGCUGGAACUGAGUUCCAGUGAGCUCUGACUGGAACAAAGCUCUGAUGAAGAGAAGAGUUUGGAUUUGAUAUCCCACUUUAUCACUACCCUAAGGAGUCUCAAAGCGGCUAACAUUCUCCUUUCACUUCCUCCCCCACAACCCUUGAGGUGAGUGAGGUUGAGAGACUUCAGAGAAGUGUGACUAGCCCAAGGUCACCCAGCAGCUGCAUAUGGAGGAGUGGGGAAGCGAACCCGGUUCACCAGAUUACGAGUCCACUGCUUUUAACCACUACCACUACACUGGUAGGGUAGAUUCUCCUUGCCACAUGUGCCUGCCUGCCCAUCUUUAUCUAUGUAGUCUCUUGUUGCCUCUAACUGGGUUUCCCAGGGUGUUGUUCUACCAGCUUUGGUUGGUUGCCCAGCUGCAGCGCUGUCCAGAUGAAGAUAACCUGGCUUUAGUGAUCUAUGACUUGCAGAAGGCUAUCAAUGGCUACUAGCCGUGAUGCCUAUGCCCUGUCUUCACUGUAAGUGGUAGUAAUGCUUCUGAAUAUCAGUUGCUGGAAACCACAAGAGGGGAGACAGGCUCUUGUGCUUGGCUGCUGCUUGUGGGUUUCCCACCGGCAUCUGGGUGGCCACUGUGAGAACAGGAUGCUGGACUAGAUGGGCCAUUGGCCUGAUCCAGCAGGCUCUUAAGUUCAGUGUUGAAGUAAGAUGAACUCUUCGGCCAGUCAACAUCUGUAUACGGAGGGGUGUCAUUCUUCCCACAAACAGCAAAAUGUCUUUCGUCUGCCCUGUUAAGAGAGAGCAGUUCUGAGCAUCUUUCCUUUCUCUAAAAACAAUUCUUGCUUUGAUUUUUUAUAUAUACUACAAACACAUUUGGACUAAGGGUGACUGACUUUUCUUACACAGCUGCUGCUGUUAUUCCCCCCCUUUCUGUUUCACCCUCCUUUUUGCAGGUGUUUUGAUCCCUCUCGUUGUUUCUGAGCGGGGAUUGCAACCCUUGGUUGUAAAGGAACAACAGAAUGAAGUCUGGGAAUUUUACCAGGAAAUGGUAAUUGAGCUUUAACAGCUAUGUUUAGGAUACAAAAGAGCCUGUUGUUUCUCUUCCUUUCCUUAAUUAUCACAGUUUAUUGACAAGGCAAUAAUCCUGAUUGCUCUGUGACGUUUGUCAGGCAUGAUGGGUUUGGGCUCUGAGCCCGAACCAUCGACUUCUGGUUAGUGCAGCAGAUACUUGCUGCUGGUAAUACUCAUGGUCUUUCCCUCAGUAACAUUACUCCUACUCCUGAAUGUCAAUACUACAUCUCAUGUUUAACCCGUAGCAGCUGCUGUUUUGACUUAGCUCCUAUUGACAUUUAACUGCUCAGUUUCAGACUCAGGCUGGUGGGUGUAAGAGACACCAUAGCAGACACCAAUUAUGUUAGCCUGCUAUUAUUUAAUCUUGAUCGGUACUCAGUUUUGCUUCUGAGUCGAGAUCAAAGUACCGGCUUCAUUGGGACCUACAAGCCCUGGAAAGCUAGGGACUAGGAUAUUUGGAAGGCUGUCUGCUUUCAUAUGCUUCUGUCAGCCUAUUCAGAUCUUUGAGGAGAAACCCAGUUCCAAACCACUUUCCCCUGCCAUCAGCAGUGUCGUUUAUGGGAAGGGACCUUCUCUCUCGCUGCUCCCAGGCUGUGGAUGAACUCCCUUCCCUUGGGAGACUCAGCUUGUCUCGACUUCACUGACAUAAGAACAUAGUCUAACAUCCUGUUCUGCUUGCUGGGUUUCUCUAUGGAAAACCAGCAAGCAGGUUUCAAGCACAAAGCACUGCCCUGCAACUGGUAUUCAGAGCAUCAUUGACUCCAAGUGUGGAGACAGAGCACAGCCAUCAGGCAUGCUUCUUCCUUCCUUCCAGCUGCUCUGCCAGCUUUUAUUACUGAACUUGCAUAUUGCCUCAACAGGAAAACAGCAGCAGCUUCCAGCCAGCCUAGAUCCAGCUCCCUUUCACAGAGUGCAAUUUUGGAAUAAGAUUUUGCUCCUCUUGAGUUAAGGGGAUCUUAGUUCUAUUUUUUUUUAAGAAUAAUUUUUUAUUAACCGACCAAUCACAUCAAAUCAAACCAAAUUACAUAAAUUCCAAAUUACACAGCCGAAUUUUAAAAUUUUGUUGGGGGUACCCAUAUUUCAAGUUCCGAAGGUGAUCCAAUCAACUUCUUGCUUCUUACUGCUGUUUUAAUGUCCACAAAUCUAACCUUAUGAUGUUCACAGUACUAUCCAGUCCUUUCUUAUUGUUUUUCCACAUCUCUUGUUGUUAUUUUCAUAUAUUUUCCUUUCUCUUUGUGACCUCUGAUAGUCUCCACAAGCUGGUUAGAACAGUUUGUAAUCCUGCAUGGAUAUUAUUUUUUUUAUCCAGUAGCCAUAUCCAGACGUUUUCCAUAUAACAUCACUUCCAUACAUCAAAACAGUCUUAGCAUCAUUAAUCUUCACCAAUCUGCCUCCUUUCUCAAAACCUCUGAGGAGAUUCACUAGGAAUACAGUCUGAAAACAAGUCCGUUCUUCCUCCCGGCUAUAAAUCCUUUGGCAAGAUGGCGACUCCGAAUUAAUUGCUGUGCCAUUCCCAAAAGCUCUUAUUGCUUCUCGAUUUCCAUAAAGCAUACUUUUGGUUAAAGUUUAUCAAGGGGAUCUUAGUUCUAGACAGGGCAAUGGAAGGGAAAGGAGGUCUCCUUCUGAUGGUACUCAGUAGGUUCUGUUGCUGUGAACCAGGAGAAGACAUAGAAUGAGCAAAGUCUUGGGCAACCCCAGUGGGCGUAAAAACACAAGAACCCUGUUGGAUUGGUUCCAGCUAGUCAACCACUCUGUUUCCCAUACACUCCAACAUGUUGCAGCAGGAAACUAGGGUGCCUGUUUUUCAGGGCGUGCAUUUGCAUGAGUCAGGUGAACCACACAAGAGCAUGGUGCCCUAAAACAUGUGCCUUUCAGGUUGCGAUCUUACAUGUUUUGGGGUGUCGCCCUCCCAAACAGGAUGACCCAAUUUAAUCAGGCAGUUGCAGGAUAUGUGUUUCCCAUGGUGAUGUUCUAUAUCGUGUCUGCAACAUACAGCUUUGCUGUGAUAAUCUAGCUUUUCUCAGACUGGUUUCCAUUGUUACGCUAACAUGAGGCACAGAUACCUCACACUUCCUGUUGUUUGGCAUCUCUGCAGUGGCUGAGGCAGAGCUUUCCUAUAUUCCAAUGCUGGACAGCUCAAGGUAAGUUUCUGCUGUGUUUCCUUUCCAAUGGUGUCAUAUACAAAACUCAAACUUGUGAGCAUAACUUGAACAAGGCAAAUAGACAGAUACGGUGAUGCAGCACCAUAAAUGUCCAAGGCAGAAGAACAUUAUAUUAGAGUUUUUCCCCUCCCCCCUGUUUUCUCUGUCCCAACAAGCUUACAGCCUGAGUCACAUGUAUACAGUACUAGAACGAUACUGCAGUUUUCCUGUGGAGGGGAGGGUAUCAGUAGCAGGAGCAAGGCUCAUCUAUCAAUGUUAUGCCUUAUCAACGGAGAACUACACACCAAGUAGUAAAGUUUCCAUAGCUACAAAGCUUUACAGCUGUUCCUUUCUAAAAGAAAUGGUGUCUGAUCACAUUCACGAGUUGUCUUUAUUUCCCCCUCUUUCCGUCAACUGAUUUUGUGUUCUCUUUUCUCACCCCUCCCCACCUCCUACCAACUGAAGCAACAAUAGUUUCUUCAGUUUGGUCAGAUUUACACUUCUCAGUUAUAGCGGAGAAUAAAUCCAUUUCACUAUGAAGAGGAUUUAAUGCAUUUGGGUUCCAGGCUGGGUCAAAAUGACCCAAGAUACAUUCUAACUAACUAGGGAAGGGACUGUGGCUCAUUAAGAAGAAGUUAUAUUGAUGGUUGGCCUGUGGAAGCAAUUCCCAGUCUUUCUCCCUUCUUUUUUAAGAGGGCAAUGGAAAACACAGAAGCAAUCCCAAUGACAGACAGUAAAGUUUGUAUGAUGGAUGGAUCAGUUAGUCAUCUGAGUCAGGCAUGGCUCACUACUCUUACAGCCCAGACUAGGCAGCUGCUCUUAAAUGUCAUCAGAUGCUAUUUUUAAUCCACAAAGUUAGGGUACCAGUCCAUUUCAUAUCAGAUCAGGGAGAAGACACUGUAGAAUUCUCAACAAGGUUUAGAGACCUGCUCCUGAAUAUACCCAAGAUUAAAUGCCACAGAGCAGUGUAUUUAUUUUAGAGGUAUGAGUUGUAUCCAAUAUUAGUUCUACCCAGAAUGGACACAUUGAAAUUCAUGAACAUGACUAACUAAGGUUCAUUAAUUUCAUUGGAUCUACUCUGAGUAAAACCUAGUUGGCUGCAAUCCUAUAGGCUGACCUUAGUUUCAAUGCAUACAAUGUAUGCCAUACAUAGUACGUCAAAUAUGUUCAAGCAGGUCAACAUAUUGCAUUCCAGGUUUCUCAGCCAUAUUUAGGGAGGUGAUGUUACAAACUUUUUUUUUUUUUGAAAUAAUUUUUAUUAAAGUUUUAAACAAAGAAAAAAGAAAAAACAACACACACAGAAAAACAAUACAAAAUUUAACAAUAAAAACACAAAACAUAACAAUUAAAAACAAACUCUCUUUUCCAUUCCCAAUUUUAAAUUACUUAUUUUCUGGACUUCCUCAUACCUCCCUCUUUUGUAUUCCAAUCUACAUUAUUUGUCCAGCAGUUUCUUUUCCACUUUUUAAACCCAAUCUUUAAUUUAGUAAAAUAUUAAAAUAUAUAGCUUCAACUUUUUAAACAUAAUCCUUGUUCUUAAUGUCAUAUACCUUUAAAUUUUUCCCUUUUAUUAUCAAAUUUCCAUUUCUUUAAACAUCUUUAAUCUUGAUCUUUAAUCUUAAUCUAUCCUUAACUUUAACCUGUACAGCUGGAAACCACUUAUUUUCAAUCCAACAUCACUCUAACAUUCCUUAAUUUUGCAGUGUUUCUGAAGAUAGUCUUUGAAUUUCUUCCAGUCUUCCUCCAUCGACUCUUCUCCCUGGUCACGGAUUCUGCCAGUCAUUUCCGCCAAUUCCAUAUAGUCCAUAAGUUUCAUCUGCCAUUCCUCCAGCGUGGGAAGUUCUUGUGUCUUCCAAUACUUUGCGAUGAGUAUUCUUGCUGCUGUUGUUGCAUACAUAAAGAAAGUUCUAUCCUUUUUAACACCAUUUGGCCCACUAUGCCCAGGAGAAAGGCCUCUGGUUUCUUGGGGAAGGUAUACUUAAAUACCUUUUUAAUUCAUUAUAUAUCAUUUCCCAGAAAACCUUAAUCUUUGGGCACGUCCACCAAAGGUGAAAAAAUGUACCUUCAGUUUCUUUACAUUUCCAACAUUUGUUAUCGGGCAAGUGAUAGAUUUUCGCAAGCUUGACUGGGGUUAUGUACCACCUGUAUAUCAUUUUCAUAAUAUUCUCUCUUAAGGCAUUACAUGCCGUAAAUUUCAUACCAGUGGUCCAUAACUGUUCCCAGUCAGCAAACAUAAUGUUAUGUCCUACGUCCUGUGCCCAUUUAAUCAUAGCCGAUUUUACCGUUUCAUCUUGAGUAUUCCAUUUCAGCAGCAAGUUAUACAUUCUUGACAGAUUCUUAGUAUUGGGUUCUAACAAUUCUGUUUCUAAUUUUGAUUUUUCCACCUGGAAGCCAAUUUUCCUGUCUAAUUUAAAUGCCUCCAUUAUUUGAUAAUAAUGGAGCCAGUCUCGCACUUUGUUUUUUAAUUUUUCAAAACUCUGCAAUUUCAGUCUAUCUCCGUCUUGUUCCAAAAUUUCCCAAUAUUUUGGCCAUUUGACCUCCAUAUUGACCCUUUUCAAGGCUUUCGCUUCCAUUGGUGACAGCCACCUUGGGGUUUUAUUUUCUAGCAAAUCCUUAUAUCUAAUCCAAACAUUGAAUAACGCUUUCCUGACAAUGUGGUUUUUAAAUGCUUUGUGUGCUUUGACCUUAUCAUACCAUAAAUAUGCAUGCCAUCCAAAUACAUUAUUGAAACCUUCCAAAUCCAAAAUGUCAGUGUUUUCAAGAAGUAGCCAUUCUUUCAACCAGCAAAAAGCUGCUGAUUCAUAAUAAAGUUUGAGGUCUGGCAGGGCAAAUCCACCUCUUUCCUUUGCAUCUGUUAGUAUUUUAAAUUUUAUUCUAGGUUUCUUGCCCUGCCAGACAAAUUUAGAAAUAUCUUUCUGCCACCUCUUGAAACAGUCCAUUUUGUCGACAAUCUGCAAAGUUUGAAACAAAAACAACAUUCUAGGCAAUACAUUCAUUUUUAUCGCAGCAAUACGGCCUAGCAGUGAAAGCUUCAAAUUUGACCAAAUUUCUAAAUCUUUUUCACUUCUGACCAACAUUUUUCAUAGUUAUCUUUAAAUAAAUUCCCAUUUUUUGCUGUCAUGUUAAUCCCCAGGUAUUUAACUUUCUUAACCACUGUUAACCCUGUCUCAUUCUGAAACCUCUCUCUUUCAAACGGUGUUAAAUUUUUCUCUAAAACCUUGGUUUUAAAUUUGUUCAAUUUAAAUCCUGCCACUUGACCAAAUUCUUGAAUCAGUUCUAAAACCCUUUUUGUACUAGAUUCUGGCUCCUGUAACGUCAAUACUAAGUCAUCUGCAACAAACUUCUUAGGAAAUGUGUGCUAUCUUCUGAUGAUGGCUUCACAACCGUCACUUCAUUUUAAAGAAAGUAUUCUCCAGAUUGAUACAAGAUUUAUUAUGGAUGCCUUUUCCUAACCUGUAAAUGACACACUGAAAUGUUUUCUGCUAUAUAGUGUUGUUCUUAAAUGAAAGAUUACCAGUUUCUCACAGUAGUUUAAAGUGUUGUGGCUGCUACUGUAUUUUACAAGAACAAUAAGAUUGCGUCUGUUUCUAUGUGGCAAAAUUCAUUCACCAUACACACACACACACACACACACAAACGUGUUAGUGUUUGUGUUUGUGUGUGUGUGUGUGUGUGUGUGUGUGUGUGGAAACAGUUGGUCCUGGCAAGUAUUAACCACUGUCAAUUGCAACCUGAUAAUUGCCACCUGCCCAGAUUUUAACCUGUCUGAAUUAAUUUUAAGAUGUAUUUUAAUUAAGUGAUGUCUGUUUUUAUGCAUAUUGUGUUGUUUUUAUGAUGUUAGCCUCUCUGAGCCCCGCCUUGGCCAGGGAGGAUGGGAUACAAAUAAAUUAUUAUUAUUAAUAUUUAUUUAUUUGUUGUUGUUGUUGUUGUUGUUGUUGUUGUUGUUGUUAUUAUUAAUACUAUUACAAAACGAGGGAGUGGUGCCUGUAAGAAUGCAGAUCUGAUUUUAUAACGGUUUGGCAUAUAUUCCAAUUAUAGUUGAUAUUAAAAGGCCUGUGCUGUUCUGACGUACAGGUCUGUGUCAGACCUAAAGCCAGGUGUUUCUGUCUGUCAAAGAACGGGGGGAAGCUUAUAGCUCAGUCAGUAGAGCAUGAGACUCUUAAUCUCAGGGUUGUGAAUUUGAGCCCUAUGUUGGGCAGAAGAUUCCUCCCAUUCUCCUGCCUUAGCUUCUGCCUCUGAUUUUGGACUUCUGUCUGCCACAGAUUCUCCUAGCUCACUAAGCCCUGUUACCUCUUCUGCUUCUGACACCUAUUCUUCCAGUCUGCUCCCUCGUCUUCCUCUGACCACUUAUCAUUGUCCCACCACCACUCCCUGGGCUCUGAGCCUUCUUCCCUUGGUUCCUUCCACCAUUCUUCUGCAUCCAACCAGUCCAUGACAGUGAAUCACAUUUCGAUGGACAGUAGAUAUAAAUAAUAUAGAUGACCAGUGUAUCUUACACUUCACAGAAGGAAUACAAUAAUAGGAAAUGAGCUUUAAAAAGAAGGAAAAAAUGGGAUGUAUAAAAAAUAUUUUAAUGCCAUCCAACUUGGUGGCUAUUACUACCAAUAUCCAAGCUCUGGUGUUUUUUGUGUGUGAGAGAGAGACUGUCUUCAUCCCCAUUACUUCAUCCUCUCCAAAAAAGCAACCUUAUAUUGAGAAAAGAGGAAGGGUUCACUGGGGAGAACUCAGUCACAGGAGAGACUUUGAUGGUCUCCCCUUAAUGUACUUGUGAAAGAAGAAAAAGUAACAAUAUGCAUAACAGGUUAUACAAACAGCAGUAAGUCAUGCAAAAUUCAACAGCAUAUCCAGUUUUCUUCUGUUGAAAGCCAUUAAAAUAUAUAUUAGGUGGGAUCCUUGGCCAAUAGUUGAAUUAAAAGAUGCUGCAGAUCAUUAGGGGAAAAACAAUAACGGAUCUGACUAAUGAUCUUCAAGGCCUCAUUUGCUGACCAGUUAAUUAAGCAGGCUGCAUGGAUGACAGUGCUGUUAAUAAUACCGUUCAAUUACUGGGAAGCAAAUUAUUAUGAGGCAUGGAAAGCCCCCUUUGCCUGCUGUUUGAGGAGGGGAACUGUAGAAGACUUGUUAGAGAUUCGACAAUGAAUACAUCAUAGGAACGUAUGAAGUUACCUUAUAGCAAGUCAGAUCACGGGUCUAUCUAGUUCAGUAGUGCUGGCCUCUUCCUCAUCACCAACACCUUAACUGGUUCAACCCCUCAGCAUAUCCAUGUUGGGUGGGGAAAGGUCCCUGUCUAAAACCCUGGGCAGCUGCUGUCAGUCAUUGUAGGCGAUACUGACCUAGAUGGAACAAUGACCUGGCUCCGUAUAAAACAGCUUCCUUUGUUCCUAGCAUGCAAGGUCUGAAUCCUCAUGGAAGACAGGUAGCAAUCGAUCAGAUUCAAAACUAAUACUCAGAUAAUAGACUUCAACAUCAAAUAAGACACUUCUGCCACUAAGUCCAGUUUGGCACUAUCUCAGGGAUGGCAAGAAAGAUUUAUGUGCUGAUGUGUGCUUUGUGCUGACUUCUGAAUGAAAGCGGCAGUCAGAUGUGCGUACAGUUCAGUAGACCUCCUUGUCUGAGAACAGCUGAGGUCAACAAAACCUCAUUUAGCAAAGCAGGUAGUGGAUGCAUUUGGCUUAAAUUUCCACUCUCUUAGAUUGUGGAUAUAUCUAAAGAAAAGAAAAAGAGGGCUGUCAGGACAUGGUUUCAUCUUGGCAAUAAAAGCUGCAUCAAACAAAAUGUCUUCCCUUUCCAGGCAUGAAUAUAUGUGCAUAUAUGUCCAAAAAUAUAUGAGACAGGGGUGCAAUUCAAAUUCGUUUGCAUUUUUAUUAGCAACUACUCACUUUUCACGUCUCAAGCCAAUAAGCGAACCACAAUACUGUACGAUGAUCUUCCAAAAUUCACAUGUCUCCAAAUUUUGCAAUGCGUUUCUUCAACCAUCCAGUGUGUGCAAAAAGUGCAUUCAAUAUGGAAAGUGAGUGUAAAUGUGCAUAUAUAUUUGUGAAAAUAAUACACCAAAAUUGCAUCCUGUUAGGAGAGAUUCAUGGGGCGUGGGUGGAGUUGUGGUCUAAACCACUGAGCCUCUUGGGCUUGCCAAUCAGAAGGUCGGCGGUUCGAAUCCCCACGACGGAGUGAGCUCCCGUUGCUCUGUCCCAGCUCCUGCCAACCUACCAGUUCAAAAGCAUGCCAGUGCAAGUAGAUAAAUAGGUACCACUGUGGCAGGAAGGCAAAUGGUGUUUCCGUGUGCUGCUCUGGUUUCGGUGUUCCGUUGUGCCAGAAGCAGCUUAGUCAUGCUGGUCACAUGACCCAGAAAAACUGUCUGUGAACAAACGCCAGCUCCAUUAAUCUGAAGCGAGAUGAGUGCUACAACCCCAGAGUUGUCUGCGACUGGACUUAACUUAACUGUCAGGGGUCCUUUACCUUUACCUUUUUAGGAGAGAUUCACACUGAAAGGCUGACAAAAUUUACACAAUGGUUUGUUUUAAGACUGCUAAAAUUAGAAACUGGUGAAGAGGGAAACUCAUGAAAAAAAUAUGUCCUAAAACUUCUGCAUUCGGCCCUGUGUUUUUCAAGGCAAUGGUACCUAAGGGAGAUGAGAUGCUAAAGAACAUCCGAUAUUAUAAGAAUCCAUUCCCAUGGGAAAAGAGAAGCCAGGGAGAUUACUUUGUUUCUCUCUCUUCAAAAAAGAGAUGUUAUAAAGCUUUCUGCCAUUGAUUAAUGAAGUUCAAAGAUUCCUUACUGGAACAUCCCCCUGGACUACCAAGAGAUGCUUUCAUCCCAAGAGGUCUGUCAAUGGUUUUCAGAAGGGAUGCUUAGCAAUGGCUCUCAGAAUCUAGUAUUUCAUUUCUUGAUCGUUCAGCAUUGCCUUUUUACACCAUUAACUCCAUCACAUAUUAAGGCAGGGUAUUAGAAUUUCCUAGCAUCCGAGUUUGGGUGGUGCUCCUCACAUAUGGUCCUUACACUAUAGUGGCACUGUUGUGCCUUUGUGGAGGUUUGGAGGUCUCCUCUGAGUAAGAGCUGGAAGCAAAUUUUGCUAGAAUUGAAAUUCUGAAAAAAAAGUGAGGGUUCUUGCUCAGGUGAGGAAUGUCAAGAGAAGCAAAACAGUUUUUGGAUAAAACUCAUGAAUUUUAUAUCGGAGCUCUGCCUCUUCUGAGGUUGCUACUGAAUUUCUCACCAAGUGGUGAAUUUUGAGAUCUUGGCUUGGGUGAAAGAUCAGUGGAAUUGAAAGAGAUCAAAUGGAGGUUCACAGCGGAAUCCUAUAGAGGUCUUCUUAGAAGUAAUUAUUAUUAUUAUUUAUACGUACAGGUCUCAGGGUGGUAAGUCACACUGAGCUCAGUGAAGCUUAUUCUUAGGUCAGUGGGAAUAAUAAUAACAACAACAACAACAACAAUUUUUUUAUUUGUAUCCUGCCUUCCCCAGCCAAGACCGGGCUCAGAGCAGAUAACAUUGUAACAUUCCCAUGGAUUCCUAACACUCUGGACCCUGCUCAGCAGUGUCAUAACCUUAGUGUAGGCUGGUGUCAACUUGGAUAGGAAAAGUCAGGAUGUUGAUGGUGGAAGGGUCUCAGGCUGGUGUGAGCACAAUCUAACUGGGUUCUAAAUGAGGGGAAGUAAUUUCCAAAGCCACUCUUCCCAAGCUUUGCCACCAUCACCAAGUACUUGUAUAUGUGACACUGCUAGGUUUUUGGUUUUCAAUUUGGGCUUUCUCAGUUUCUCUCCCCCCACCCGCUCUCACAUUCGUGCAACAAUUUCAAAAUUCCUUAGCAUUUGCUUUAGAAAGGUAUAUUUUUAUUGGCAUUUUCAAUAAACAGAACAAUCAUUUUACAACAGCAGAUUUAUUAUAUUAAGCACAUUUCAGUACGCAGUUUUGACUAAUAUGCACCAAUAUUGACUAAUAUUUCAAUCCCUUUCCCCUAAUAUUUUUUUUUGUUAGCUUCACUAAUGUAUGCAUCUUUAUGUACUCUUACCCCCGAUUUAUGCAUCUUUGUACACUUUGGCUGGAGAACUGCAUUGCCAAAUUCAGAGAAGUGUGCAUUUCAAAUGACAGCUGUCUUUUGGUUCAUGUAUAGCUUUGAGAAGUGCAAAUUAGGUAGUUUCCCACUAAAAUGCAAAGAAUAUCAAAUUUCUCUCCCAUCCUGGGACUGUGCUGUGUGCUGCACGAUUAGGCAGACAGUGGACCUGAUCCCUAGAUGCACAUGCACUGAUAGUCUUCUAAGAUCUCCCCUUUCACUGGACUGCUAACUUUACUCAACGCAUUACAGCGCCUGGCAGGUGAUUUGGCACAUGGUGUAAGUGUCAGACAGCCAUUUGCCUUGUGCACAGUAUUUUAGCCAGUCUACCUCCCAGCUUGUCUCUUUAUUGUCUUGACCUCAGGUCAUAACAUACAAACGAGAAAUGCACAAGCAUAACAUUUUGUACAUUGUCAAAGCAGUAUGCUGACAUAAAUGGUCAGAUACCUCAGGCAAAAGAAAAUCAAUUAUCCUUAAAACUGUCAGCUGUCUGGUUUUCCAGUUGAAGGUUUCUGAAUCUUUCUGCUACUAAAGCAAAGAUCUUGCUGGACUACAGCUCUCAUAAUCUCUGACCACUGGCUGUACUGGCUCAGGCUAACAGAAGUCCCAACAUCUGGAGGAUCAUGGGUUCCCCAUCCCCUUAACUCGGGGGGGGGGCAUAACUCAGUGGGAGAACAUCUGCCUUGCAUGCAGAAGGGCCCAGAUUCAAUCCCUGGCAUCUCCAGGUAUGGUGGGGAGAAACUCCUGCCUGAAGCUCUGGAGUCAUUGACAGUCACUAUAAACAAUACUAAAUUAGAUGGACCAAUGGUCUGACUCAAUGUAAGGCAGUUUCCUAUGUUUCCUAUGAAACUCUCAGCUUUUGCAAAUACAUAUCUGAACAUUUGUUGCGUUGAACAUGAGAGAAAGCACAGGGAAGAAUGUGGUAUAUCUAUCUAUAUCUAUCAUCUAUCUAUCUAUCUAUCAUCUAUCUAUCUAUCUAUCUAUCUAUCUAUCUAUCUAUCUAUCUAUAUCUAUCAUCUAUCUAAUCUAUCUAAUCUAUCUAAUCUAUCUAUAUCGAUCUAUCCAUCAUCUAUCUAUCAUCUAUCAAUCUAUAUCUAUCUAUCAUUUACCUAUCUAUCUAACUUUGGCUUCAUUAUAUGUGCAAGGUCCUCUGAAGUGGUCAUGCUGCAUAUAGAAAGCUUGUUUGGAUUGGCACUAAAUGGCUGUUUUCUUUCUUUUUUACCCAUUAUGAUGAUGCUGUGGCUUGGAAUUGGACAAUUCCUACCCAGAAAGAACAUCCUCAGUUCAGAACUCCCUGAGUGCAUUCUGUUCUGAAGUUCAGGCCAAGUACACCUGGCAUCUUCAUGCAACUGGUUCCCUCCUUCCCAAAAUGUAUGCAUGUUAAGGAGGCAGGAGGACAGUCUGGAUGUGGAGAGGGGAGGUCUCACUUACAAUUUUGGAUGUUUUCAUGGAGCAUCUAUUAAUGCUGAGGAGCACAGGAAAUGUAGUUUCCCGUGGCUCCCAGCUCCAUCCUUGUUAAUGUUUUACAGAUCUGGGGUGGCACCCAACUAAGUCUUACUAAGAAUAGGCUCCCUGAAAUCCAUGGACUUAAGUUUGUCACAUGGAAGUCCAUCAGCUUCAGGAGGUCUCCUCUGAGUAUGACUUAGAUACAACCCUUGGUUAAUAAGCUUAUGUGCUUUGUUUUAAAGUUUUACAACCUGCCUUCAGCCCUCUAGAGAGGGUAGGAUAGCAAUCCAAAUAAUAAAAAUGGAAGCACUGUGAAGUGUCAAUUUUCCCUGAGGAUGAGAAAAUUUAAGCUGCUGGGCAGAGGCAUCUGAAUUCCCUUCCUACUUGUUAAGUGCAACCCUCGGCUUUCUGAUUCCAACAGGAAGACAAAUGGGAGCUUUUGUAGCCAACACAUCCAUUUCCUAAUGGACUGAAAGCCUAUGGUAUUUAAGGGGCUUCCUUCUGGCACAAUCUCUAAGUCCAAGGGAUACGUUCUCAUGGCAGAGGCUUGAGUCUUAUUAGUGGACGUGCAGCGCUGAAGGCAGCUAAUGACAGUUUGGGGCUAAUGGUGCAUGAAUGCAGUAAUUUUAGUUGGUCAUUAUCACCCCUAGAAAAGACAUGGGUCGUGAUCAUAAUUGCUUAAAUAACAGGAAGAAAAUGUAUUUGAGAUGGGCUCAGAGGCACAGGUGCUCAGGAAUGCUAUCUCUCCCUUGUUCUCUGGGAGAUUGCAUUGUAAUGGAGUGUAGUUUGCAUCAAUGGUGUGUGAAGACUUCAUGUAUUUGGGCCAGCGGUGGGAUUUUGAACUGUUCAUUGCACAUUAUGACUUUAAAGGUCAAGCACUUUAAUAGUUGGCGGUUAAUUCAUUUCUGCUCUCACAUAUACUUUAGCACUAUCAUUUACAACCAUGAUCCUUUUUAUAAUACUUUUCAAUAUGUACUUUAAGGAGUGUCGUAGAAAAACGGCUUUAAAAUCGACAGUAACAGUGCUUGGGAACUUCAUUAUAAAAAGGAAUAAAUUCCAGUUCAAGUUCGCCGCCUCCAAAAAGGAACUAAUUCUGUCCCAGUUCAGGUUACAAUUCCAUUCAAAAUUCAUUCAAGUAGUCCUUGGUACUUUUUUUUAGCCACUAGAAUUUUACAAGCUGCUCUCCUCAAGAAUAAAAUAUAUUUAAGAAGACCAAGAAAGCAUCAGAACAUAACAACACAGUGUAAUGUGAACAGUUGUUUUAUUAAUUUCCCCAAAUAAUGAAAUGGCCACAAUCAAACACAGAGUUAAGUGUGAUGAAACAUAUACGAAUUGCACAUCACCCAGAUGUUCCACUGCAAAAAGAACUUAAUUCAGAUUGAGUUCAUCCCAAAAUUAUAGGUAUAAUUCAGAGAUUUUUGAAUUAAUUCAAUGGAUUAGUUAAUCUGAAUUAUUUCCUUCUAAGCAGUGGGCAGUGCCCAUUGAGUCUGUUAGCACCACUGGUUGCAGGUACAUCAUCUGCAGCACUGAACAAGAAACAGGUGGGACCUGGAGCAAAAUGAUACAACAUGGAAUGCCUCUGUUCAGGUCUACAGGCACUCAAUACUAUUUCUUUUCCUCACUUCAGUUUUCCUUUUCCUCACCCCAGCAGCCACGUAGCAUUCCAUGCCGUCUGAGUAUGCUCAGUCUUCAUUUGGCUGUUUUCUGUUUCUUGGUUUUCUCCCUAUAUUCAUUUUUUUGCACUUACGUAAAUUGAGAAUUGACAGAGCUAUUUGCAUCUAUGAAACCAAGCCUUAUGAGGAGUGGUUGAAGGAGCUGGGUGUAUUAAGCCUGGAAAAGAGGAGACUGAGAGGAGAUAGGAUAGCCAUCUUCAAAUAUCUCAGGGGGUGUCACAUGGAAGAGGGCACAAGCUUGUUUUCUCCUGCUCUCGAGGGUGGGACUUGAACCAAUGGUUUCAAAUCACGAGAAAGGAGAUUCCAACUAAAGAUCAGGAAGAUUCCAACUAAAGAUCGUUUCCUGCUUGGCAGGGGGUUGGACUCGAUGGCCCUUGUGGUCUCUUCCAACUCUAUGAUUCUAUGAUUCUAUGAUUCUAAGAACAUUCUCGUGGUAAGAGCUGUUCAACAGUGGAACAGUCUCCCUCGGGAGGUAGAGGACUCUCACUCCUUUCUCACCAGCAGAUGAAGGCUGUUCUAAUCACAGAAGCAGACAGACAUUACCCGAAGUGUUCAGACUGGUCCUAGACGAUUGGCAACCAUGGGCAGACUAUAUUUGGGUGCUAUUGAAAUUAAUGCAACAAGUUAGUGUUAAUUUCCAUUGAUUACAGGGAACUAAGUACAACAGUAUUAUUCUGGUUUUUUUUAAUUAUGAACUUUACAGUUUUAUAUUCCACACAUUUGUCAUGUAAAAGAAAAAUAAUAAAAGAAUCAAAAUAUCCCCCCACACUAUGACUUCCCUCAGCUUCCCCUUCUGGUUCAUUAAAUGUUUGCUGCUUCUGCUUAACUGUUAUCUUUUGAUUAAAUGCUCUUAUAUUCUCAUCAUUUUUUUUUUAUACCAUAUUUUCUUUCCAAUUAUGUCUUAUCCUUAGUUAGUUUCCAAACUGUUGUUUCUUAAUCUUUACAUUUGUUUUCUUAAUUGUAAGUGUUUACUCGAAUCCUGCAACAGUCUUAUUCUGGAUCCAACUGCUUAUUUCCUUCCCUGACUGUAAUGAUUCUGGGUUCAAAGGCAGACUAGAAGAAUGAAGAAUGGCUGGAAGCAAUUUUUUUUUUUAGAGCUUGUGCAAGAACCUCUGGGCAUUUGGAACUGCCUGAGCCAUGUGACUUUAGGCUGAGUCCUAAAAUUACCAACUUCUUAAUACUUAAGGGUUUAAAAUUUAGAGAUAUUCCCUGUCUUUGCUCUGAUUGGAAGGCUCAGAAAAUGUUUUCUUCCCCCUCCCUGCAACUACAGAAUGGUUGGUAACUGGAAGCAUGGUGUGGCUUGUCGGAAAUCACUGCCAUUUCUUUGUGUACCCUGAUAAGCAGCUUCAUCAAACAACUGCAAAACCCCUCCAAGGAAAUUGAGUUUUGGAGGCAAAUAUAGCAUGGUACAAACUGCACUAAGCCUGGAAGGGGAGCUUUUGAUUUCAAAGCAUGAAAGGAGGAAACAUAAUAAUAAGCCACAAGAAGCAGAGAAAAUUGCUGGCACACUUGGUGAACUGUGUUCUGAAGAGAUGCAACCUCCACAGAACCAUGCCCCUGGGCUGUUGCUUUCUUGGCUUUGUUUUCACAGUCCCUUUCAGAUUAUGCCAGCCUCCCUCAACCUGGUUUCCUCCAGAUGUUCUUGGACUACAAUGGCCAUCAGCCCCAGUCAGUGUGGCCAAUGGUAAGGAAAGAUGGGAACUGUAGUCAUAACCACAUCUGGAGGGCUUCAGGUUGGAGAUGGCUGGGAUGUGGCGUGGCCAUUGCAAUGACUUGUUGUCACGGUCUGGUCUACUGGUGAUCAAAGUCCUGGCUGAGGACGUUGGGACCAGGGGCAAGAUGGCGGGGUGGGAGCAGGAACGAGAGUCCAGAAGUCAAGGGUCCGAGGGUUGAGAAGCAGGGAGUCAGGAAGCCGAGGUCCAAGGAUCAGGAAGCAAGAAGUCAAAUGCAGCAAGGCAGGAAAUGUGUUGAUGUGGCAAAGAGCCGAAGGGAAAUGGUGACCUUAUAUACCUUCCUGGCUCUUGCCACCAGGUGCAGUGAGUUACCAAGCUGCCUCACCUGUGUGGCCGCGCCUUGCCUCUCCAGAACAAACUUAGGAAGGCCCCAGUCCUGCGAAGCCCUACUGGUCACAGGGCCUGGCUCCUGCACGCACUCCUGACACUUGCGGUGGUGGGGUUGUGCCAUUCAAUGUGUGGAUGACACUGACACACUCAGAACCACCUUUAACCAGUUACGAGAACAAAUAUUUUGGCCUCCAGUGAAAUAUUGCAGGCUUCCUUUUGCAGGCUGGUGAAGAAGGGACUGAAACCAUAGCUCAAACAGCCUACGUUGAAUUUUUCUGCUCAAACAGAGCCACCUCAUUCUAGUUUUGUCUCCAUACUGCUCUCUGCUAAGUUCUACAAGGGCAGCGCUGAUACUGAGGAGGAAGUGGACAGGUAGCAUUGCCACCCUCUGGGCACUGUAAUUUGUUUAGGGCUGUUGCAAAUUGUAACUCUGUGUGGGGUGAAUUACAGUGCCCAGAUUUCUUUGAGGAAAGUGAUGCGCUUCGAAUGUGCUUUAUAGUGUGUACAUCAGGGAUCAGCAAACUUACCGCACCUCUGGCCAGUGUCUCCAGCGCCAAUUGCGUGGCAGGCCGGAGGGUGGGGCAGUGCGUGCCCAUACGCGUGCGCACAAGCUAUUUCUGGCGCACUUCCGGGUCGGAGGAGCACCAGAAAUAGCUUGUGCGCAUGUGCACGGGCCUCCUCCGACCUGGAUGUGCACUGGAAAUAACGCUUGCGCAUGUGCAACUAACGCUUGCACAUGCACACAAGCUAUUUCUGGUGGUCCUCUGACCCGGAAGUGGGCAGCCGUGCGGCGCAGUGCCGGUAAGAGCGGGUGGCGGCAGUGGGGGUCGCCACGGGCCAGAUAAACGAGUCCCUCGGGCCUUAUCCAGCCCGUGGGCCUUAGUUUGGGGAUCCCUGGUGUACAGAGCCUUUGACUUGUCCAGUGGAUAGUGAGAAGCCAGGGAUGGAAGAGUGAAAGUGAUGUUUCCUUUCUGGAGAUGGUCAAUGUACUCCUCCCAGCUUCAUCGAUCACAAUGUGGUAAGGCUGGCCUUGGGGGUGGCCUUUCCUCAGGGAUCCACGCAAAGUUGUUGAAAGUGCUGGAUCUUUCACACAGGCUCAUAUGUUGGGCCUCCAGUUCACAGGAAACAAAAAUGAUGGAUCGCCCUGAUUAUGCAUAAUCAGAACGUUUAAGAUGGGAUGCCUAGCUCCACCGCCUCUUGUAAAUUUACCGUGGGAUGCAUAUGUCAGAAUCUGGCAUCGAGGAAGGUUGCUCUUUGUAAACAACAGAGAAAUGGGCUUAUUUUGUAGAAAACUGCAGCUGCCUAUUGAUGAGACAAAUUGCUGUAAAAAUGGCUAACUGGGAUGGGUGGAUCAAUUUCCACAAUUUAAACAAGACAGAUUUACUUCCUUGGCCGCAGUGGCUUGGCUUGGUGCUUUCAGCAUCCUCAUCUUAGCCUCUUCCUGAGCAGGAUUUCACAGAUGCCUGUUCAGACCCUCAGUUGGUGAUUGAAAAAAAAUCCAAAAAGGCAGGAAAGGAUUCAGGGAAGCCACUGUUGCUCAAGGGUGAAGACAGCAGGGUGUGUGAGGAAAGACUGAAGAGAUUAUUAUUGUUUAGCCUAGAAGUGGGAGGGGGACACAACUGAACUGACACAGUUUUGCUCCUUUUAAGUUUUUCGCCCACCCCCAAAAUGAAAACCCAGAAAAGGAAUUUCUUCCCUUGAAAUUUCAUUGAAAAUAGAGUUGCUCAUCUUGCAGGAGAUAUGCAAGGUCCUAUGAAGUGUAGUAGAGGGAAAGGAUGAAAACUCUGCAGGAUGGGAAUUGCCAGAAUGUGAGAUAGCCUUAAAUUACUGUGUCGGCAAAUACUAAUGUUAUUCUUUGCUACAUUACGACAAAGAGCUGUUGGUUGGUUGUACCACUUCAGAUUGUAAAUGGGGGGAUUGCUUGGUUGAAUACCUCCCCGUGAAAAUGUGGGGCUCUGUGCAUAUGGAGCUCUGGAUCAGUGCAGUGUGUAGAGCUGGGAUGGAAUGCUUUCUUUCCAUUGGAAGGUGGGGGAAAUGGGGUGGGAGCUUUCAUAAGGUUUAGCUGGCCACAAUGAUGGGGAUUCCUUUCUCCAUUCCACUCCCUGUCUCCAACUUGUUUGACCACAACUUGCAGUGGAUGAAGUCCUUGCAGAAAUGUAGGAAACUGCUUUAUACUGAUUACAGGUAGGUAGCCGUGUUAGUCUGCCGUAGUCGAAACAAAAUUAAAAUAUUCAGAUACAUAUACAGUUACAGAUAUAUAUACGGGUCUGGUGACUUCUGUUUCAGUGUAUCUGCAGAAGUGUGCAUGCACAUGAAAGCUCAUACCAAUAACAAACUUAGUUGGUCUCUAAGGUGCUACUGGAAGGAUUUUUAUUUUAUUUUAUACUGAGUUAGACCAUUGGUCCAUCUAACUUAGUAUUGUCUACACUGACUGUGGGAUGCGGGUGGCGCUGUGGGUAAAACCUCAGCACCUAGGACUUGCCGAUCGCAUGGUCAGCGGUUCGAAUCCCCGCGGCGGGAUGAGCUCCCAUCGUUCGGUCCCAGCUCCUGCCCACCUAGCAGUUUGAAAGCACCCUUAAGUGCAAGUAGAUAAAUAGGUACCGCUUUAUAGCGGGAAGGUAAACGGCAUUUCCGUGUGCUGCUCUGGUGCCAGUUCGCCAGAGCAGCUUCAUCACGCUGGCCACGUGACCCGGAAGGGUCUGCGGACAGUGCUGGCUCCCGGCCUCUAGAGUGAGAUGAGCGCACUACCCUAGAGUCUGUCAAGACUGGCCCGUACGGGCAGGGGUACCUUUACCUUUACACUGACUGGCAGCAGCUCUAUGGGGUUUCAGGCAGGAAGUCCUUUCGAACUCUACCUAGAGAUGCCAGGCACUGAGCCUGGGACCUUUGCUUGCCUACUCAAAUCCGUGGUUCUUCCUCAUAUGAUGGCUGGCAGAUGCCAGUUCUCCCCCCACUCUUGCCACCGCUGGUAAUGAUUCUCUUUCCCACAGCCUGAGAUUUUGUAGGAUUUGGCCAUCACCCUUUCCGUCCUCAGUCUCAGAGCACCUGUUUGACCCAGGCCACUUUCCAAGCUGAGCCCUAGACCACGGAGCAGCUGUUCACACAAACCACCCUAUGCAGAAAUAUUGCUGGCACAGCAGAAUGGGCUGUAGCUAAGCGGCAGAAUAUCUCUUUUUAAUGCAGCAGGUUCCAGGCUGAAUCCCUGGAAUCUCCAGAUACGGCUUGUAAAGACUCUGCCUGAACCUUGGGAGAGCUGCUCCCAGCCAGUGUCAGCUGUUCUGCACUAGAUGGACCAAUAGUCUCACAGCUUUAAGGCAGCUUUCUAUAUUUUUUACGGAUGCAACUGCUGGAGUAGGAGGCUUCUGCCUGAGGCAGGAGAUAACGACUCUCUAACAGUGCUGGAAGAAGGUUUUUAAUACCAAGAAUGGAGAGACUCCGCAAUGAUGUAGGGGGUGUAUAGCGAAGGGUAAUGGGAUGCAAUUGAGCAGAGAAAUUCAACGUAGGCUGUAUGUAAGGAAAACUUCCUAAUGGCAGGCUCUGCAAAGCUCUUUACAGAUUUCCCCAGGGAUUGCUGUGAGGAACCCUUCCACUCCCGGCAUUUCAGUUCAUAUAUAACAUCAGGCUUUCAAACUGCGCUCCAGGGAAUCUUGGGGAUCCUUGAGGGCUCCUCAGGGGCUUCUCAAGGUGAACAUCAGCAAUGGGCAGAAGCAAUGGGCAGAACAACAUGAUUGAUGUUUGCCUGCCAUGCCAACAGUACACUAGAUUCAGGAUGUGCAGGGGUAGGCAGAUCUAUCCAAUCAGUUUCUUUUCAUUUCUCAUUUUCCCAAUCUUAACUUCUCCACAUUUCUACAUCCAUUUGCGAAUUAAAGGUCCCAAUGAAAGUGCACCAGUAUUUUAGGAUAACAGAAACAUUAUUGCAUGCAACAUUGCAACAUUGACUACUACACAGGUUUGCAAGCAAUUUCUCCCAAUACAGUGCAUUUUAAAAAAUCAUUUUCACUGAUGCAUUGAUGCAUGCUCAAAGCCUGCAAAUUACGUGGUUGGAGAAUGGCACUGCAAAGUUCAUUCAAGUAUGGAUUUCGAAGGAUAGUAGUGUUUCAAUCUUCCGUCAACAAUCCUUACAUUGGCAAAGCAGCACAAAUGGUGUAUGAGAGGAGUGUCAGAGGUCUUGGGGGAACUUAAAGGAUUGGAGAUGCACAAAACAGCUUUGGGGAAAAAACACAAAGGGGACCCUCUCAGCCAGCCAAAAACCCAGCCCUUUGAGAACUGGGCAUGCUCUGUGGAGAGGCAAAAUGGAAUGGGAAAAAAGCAUGGAUCACAGGCUGGAAACCUGAACAGGAACACUCCACACUGCAGCAUUUUGUUGCUGGUCUCAUUUGUGCAAACUGAAUGUGCACUCUAAAUGGUGGCCCCAAAUCCUUUGCAAUACGUUGGGGAAUUUUGUGGCCCCAAAGAGGUUUCUUAGUAAAAUGUUAGGAAUCACAAGGCAGAGAAACCAGUAGGAGAACACUUCAAUCUCCCAGGACAUUCUAUACAAGAUCUCAAAGUAACUAUCAUAUUACAAAAUAAUAGAUUGGAAAGAGAAGUUGCUGAAUUGCAACAUUACCAAACUUAAAACCAUGGAGAGACCUGGUCUAAAUAGAGACACUGGAUUCUUAUCUCAUUAUACAUGAUAAAGCUAUUUUUAGCCAUCUCACCCCUUGCUUUUUCCUGUAAGGCCAACUGCAGUCGUUAACAGUCGUCAACAGGUUUACCACACCUAUCAGCCAAUCACCCAUUCCCACCACCCUUCUGAGUAAUACCCGUCCCCACCCUUUCACUAUAUAGAAGGGUGACUUCUGUUUUAGUGUAUCUGAAGAAGUGUGCAUGCACACGAAAGCUCAUACGAAUAGCAAACUUAUUUGGUCUUUAAGGUGCUACUGGAAGGAAUUUUUUUACUUAGUAAAAUGCUUGAUGUGAAAGCUGGAUUAGGUUGGCAUCCGUCUUGUCUUGAGAGUCAACAGAGGAGUGUGCCUUUGGGUGUGAAGUCAAAACAGUUGGAAGGUUUUUACUUCACCCCCAAAAGCUGUGGCUGUAGAGGUAUGGGGGAGACAUGUUUUCUUGCAGCUGGGGCUAUAUAGUAAAACUGCAAGGAUGUCAUCACGCUGCACUUUGUGUGGCCACCAGCAGGCAGCCACGAAAACUGCAGCACGGUGAUGGAACAGCCUGCUGUCCUGCCUGUUCCUCUUCAGGUUUCCUGGGCUCAGGUUUCGGUGAUCUGUAGGUGGAGGGGUGUGUGCACAUUUGGGACAAUCUAUAAGAGGAAGGGGGAUGCGGGUGGUGCUGUGGUCUAAACCACUGAGCCUAGGGCUUGCCGAUCAGAAGGUUGGCGGUUUGAAUCCCUGCGACGGGGUGAGCUCCUGUUGCUCAGUCCCCGCUCCUGCCAACCUAGCAGUUUGAAAGCACGUCAAAGUUCAAGUAGAUAAAUAGGCACCGCUCCAGCGGGAAGGUAAACGGCGUUUCCGUACGCUGCUCUGGUUUUGACAGAAGUGGCUUAGUCAUGCUGGUCACAUGACCUGGAAAAACUGUCUGCGGACAAAUGCGGCUCCCUCGGCCAGUAAAGUGAGAUGAGCGCCGCAACCCCAGAAUUGUUCGCGACUGGACUUAGCUGUCAUAAGAGGAAGGGGUUUCUGUAAGCUGCAAGGGGAGGGGUUGGAGAGUGAAGUGAGCAGUGUGUGUGUGUGUGUGUGUGUGUGUGUGUGUGUGUGUAAUCCAAGGAGGCAUGAUUGGUUUAAACUAGAGAAGAGUUAUUUCCUUCGGUCAUCUCUGCUUGCCAGUUUGCCUUUUCAGGCUGCAGUCUUGUUCAAGGCAUUAUAUGCCUUGUGAUUUAAUACUCUGGACAGUUUCUGAGGAGGGUUGGCAGAGGCAAAUGGGGACAGAGGGGUGCCGCGAGGACACGCAGAUUCCAUCCCCUCAGCAUGUGUAAUAAGACAUAAGGCUGGAUGUGAUGUGAUAACUGUGUAGCAGAGCCCGCCGAGUUCUGAACCCUUUCCCCUCUAAAAGAUAAGCCCAGAUUCAGCAAAUUCAGCAGGGAGGAUGCAGGCAAGCGGACAAGUUCACCAGAUGACUGAAAGCUGGCUGAAACUCUUCAGACUGCAGGUGGUGCUGGUGGAAGUAUGAGAUCUGAUGCACAUUCAAUCAUGCAUUAUUUCCUGUGCUUGCUCCCUGAUGGUCUUGCGUGUGCAAUAUAUAUUGGCGAGCAUUCAAAUAUUUAAUCUUCCUCCCACUGCAGGCUGAUGUGGAAUCACCUGCAGAUUUAUCCUUUUGAGAUCUCUUGAUUUCCUUCAGUUCAAGCGGCAGAGCAUUUGCUUUGAGUGCAGAAGGUCCCAGGUCCAAUCCCCAGCAGUUGAGAUCCCCACAUUGCAGGGGGUUGGACUAGAUGACCCUCGGGGUCCCUCCAGCUCUACAUUUCUGUGAUCUCCAUGCAGGACUGGAAAUGUGUCCUGUCUAAAACCUUGGCAGUCAGUGUAGAUGAUACUGAUCUAGAUAGAAUAACUUAAUAUAAAGCGGACACUUACCUUCUUCCUAAGCACACUUCUUUGACAUGGGCUACAAUCCUGCACAAACAAUGGGGGUGAGACUCAUUGAACUCAAUAGGACCUACUUCUGAGUAGAUAUGCCCCAAACCACACUGUUGUGGCCCAGUCCUAUGCAUGUUAACUUGGAAAGCCCACUGCACCCAGUGCAGCUUACUCCAAGGGAACAGCGCAAAAGAUUGCUGUUCUAAUUCUUCUCCACUACAGUCAUACCUCGGGUUACAGCUGCUUCAGGUUGCAUUUUUGGGGGUUGCGGACCGCCAAAACCCCAAAAUACCGGAAUGCUGAAUCGCAGAUGCACAGACGUGGGUUGUGAAUGCUGUGGGUUGCGAUCCCGCAUCCCGCAUGGAUCACGUUCGUAACCCGAGCGUCCACUGUAUUUUCUUAAUCGUAGCAUUUGGAGUAAAGCUUUUUUUGGAAUGAGCUGGGAUGGCCAUAGCUCUCUCAAGUAUUUGGAGUGCAGAUGCAUGUCCUGGAUUGAGAACUGGGACCUUAUGAUGUCAGGGUGAAUCAUAAUGUGGAAAGAAAGUCAUGUCCCUUAUACCGUUUCCCUCCUAUGUGAUUGCAAGGAGAAGCCAGCGCUCACCUCUCCACUGGGACAGGAAUUUGCUGACUCUGUGACCAUCUCCCCCUUCUCUUUCUUGGGUGACCCUUUCAACUCUGCCUCUUCACUGCCAUCUGCUUGAUUUGCUGACAGGCAUUUAGCUAAGUCGACUUGAUUUACUUGCAGACAAACCUGUGCCGGGGGUAACUUUUCAAGCUGAAGCCGCCAUCCUUCUUCUGAGUCAUGCUGUGCCGUGCUGCAGCCUGGCCUUCCACCCUUCAGAAUUAAAAAAAGGGAAGACAGGCGCCUGACCUGAUAGAGCUGAUGAGAGAAGAAGAGGCCUGUGGCUCGUGCUGUUAAUCUCUGGGAGGCGAUUGUAGUCUCGGCUAGGGCAGGAGCACGAUUCCUUUUACACUUAUUUUAAACUUUAUUCACAUCUGCUGGUGUGGUCCAGUGCAUAGCAAUAAGGCUAGAGGCAGCCAGGCAACAUUUUGGCUGCAGGAAAUCGAUCUGCUCUUUUUGGCUUUCAGCUGCUCCUUUUGCGGUUGCAUAUGCUCAAAAUUAGCUUAUUUAUUGUUAACAUUCACAGGUAUCAUAUAUUUCUGUGGAUGCAUAUUGCUGCAUGCCACCCCAAUCUCUGAGUGGUGUGAGAUUCCAGGGGUUCAUGUUUCCUUUUGCAAAUGAGGCACAGCAGAGACUAUGGUCUCUUUACGGUAAUAUUGUUUAUGUGCACAUAUAUACAACCUGAGCCUGUGGUGGAGGGGUUCACAGCAUUAACCCCCCAAAAGGAUCUUCUUUUUCCCAUAGGUGCAGCCUUGGAUUCAAGCAGAAAUCAAUCAUACUCCGACCUUCUUCCUAGCUUGCUGCCUUUAUCAACCUGCAACCUUUCCCCCCUCUAGGUCACAUCACAGCCAACUCUAAACAUCUGCCUCAAACUCUGGCUUUGCCUUCUAACUAACUUCAAAUUGAGGAGAGGUGUCACCAGUUUGCCAUCUGGCACAGAGCCCCCUCUCCUUAGCUUUCUUAAUGGGCCAUCACCGUUCCUUUGUUUUCUUAAUGGCUCACCUCUCAUGAGGAAGCUUACCUGGUUUAUAUUUUAACACUCCAAUCCUUGAUUAAAUUCUAACACUUACUAGGUCCAGGAAUUUAGGGGAGUCUGGCACCCCCAAACUCAUAACAAUAUUUUGGUCAUAGUAACACUGUACCAUGGAGUUUGUAGUCUUGAGGCUCCACCAAGUAUUGUGACAGUCAAGAAAGCCCCCACUUAAUAAGCGGCAAAUGCCAUGAGGAUUUUACCAAGUAGUCAACAAUGCUGUAUAACAGAUUUGAGCUUAUUUUUGGAUGCUGUUGCUGCAGUUCUGUAACACUCCUCCAGGUAUAUCUUGUGGGGCCCUUCUUUCAAAAUUUGCCUCGCAUUUUUGUUCUGUAGCAGUCUUUUUCAGUGUUCAUUUUGUUGAUUGACCUUUGUUGUUUUUACUGAUUUUAACUGUAUGCUGCUUUGGGUGCAGAUGCGUAGAAAAGUGGUCUGUAAACAAUAUGAAAUAAACAUAAAUGAUAGUAGCUAUUCAGCAGUAACAGAUCCCCUACUCGCAAAGUCAGUUUUAGAAAAGAUUUGAUGACAACCUUCAUUAUUUCCACUCAUGGAAAGAGAAGUUAAUGGGGAGUGGAGUCAUUUUCUGGGUGUGUAUAUAAUACGCCGAACUCUAAUUUAGAGAACUGGAUGCACUGUUUGCCGUAUUUACUAAUGGGAUUACUUAGGCCUAAUCUGUCAAUUUUGGUUUCUUCCAGUUUCUAAUUUUCCCAGCCUUACUUUUAUUUUUCCACCUUUCUACAUCACUGCGUGGAUUUUUUUAAGUCGUGAAAAUUCACCAGCAUUUUAGUGUGAAUUUUCUCCAAUAUACACAUUUUUUUAUUUAAAAAAAUGCAGCUUUGCCUAAUACAACAAUUGUUGCAAACCAUUUGACCUAAUACAAUGCAUAAACCACAAAUCAAUGCAGAAAUGAGAUUAACUGAAGACUGGCAAAAGGAGAAACAGAAAGAAACCCAAACUGACAUGUUCAUUCCUACCUCCGACCAUGACAGUAUUAGCUGCUACUGAAAGGGCUUGUCUGCUACCAUGACUGAAGAUGAUGGGGCAACCUGAGUCAAGAGCAGCUUAAAUGCUUCAGAUACACAGUCUACGUACAAUGGCCUUUAAGCAUCUAGUACAACUGAGCUAAGGAAAAUUCAGCAUGCCGAAAGGAUUACUGGAGUUAUUCCUAAAAUCUACGUCACUCUUUGCCACCAUUUCCCUGGAGGAAAAGCAGUUUGUGUGUUACCUCAGUCAUGACCAUACCCUCCCCCUCCUAAUACGUCUGUUUUAAGUUUCAGAUGCAAUUAUUCCUCUGUCGUUAUCUGCCAUCUCAGGCUGCAGCCAGCAUAAGAAAUGUCUGAGUCAUGAGGGUUUGGCAUAGUUCACCCCCCUCCACCCCCAGCUUUAUGCUGUUGUCAAAAGGAGAGAUUGCCCCAAGAAGGAAGGUGAAUUUCCAUUACCAUGGAAUGACGAUGAAGAAUGCUUGUGAAGCUUCUUCCAUUCCGGUUUUGAAUAGCAGUGUGGGUCCCAUAUUGCCUGAAAAAGUGAAUUCAAAGGGAAGCGAAAUCAGCAGCACACAAUUUGCAUUCAGAUCCUGCAAAUGGAGGAGGAGGAGAUCUUGGCAUGGAUUUAUUGCUGCAGCUGCUGUUGCUACCAUUAGUUAACAGAUCACUUUUCACUACUAUUGCUGUGAUAUAGCAAUAUCAUAUUGCUAUGAUACAGCAAUAUCAGGCAGGUGGUUCUUGCCUGUUUGAAGGAGGCAGUGAUAAGACCACUUCUCAAGAAACCAUCCAUAGAUCCUGAGAACCUAAGUAAUUACUGGUCAGCUGCCAACCUCCCUUUUGGGGGUAAGGUACUUGAGUGGGUGGCCGUUGACCAGAUCCAGGUGCUCUUGGAGGAGAUUGAUCUUCUAGAUCCAUUUCAAUCGGGGUUUCAGCCUGGCUUUGGCACAGAAACGGUCAUGGUCACCUUAUAUGAUGAUCUCUGUCAGAAGAGAGACGGGGCAAUGUGUCCCUGUUAAUCUUCCUUGACCUCUAAGUGGCUUUCAAUACCAUCAACAAUGGUAUACUUCUGGAGCAGCUGUCCGAGUUGGGGGUGAGCAGAACUGUUUUGCAGUGGUUCCAGUUCUACUUGGAUGGUUGUCUUCAGUGGGUGAUGCUUGGGGAGUGUUUUUGGGUGCCAUGAGACUUUCAGCGAUGACACACAGCUCUAUUUCUCCUUUCUAGUAGACAAAUGUAGGGCAUUUGGAAUGGGUACAGAGGAAGAUUUAGGGCAGGGCGACUUGUUCCACCGUGCUGGGCGUUGAACCUAGUGGGGAACAGCAGGGCAUUGCAACUAUGACGUAGUGAAUUGAACCGAACAGAAGGCGAGAAGUAGAGUAUGUGAGCUGAUUUUUGGGCUUGCACAGCGUGCUACUGAAAUGUGAAAGAUCAAAGUCCACCUGUGAUGGGUAGCUCCACCUAGGAGCAGCCACCCCACCUUCCCUCCCUCCCUGGUCACUCACCUGUUUUUGUCUUUUGCUUCUCCAGGUUAUGGGCAUGCUGCCCCAGGAACAAAUGCUGGAAAGGCUUUCUGCAUGUGCUACGCUGCCCUGGGCAUCCCGUUGACCCUGGUCAUGUUCCAGAGCCUUGGCGAACGCAUGAACACCUUUGUCAAGUACCUCUUGCAGCGGAUGAAAAGGUGCUGCAGGAUGAGGAGCACUGAUGUCUCCAUGGAGAACAUGGUGGCCGUCGGAUUCUUUUCGUGCAUAGGGACCCUCUGCAUAGGAGCAGCGGCCUUCUCCCACUGCGAGGAGUGGAGCUUUUUCCAGGCCUUCUACUACUGCUUUAUAACAUUGACUACAAUAGGGUUUGGGGACUACGUGGCCCUUCAGACGAAAGGAGCCCUCCAGAGGAAGCCGCUCUACGUGGCCUUUAGCUUUAUGUACAUCCUAGUAGGCUUGACAGUCAUUGGGGCAUUCCUCAAUCUGGUUGUUCUCAGGUUGUUCAUGAACAUUGAGGAAGAGAGGCGGGAGGCUGAGGAACGUGCCUCCCAGGCAGGGAACCAUAACAGCAUGAUCAUCCACAUCCAAGAAGAUUCCCAGCAUGGGCGGCCGAGAUACAAAGCCGAGGUGACGGACCUCCAGUCGGAUUGCUCCUGCAUGUGCUACAGGUCCCACGAAUACACCAGCCGGGUUGUGUCCCACCAAAACUCCUUCAGCUCCAAGUUGAACCUCCAGUACUUUCACUCUAUCUCCUACAAGAUAGAGGAGAUCUCGCCAAGCACAUUAAAAAACAGCCUUUUCCCAUCCCCUGUGAGCUCCAUCUCUCCUGGCUUGAACAGCUUCACAGACAGCCACAGGCUGAUGAGACGGCGGAAGUCCAUCUGAAGUCCUUUGUCCUUGGGGUUUUUGAUCUUUUAUUCCUAAGAUUGGUUUUGGUUUUUCUUUUUUUUAAAGGAAUUCCUCGUGUAAGUCAGAGCGAGGCUAAGAUUAAUCAAGGAAAUCAAGCAAAGGAAGAGACAUCCUUCCUCUGAGACUCAGCUCUGGAGCAAAGUAUGCCUUACAUUUAUGUCCCCGCCCCUCGGUAGUCUGAAGAUUCGAGGUGAUGGGAAGUGGGUAUCCAAAUUCCAAAGUUGCACAUAUUAGCUGGGAGCUUUCAAUGUGCCCUCGGGCACUUUUUGACCUAAUGAACUCUUUUCCUUCACAAGCAGGUCACUCUGUGUGUGUGUGUGAGUGAGAGAGCACGAGUGUGCCUGUGUGUGGAGUGUCUGGGUUAGGGUAUAGGUGCACACGCACAAUUCCACUACCAGUGCCAUGUGACUAACAAAGUAUAUAUCAAAGCAUCAGGUAUUGGUUUUGUUUUCUUUCGAUUCUUCCUUUGAAGAACUUGUAUUCUGGCCUGCUUUUUGGCUUCCAAAACAUGGCAGGGGCUGCGGAAACGGGAAAAAGCUGCUAUUCUCUUUUGUUCCGUUUGCUGAGUCAAGCAUGCACCAUAAAUGGUCAAUAUACCAAGCGUAUCAUGGUGAUUUUUAAUUUUUUUUUAAUGCUAGAUUUUAUUAGAUGUUUUGUUUCCAGAAAGGUUCAAGGCAGGAAGGAAGGAUUGCUUUUGCUUGCCAGAUCAAAUCCCUACAAAAAAACAAACCCCAAACAUAUAUUUUUUAAAAAAUCUACAGCAUGCAUUUUGUAGAACUGGUAUGCAUUAAGACAAUACAAGAGGAAAACAAAACCCUUGAAAAGAUAGGAUUAAUACUCUAAAGCAAAUAAUAUGGUUUUAAAAUCAGUUUCUUUUAAUUCUUUGUUAUUGUUCCAACUAUAUGCCACAACACAGAGGGUUUUUCUUUUCUGAGGGGGGAAUCGUUGGAACUGAAGAGUAUCUAUUUUAUCAUUUCUUAUUUAUACAGUUUUCUAUAAAAUUAAAUUUUAUGUUAUCAUGUGCUUGUGUGUGUGUGUGUGUGUGUGUGAGUGAGAGAGCCUGAAUGUGUGUACGUGUGCAGAAUCAGAUGCAUGCAUAGGAAUUAUAUUUUUGGGAAUGCUUGGACAAGGAUGGUAUACAGAGGUGGGUGUUUUCUUAUAUAAAAAAACAGGGCAUUCCUUGUUUUAAAUUAUUGUUAUAAUAAAAGAUAGUCUCUAAAUGCUUUUGAUUUGUAAAUAACGGAAAACCUUGGCUGGCCUCAGGAAGGAUUCAAGAGAGAGUGUCUCAUGCUUUGACCUUCUGGGAACGUUUAAACCCUGACAAUCUUUUGCUGAGUGAAUGUGUUCAAUUGAGGCAACUGCGGGUGUCAAUACUUGCUCUGCUUUGACCCUUUGAAUGAUUGCACCGGAAUUGAGUUGCUUUAGCGACUUGAGAGCAGCUCUUCGAACCAUUUUGUUCAAGGAAUACAAGAUCUAGGAAGCACUGGCUUAAUGGUGAGGCGUACUUGCAGUCCAGAAAUUCCAAAACAGUUGACAACAGCUAGGGUUAUCCAGAGAAAUGGGAUCAAUUAGAAUGGAAAAGCUUAUUUGAGCGCUAAGUACCCCAUGACAUGAAGAUGCUUGCCUUGUUGCUGUCUCUCCAGGAGUCCCUGUUCUGGCUUGGCUUCCUUCCAGCCAAUCAACCUCAUUUUUGUGAGAUGGCAAUUCUGCUGUAUGUCUGCAUUGGGUCUGCGAAGGGAUCAUUCAGCUGCUGCCAACGCAACUAUGCUUUUCAUCAGCCCAAUGGCCAUUCUGUGUUUUGUGCCUGUGUUUGAACCAUUAUGUAACAAUCCAGUUUAUCCUAUUGUAUUACAUAUCAGCACCAGAGCGAGGGAGGGAGGGAUUUAGUUUGCUCAGGGCAUGGUUAAAAUGUUUUUGACAGAGCAAGCUGCAAAGCAGGGAUGAGACAUGCCCUAAUGAAGCAAGGCAAGCAGAAGGCUAAUAUGAUGCUGUGAUUUUCUGAGGGUUGCAAUGGCCUCAGCAAAAGGCUUUCACAAGGCUUCAGGGUCUGGAGUUUUCUAUAUUGGUUCAUCUUUCUCACUUGGUAAAUAUAGAGAUCUGAAGGCCUAGUAUUCAUCCCUUCCAUUUCUUGUACCCUCUGGCCCAGUGUAAGGGGAAAUUGUAAAAUUGCAGAAUGAGGGGUGAAGUGAAAUAAACAGUACACUUAUGAUGACAUGUUUAUUUUUGAGAAUGGGGAAACUAUCUUCAUUGUACAAUAUCAGGGCCGAGGAACUGUUGGCCACAGGGACCUUGACUGCAGACAGUUAGAGUUCAAUUAUACUUUAAAAAAACAGCCUCCAUUGGUGUCAGCGGAAGCUGAUUUUUAAGCCUAUUUGCCAGGCAGGAGGGAAAUUUGUUUGAUGGGAAGGGAGACACAGCUGAGGAGGGAAUAGGUAACCUGUGUUCUGUUGUCACUCCCCACCCACACCCCCAAAUUACUUCACCACCACACAUCUUACAAAACAGCUUGGUGGCUGAGGACCUGUAAGCACAUGCAAGAGUUGUUGCUGUUAUUUUCUAGGCAGGAAAAGUGCUUUAUUCUGGUGAACUUACUUCCGAAUUUAAUGCAAUUGCUUGCACAUUCUCUUUUUAAAAAAAAAUAAUAAUUUUUUUUUGAGUUUUUAAGUUGGUUAUUCAUAUACAUAUUCCAUUUGUUCUUCAACGUGUAUUUUCUUAUACACAAAUAUAAACCAAAAAUAUAACAAUUAUUCUUC